AUGCAUUCUGGAGGAAGGAACUCUGCGUUCAGCCAAAGAGCCACCUUUUUUCACCCACAAAGUCCUGCCAUUUAUUUACCUUUCUUCCUGGGGACGGUGAAGAUGGGGUCCCCUCCUCUGCGCGGACAGGUGGUAAGUUGUGAGGCUCAAUACUGUCGUGCAAAUUUUGCAUAAAUUCAGGGGCGGGGGACCUGUGGACUUUCAGACGUCCUUGGACUCCGAUUCCCAUGAGCCCCUGCCAGCAUGGCUAAUGCUCAGGGUUGAUGGGAGUUGGAGUCCAGUUUCAUCUGGAGGACUAUAAAUUCCCCAUCCUUGUUCUAUUAUCUUAGUAGGGCCAGUUCUGGGGUGACUUCUAAUACUUGCUCAGUUAUUUUGCGUAUGCGGAUGAUACCCAGCUCUACCUCUCUUUCAAAUCAGAACCAAUGAAGGCGGUGAAGGUCCUGUUUGAGUGUCUGGAGGCGGUUGGAGCAUGGAUGGCAGCUAACAGAUUGAGGUUGAAUCCUGACAAGACAGAAGUACUGUUUUGGGGGGACAGGGGGCGGGCGGGGGUGGGGGACUCCCUGGUCCUGAAUGGGGUAACUGUGCCCCUGAAGGACCAGGUGUGCAGCCUGGGAGUCAUUCUGGACUCACAGCUGUCCAUGGAGGCACAGGUCAAUUCUGUGUCCAGGGCAGCUGUUUAUCAGCUCCAUCUGGUACGCAGGAUGAGGCCCUCCCUGUCUGCGGACUGUCUCGCCAGAAUGGUGCAUGCUCUAGUUAACUCUCGCUUGGACUACUGCCAUGCGCUCUACGUGGGGCUACCUUUGUAGGUGACCCAGAAACUACAACUAAUCCAGAAUGCGGCAGCUAGACUGGUGACUGGGAGCGAUCGCUGAGACCACAUAACACCAGUCUUGAAAGAGCUACACUGGCUCCCAGUGCGUUUCCGAGCACAAUUCAAAGUGUUGGUGCUGACCUUGAAAGCCCUAAAUGGCCUCGGUCCAGUAUACCUGAAGGAGCAUCUCCACCCCCAUCUUUCUGCCCGGACACUGAGGUCCAGCUCUGGGCGGCUUCCAGCAGAAUAUUAAAAUACAAUAACCUAUUAAACAUUAAAAGCUUCCCUAAACAGGGCUGCCUUCAGAUGUCUUCUAAAAGUCUGGUAGUUGUUUUUAUCUUUGACAUCUGGUGGGAGGGCGUUCCACAGGGCGGAUGCCACUCUGCCUGGUUCCCUGCAACUUGGCUUCUCGCAGCGAUGGAACCUCCAGAAGGCCCUCAGCCCAUGGCCGGUAAACCUUGCCAACCCCUGUUCUAGAUGGUAGGUUGAUCAUUGCAAUGCAUCAGGGUCAAACCCAAGGCCCGGCCAGGGUUGCGAAGUUGACCAAAAAUGGCACCGUGAGCCACAUCAGGCCUGCAAGUCGGGGGUCUCCUCCAAAGUCAGUUGGGGUGCAAGUGGGAACUCAAUGCUGUGCUGUUGAAUUGCAUCAACUAGUUCCUUGGGAGGUGAUGAUAAAGAUAAAAUUACAGUGGUACCUUGGGUUGCAUAUGCUUCUGGAAUAAAAUCCUAAAGGUUAUUAAUAAAAAUUUUAAAGUGAAGCUUUCAAUAGACUUUGAUUUCAUGACAAUGGGUAUACAGUGGUACCUCAGGUUACAUAUGCUUCAGGUUACAUACACUUCAGGUUACAGACUCUGCUAACCCAGAAAUAGUGCUUCAGGUUAAGAACUUUGCUUCAGGAUAAGAACAGAAACCGUGCUCCGGCGGUGUGGUGGCAGCGGGAGGCCCCAUUAGCUAAAGUGGUGCUUCAGGUUAAGAACAGUUUCAGGUUAGGAACAGAGCUCCGGAACGAAUUAAGUACUUAACCUGAGGUACCAUUGUAUCUCUUUGUGUUUCAUUAUGGCUGCCAAAAUUAACAGACCCUACAAGGAUCCCUAUUUUCCAGGGACGUCCCUGAUUUUGAGAAGCCAAUUGAUCCUGGAAUGUCCCAUUUUUCCUUACGACGUCCCUAUUUUCAUCGGAGAAAUGUUAGAGGGUAUAGAGUUAUCUGACCCCCCGAACCAUCUGAAGGCAAUCCUGUAUAGGGAAUGUUAUUUUUUUAAUUAUAUCUUAUUAUGUUUUUACAUCUGUUGGAAGCUGCCCAGAGUGAUUGGGGCAACCAAGUAAGAUGUGUGGGGUAUAAAUAGUGAAAUAAUCACAAUGGAAUGGGACAUCCCUAUUUUCACAGGAGAAAUGUUGGGGGGCAUGAAUUAAUGGAAGUUUGGCUUUUUGGAUACCAUUGCCGUUACCCUGAGGUAAUAGAUCACACACAAACCUCACUUUAUUUUGAAAACAAUUACAAGUAUUCUCCAAAGUCAGCCUUCAGCAGGCUUGUUCUAAAAAAUGAUAGAUUCCCUUUCUGCUCCUGGAGAUAAAUAGCAUUGUCAGUGGGAAAACAAUAAAUGAAAUUAGCCGAAAGAUCCUUCCACUCUGUUUGCUGCAACAAACGAUUGCUGACUUGAGAGCGAAAUCUGCCUCGCUCAUGAGUAAAGGCGCGAGGUUGUCUCUUAUACCCAUGUUACUUUUGGGGUGACGCAUGCUUUUUUUAAAAAAAAAAAUUAAUCAUUUUUCCAAUACAAACAACAACCGCAAAAAACACUACAACAAAAGUCAUAGUAACAAUAACACAAUUUGACAAUUCAGAUUUAAAUACACUGAUAUACCUAUGACUGCACCCUUUUAACAAUAUUUUCCCACCUCUCUCUCCUCCCACCACUGUCCGCCUUAUCGCUUAAAUAUUCCUUCCAGAUUUCUUCAUAUUUAUCCAUUCUUAAUUUGCGUCGACAUGCAAUUCGUUCAUAUGUAGCUAAUCUGUCCAUAUUAUCAAUCCAUGUGCUCAAUGGAAUCUUUUUGCGGCUCUUCCAAUUAAUCAAAACAAGUUUUUUUGCUUCUAAUAUAGCAUGGUACAUCCAUUUAUUUUUUUUACCCCUUGAAAUCUCCCACGUAUCCGGAAUAUAAUUUAGAAUUAAAUUCAAUUCCCCUAAAUAACAAUUUCUCUUUAUUACUCUUACUAUAAAUAUCCUCACCUCGCACCAAAAUGAUCUUAUCAUCGGGCAGUUAAUCAUCAUAUGUACUAAGUUCGCAUUUUUACUCCCACAUCUCCAGCAGUUGUCUGCCCUUGUUAUUUUCUUCUGGUAUAGUUUUGCUGGGAUCCAGCGGACUCUGAAUAUUGUGCUUAAAAAUGUGAAUCAGCUCUCAGAACAAAAGAGUGAUAGGCAGCCCUCUGAGCUAAUUUAAGAAUGUAAACAGAACUUCUGGGUCAGGCCAGUGACCCAUCUAGUCCAUCUAUUCUCACAGCGGCCAACCAGAUGCACAUUAUGGGAAACCAGCAAGCAGGAUUCGAACACACUCUUCCCUCCUGUAGUUUCCAGCAAUUAGGAUUCAGAACCAUCACUGCCUCUAACUGUGGAGGCAUGGCCCAGUCAUCCUGGCUAGCAGCCAUCGAUAGCCCUCUCCUCUAAUCCUCUUUUAAACCUCUCCAGCUUCGUGGCCAUCACUGCCUCUUGUGGCAGGGAGUUCCACCGUUUAACAAUGUGCUGCGUGAAGAACAACUUUCUUCUGUCCAUUUUGAAUCUCCCAACAUUCGUCUUCAUUGGACCUCCACAAGUUCUAGAGAUUAUUAUGCUUGUGAUGACAUUCCUAUUAUUGCGUUUUGCAAAAAUAGCACUAUUUAACUACAGUGGUAUCUCGAGUUACAGGCGCUUCAGGUUACAGGCGCUUCAGGUUACAGACUCCGCUAACCCAGAAAUAGUGCUUCAGGUUAAGAACUUUGCUUCAGGAUGAGAACAGAAAUUGUGCUCUGGCGGCGCAGAGGCAGCAGGAGGCCCCAUUAGCUAAAGUGGUGCUUCAGGUUAAGAACAGUUUCAGGUUAAGAACGGACCUCCGGAACGAAUUAAGUUCUUAACCCGAGGUACCACUGUCUGUGUUUUCCCCAUGCCAUGCAUUUUUAUAAACUUCUAUAUGAAGAAGUAUUUUUGUGUGUCCGUGAAUCACCUCUCAGAAGAAGGGAGUGAUAGGCAACCCUGGUCUUUGAGCAUCUUGGAAACCUACUCCCGAGUAGACCUGCCUAUGCUGCCUGCCUGAAGGGGCCUAAGCCUUCUUGCUUGAGAGCAGAGAUGAUUUCUGAGCUAACCUGAAGAGUAAGUUUUGUUCACGGUUCUGCAGCUGUUGCUUGGGAAGCAAAUGCCACUUAAAACCAGGGAAUUACUUAUGAGUAACAUGCAUCUCAGAACUGCCAAUGGGGGGAGAGUUGCUGUUGCGCUCAGGUACUGCUUUUGGCCUUCUGAUUGGCCACUUUGGACGGCCAAUCAGGACUUAGCUGAGCCCUGGGCCUGAUCCAGUACGACACUUACGUUCUGCUGAGAGGGCCUCUGUGAGCAGGAUCGUAUCGGCAGCCACGGUCUCCUAACCUCCAUGGGUUCAUUCCUGUCCGGUCUUCUGAACAUGCUGUUGUUGUUGUUUAGUCGUUUAGGCGUGUCGGACUCUCCGUGACCCCCUGGACCAGAGCACGCCGGGCACUCCUGUCUUCCACUGCCUCCCGCAGUUUGGUCAAACUCAUGCUGGUAGCUUCGAGAACACUGUCCAACCAUCUCGUCCUCUGUCGUCCCCUUCUCCUUGUGCCCUCCAUCUUUCCCAACAUCAGGGUCUUUUCCAGGGAGUCUUUUCUUCUCAUGAGGUGGCCCAAGUCUUGGAGCCUCAGCUUCAUGAUCUGUCCUUCCAGUGAGCACUCAGGGCUGAUUUCCUUGAGAAUGGAGAGGUUUGAUCUUCUUGCAGUCCAUGGGACUCUCAAGAGUCUCCUCUAGCACCAUAAUUCAAAAGCAUCCAUUCUUCGGCGAUCAGCCUUCUUUAUGGUCCAGCUCGCACUUCCAUACAUCACUACUGGGAAAACCAUAGCUUCUUCUGAACAUAGCUGUCAACUUUUCCCUUUUCUUGCGAGGAAUCCUAUUCGGAAUAAGGGAAUUUCCAUUUAAAAAAGGGAAAAGUUGACAGCUAUGCUUCUGAAUGAGCAAGGGGCGGGGCCAGGGGCGGGGCCAUCCACCAGCAAGACCACGCCCCUCUCUGUGCACCAUUCACACCUUGUUGUGUGAAUGAUUCAGCUUUCGAAAUUCGCCAGGCGCAUUUUGCACCCGGCUAUCGGCCACUCGCAACCAAGUAAAGAUGCCCAGAGACCAGGAUAGCGCCUGACAUUUCCACCAUCCUGAGAUACAAGCCUGGGGAUCUUGGCUGUUUUCACACACUAGGAACGCAUCCUGCAGAAUUCUAUCUGUUCUAUUUUAUCUACGCCGUCAGAAUGAAUUUCAGGAACCAAAAAUUGAAAAAUACAAAUUUUAAGCCACCGUCCCCCAAAAUGGCAACCAGACAUUCCGUUUUGGCGACUGUAACCCUGGUUUAAGGAGUCAUUUGGCGCCUAGCUUAUACAGUGGUUCCUUGGUUCUCAAACGCCUUGGUACUCAAACAAAUUGGAACCCAAACACUGCAAACCCGGAAGUAAGUGUUCCAGUUUGCAAAAUUUUUCCAAACCGAAAAUGCUCCGUUUUGAGUGUUACGCUUCCGAUUUGAGUGUUACGCUGAGGUGUGUCUGGUUUUGCUAUUUAUUUUGCAUUUUUGUUUUUGCAGCUCUUUUUGUUAUGUACUGAAGUUCUCACCCUGGGCCAGCAGGGGGGACACUGCAGAUAGUUUUCACUCAGGUCCACACAUGCAAAUAAGGGAUUGAAAGUGACGUUCAGUGAUUGAAUAGUUACAGAAAGUGGUUACUGUUGCGUUGUAGUGGAGCCCUAUAUAAGCAGGCUGGCUGAACCCUUCAGUUCAGUUUUGUUCUGGCCUGGGAAUAAACAAGAGCUGUUUGAAGAAUCGCUGUAUCGUCUGAUAUGUUCACCCACAACUUAGCACUUUUGUUUUUGUGACUGUGUGGAACCCAGUUGAGCUACUGAUGGAUUGUGUGCCUGCCGUACAUUGCUUAUUACUUUCAUUUUAUGGAUCCAUGGCCUCAUGAGAUAGUAACUUUCAUGUCAAAUUGCUGUUUCAGGGCAUAGCUGUCAAUGUUUCCCUUUUUUAAAGGGAAAUUCUCUUAUUCCAAAUAGGAUUCCUCUCAAGAAAAGGGAAAAGUUGACAGCUAUGUUUCAGGGGUUGCUUUCAAAAGCCUGCAACAGAUUAAUCAAUUUUGCAUCACUUUCUAUGGGAAAGCGUGCCUUGGUUUUGGAAUGCUUUGGUUUUAGAACGGACUUCCGGAACGGAUUAAGUUUGAGAACCAAGGUACCACUGUAUAUCUGAGUUUCUAAUGCUGGAAUGAGGCUCUCGGGGUUAGGAUGGAAGACAGAGAGGUGGGACUUACUGACGCUCAUGACAAAUAGGGCAAAGAUCCCAACCACUUGCCAGAGGCGCAAGCCCCAGAUCACCACAGUCUCCGAUGUGAUGGGGUCCGGUUUCUUUUUCGGCGGCUCGGUGGUGGCCUAAAAAAAGAACAGGAAAUGUUAGAGCAUACGGGUGGAAGGGUCAGGGGAUCGUACCCAGCUAAGCCCUAAUCAGAGUAGACCCAUUGGAAUGAAUAUAUCAUACACUUAAACAAAGGUCCAACAAAGGUCCAUGUAAUUCAAGCUCUGGUUUUCCCAGUAGUGAUGUAUGGAAGUGAGAGCUGGACCAUAAAGAAGGCUGAUCGCCAAAGAAUGGAUGCUUUUGAAUUAUGGUGCUGGAGGAGACUCUUGAGAGUCCCAUGGACUGCAAGAAGAUCAAACCUCUCCAUUCUCAAGGAAAUCAGCUGAGUUCUCACUGGAAGGACAGAUCCUGAAGCUGAGGCUCCAAGACUUUGGCCACCUCAUGAGAAGAGAAGGCUCCCUGGAAAAGACCCUGAUGUUGGGAAAGAUGGAGGGCACAAGGAAAAGGGGACGACAGAGUACGAGAUGGUUGGACAGUGUUCUGGAAGCUACCAACAUGAGUUUGACCAAACUGGGGGAGGCAGUGGAAGACAGGAGUGCCUGGUGUGCUCUGGUCCAGGGGGUCACGAAGAGUCGGACACGACUAAACGACUAAACAACAACAACCUGAGUUAUAUUGUUUUCCAAGUGAGGUCUUCACUAAGGUAAAUUCACAGGAAUUUAAAGGAAGAGACUCUCUCUCUCCACAAACACACACACACAAAAUAUACAACAGGGCUAGUUCCCCUCUCUUCCUCAGAAAGUCCAACACCAUCUCCUUUGUCUUGCUAAUAUUUAGGUGCAAGUUAUUCUCUAAACACCAUGUAGAUACUUUUUGAACCUCUCCGCUGUACACUGAUUCAUCUCCACCUGUAAUUAGACCCAUUAUGGUAGCAUCAUCUGCAAACUUAAUAAUUAAAAACUAGGGGGGUUUAAUACCUACGGGACCGCAUCUCCUGGUAUGUCCCACAGAGGAACUUAUGGUCUUCAAACAAAAACAUCUUGAAGGUCCCAGGCCACAGAGAAGUUAGGCUGGCCUCAACCACAGCCAGGGCUUUUUCGGCCGUGGUCCCGAUCUUGUGGAACGCUCUGUUACAAGAGACUAGGGCCCUGCGGGACUUGACAUCUUUCCGCAGGGCCUGCAAGACAGAGCUGUUCCACCAGGCCUUUGACCAAGGCACAGUCUGACCCCCUCGGUUGGUUAUCCUCAUAGAACUCUAGCCCAAUGGUUGCCAUUAAUCUGAUUUGAAUUGAUUUUAUAAUGAAAUGAUUUUAGAAUGUUGUAUCAUUUUACUGUUGUUAGCCGCUCUGAGCCCGGCUUCGGCUGGGGAGGGCGGGAUAUAAAUAAAAUUUAUUAUUAUUAUUAUUAUUAUUAUGGCUCAUACACAGAUUUCAGACUGCAGAGCUCUAACUGCGCAAAAGGAAUUCAGAGAUGAAAUAAAAUGGGGGGAUGUUCUUACAUGCGCACAGCCUUACACCUUGUGGCAGUGAGUUCCACAGUUUCACUAUGCGCUUCGGGAACAAAAACUUUAUUUUGUCUGCCCUGAGUCUUUCAACCUGUAGCUCCAUUGCACGGCCCCAAAAUCUAGUAUUGUACUACCGUUAUAUCGGCUGCCCUUUCGGAUAGCGUUCUCUCUCCAGCUCACAAGAAUAAAAUACAAUCAGCAGCAACAUAAAAACUUCUUCGGCUGCAGGAAAAGAGAUCAAACCAGUUUAGCACACAAAUAAACCAUAAAUUGCAUGUUGGGUAUUAAGAGGCCAGAUUUGCAGUGUCUUUAAAUGCCAGUGCAAUGUAGCGGUUUGGCGGUCAGAAUAGGACCUGCGAGGCGCGGGUUCAAAUCCCCACUCGGUCAUGAAGAUCGUCUACCUAGCAGGGCUGUUGGAAGGAUAAAACAAAGAUUGGGAGGAGAAUUAUGGACCCCACUUUGAGUUUGUGGGAGGAAAGGUGAUGAAGUGUGCGGCCAUCUGGUGGCUUUCUGGAGCCGAGUGAAGACAAUAUUAUAAAUGUUCCACCAAUUCUGGCUUCUGAAGAUGCAUCUGUUUACAUAGUUCCUUUCAUCUCUCAGCCUGAGGACUCAGCUAUACAGCUGCAAAUACCACAUUUUAAGCGCAUUGAAUAAGUGGAUCUUAUUAUUACGGUCAAAGACCAGUUCCGUCUCACUUAGAAUAUCAGGAAAAUCGUAAAACACAAGAGGAAUACAUUGAAUUGCAAUUGGGUAUAACAGAGGGACGGGGGUGGCGCUGUGGGUUAAACCACAGAGCCUAGGAUUUGCUGAUCAGAAGGUCGGCGGUUCGAAUCCCCGUGACGGGGUGAACUCCUGUUGCUCAGUCCCUGGUCCUGCCAACCUAGCAGUCAGUCACGACUGGACCUAAUGGUCAGGGGUCCCUUUACCUUUACUUUAUAAAAGAGACAAUACAGAUAUAGCAGUUAAAAAUAUAUAAAAAAUCUUGAGCACUAAAAUAUAACCUAAAAUUGUCAUUUAAAACCUCAGUCAUUUUGGUAGUACAGCUUGUUCCCUAAGUUUUAUACAAAUGUGACACUAGAUGGCGAUGAUGAGCUUAUGGCAAAUUCAAUAUAUUUUUCAACACACACCCUUUUUUCCCCCUUCAAAGCAUUUUCACAGUGUUUUUAUAUGCGUCUAGAUUCCACCAGUGUCUCUGGUUUCUAUCACUGCGACGGUUGAAUGGUGUUGUUCCUCUGCACCUUUUAAUCGUGGUCGUUUACACCUGAAAGUUUCAAUUGCAAUCUUUUUUUACAUGUAUUUUAAUUACUGUAUGAGGUUUGUUGUUGUUGUUGUUUUAGGAAACAAGAUUCUGUAUUUUGACAAUGCUGUGCAAUUCUUUUUUAAAAUUUUGUAAGCGGCUUAGGAGUCAAUCUGGGCACUCAGUGGUUACAAAUUAAACAGCAGCAACUCUCCCGACCUGGAAGUAAGCAUGACAGGUAGAGGAAGCUGCUAGGAAAAGCAGAGCAGAGGAGCAGAAACAAGAGAGCGAAGCAAAUAAGUUGGCAAUCCCUAGGAAAAUUAGAGCGCCCCGUAAUUAAUGUUUGAAAAAAGCAACUUCAAAGGCAGCAAACCCUUUGAAGGAAGCUUGCGCUGUCCUUAGAUCUUUGCACAAGUGAGGAUUCAAAACGGAAUCAAGCUCAGAGCAAGCUAAUAAAAAUAUUUUUUCCAGCCGUAUCUUGCUGGAAUACGCGAUUGCAUUUGCAAAUAACGUUGCUGGCAACAGUCUGCGGUGCCAAUUAAACUGUGUUGCAGCGCCGCUUGCUGUUCAGAGUACGUACUGCAACUGAGGAAACGCAAACUGGGAGGGGCAGGUUAUCGGAAUUUAAGAUGCAUUUUCGCUUUUGUUUUUAAACAGUUACUUUCUAACUGACUGGUGCAAUUGUAAAUACAAAGACAAAUUAAAAAGCAAAACGGGAUUCCUAAAAACAACCCCCACCCCCCAAAAGAAAUCCCUCCUCAAUGCAUUUUAAUUCCCAUUCCCACUGGCAGGCAAAUUGCAAUCGCUUGGUGCAGUCCUCGAAGGGAUCAAAAGGAACGUGAGGGUUUUGCAAAACAUCUAUUGCAUUGCUUUACUCCCUCCCUCCCCUUUCUUAUCUGAAUAUGAAAUUACAAGAUAGAGGAGAAAGUCCAUUAAAAGCUCAUUAAAACAUUUUUUUAAAAAGAAAGAAAGAAAGAAAGAAAGAAAGAAAGAAAGAAAGAAAGAAAGAUGAAUUAUCAAGCCAGGGGCGAAAUUAGGCUUUACAGUUGUACCUUGGUUCUCAAACGCCUUGGAACCCAAACGCUGCAAACCCGGAAGUAAGUGUUCCGGUUUGCAAACCUUUCUCGUGCUCCGCUUUGAGUGUUACGCUUCUGAAUUGAGUGUUGCGCUUUGAGUGUUAAGCUGAGGUCUGUCUGUUUUUGCUGUUUAUUUUGCUUUUUCAGUUAAUUUGUUUUUGUGUCUGUGUGGAACCCAGUUCGGCUACUGAUUGAUUGAUUGAUUGAUUGAGUGACUGCAGUACAUUGUUUAUUGCUUUCAUUUUAUGGAUCAGUCGUCCUGUUAUAUAUAAAAUGCAUGUUUGAAGUUCGAAAACCAAUGUACCACCGCAAUUCUCUUUUGAUGCCAUCAGGAUUGGUGGCCAUUCAUGUUAAACUGCUGUUUUAGGGGUUGUUUUUAAAAGUCCAGAAUGGAUUAAUCCAUUUUGCAUUACUUUCUAUGGGAAAGCAUGUCUCGGUUUUGGAACGCUUUGGUUUUGGAACGGACUUCCAGAAUGGAUUAAGUUUGAGAACCAAGGUACCACUGUAUUUCACCCACGUCAAAGACCCAGUUUGGCACCUCCCUCUGUGCAUUUGCAUACACACAAAUUGGGAGCCGGUUUGUGUAAUGUCACCAAAUAGCCGAAAUGUGACCAGCUCCCUCUGCUUUUCCAGUCCUCUACUGGGCUCAGGGGAGCCCGUUUUAACCCUUUCUUGGCAACCCCAUGAGGGCUAGGAACUUGCUUACUUUGUUUCUUUUAAUAAUAUAAAUAUAAUAGUAAUAAUUUAUUAUUUAUACCCCGCCCAUCUGGCUGGGUUUUAAAAGGUAAAGGGACCCUUGACUAUUAGGUCCAGUCGUGGCCGACUCUGGGGUUGCGGCGCUCAUCUCGCUUUACUGGCCGAGGGAGCCAGCGUACAGCUUCCGGGUCAUGUGGCCAGCAUGACUAAGCCACUUCUGGCGAACCAGAGCAGCACACGGAAACGCCGUUUACCUUCCCACCGGAGCGGUACCUAUUUAUCUACUUGCACUUUGAUGUGCUUUCGAACUGCUAGUUUGGCAGGAGUUGGGACUGAGCAAUGGGAGCUCACCCCAUUGCGGGGAUUCAAACCGCUGACCUUCUGAUCGGCAAAUCCUAGGCUCUGUGGUUUAACCCACAGCGCCACCCACGGACUGCUAAAAACAUCAAACAUUAAAAACUUCCCUAAACAGGGCUGCUUUCAGGUGUCUUCUAAAAGUCAGAUAGUUGUUUAUUUCCUUGACAUCUGACGGGAGGGCGUUCCACAGGGCGGGCGCCACCACCAAGAAGGCACUCUGCCUGGUUCCCUGUAACCUCACUUCUCGCAGGGAGGGAACCGCCAGAAGGCCCUCGGAGCUGGACCUCAGUGUCCGGGCAGAACGAUGGGGGUGGAGAUGCUCCUUCAGGUAUAUAGGGCUGAGGCCGUUUAGGGCUUGAAAGGUCAGCACCAACACCAGAGGGAAGAAGAUAAGCUGCAGUUCUGCCAGGCAGACUUGCUUUCUAGGGAAUUCUAAUGCCUGCUAUUUGAUCUCCUGUUCAGUUGCUGCCAGCUAAUUCUUAGGGAAGAGGGUUAGCAAGGUUCAGGUUACAGCUGAUGGAUCUUUGGGCAGCAGAAGCCCAUCUUUCAGCCAUGCCCAGCCUCUCGCUGCAUCCACCCAAAACAAACUCCCUUGACAAUCCAUUGUGGGAGGCUUGCAUUUCUGUCUCCCCCUCGGAAGGCAGUGUGUCUGCUGUUAAAAGGCAGAAUCCAUGUGAGCAGCCACUGUGCAGGGGGGUUGCUGAAACACAGCCUUGCCGAUUACAUCCCUGUAGGGCUGUUAUCCCUCCAGGUUCACCUGGUGUCCUCCCAGUGAUGGGUGACUCUUCAGGCGGGCAAGAGCGCAGGAAUCACAUCUCAGUAAACCCCAAGAGAUGGGACACCCAGUCGUAAAAAGAUGUAAAUUGUGUUGCAUUAUUUACAUAUUCCUCAAUAUAUUAAAAUAAAAAAUAUUAAGGUCUUAUAUCUACAGUGGUACCUCGGGUUACAUACGCUUCAGGUUACACACUCCGCUAACCCAGAAAUAGUGCUUCAGGUUAAGAACUUUGCCUCAGGAUGAGAACAGAAAUUGGGCUCCGGCGGCGCGGUGGCAGCAGGAGGCCCCAUUAGCUAAAGUGGUGCUUCAGGUUAAGAACAGUUUCAGGUUAAGAACGGACCUCCGGGACGAAUUAAGUACUUAACCCGAAGUACCACUGUAUAUAUGUAAUAAAUAUUCAUAACUGCAUAUAUAAACCACAUGUUUGAAACCCCACAGAAAAAGUCCUGAAACCAUUUUGUCCCUCCCAAAUUGACCUCAAAUAUUUCUCUGCAAGGUGGAAGGAAAAUGGAAAGGCCUCCCCAUUGUCUUUUCCUUCACAAAUCCUGUCUUAAGGGUAUGUCUGUUUAUGAACAGGGUGAGCCUGUGACCUGGCUCAGGAACUAAGUAUUUAUCAUUACAAAAGACUGGCCAGGCUCCCCAGGGUAUCCAAUCAAGUAACCAUUAACAGGUAACCUGCCAGACAGGAGAUAAACAACGCACUCAGAUUUCUGUUGUAGACUGCCUCUUCUGUGAUGUAGGUAUGAUGUUUCUGGGGGUGGUCUUGGACUCCAGGGCAGGCAAUUUAAAAUGUCUAUAUAAGGGCAGGUACACCUUGGUUCUGGGUCCUCCAGAACCUGCGUGUGAGGGGAGCACCCUGUUGCAACAGUUCAAUAAAGGUCAGGCUUACGAGCUACUUUGCUUCUCAAUAUUCUCAGGUUGGCCUCUGUUAUUUUCUCCGACUGAUGGAGAACCUACAAAGGACUCUAUAAGGGCUCCUGUGUCCCCCAUAAGGGCAGAUUUUUGUUUAUUACAAUAGAUAAGCGCUCCUUCCAGCCCAGUGUCUAGAAUCAGAACCGUAGACUUGGAAGGGAACCCCCAGCGAUCAUCUAGUCCAACCCCCUGCGAUGUCGGAAUCACAGCUCAAAAAUCCCCAACAGAUUGCAUUGCAGCGGGUUGGUUUGGAUGACCCUCAGAGGUCCCUUGAAACUCUGUGAUUUUAUAAGACGGCCACCUGACCUUUGCUGGAAAACAUCCAACGAAGGAGAGUCCACCAUCUUGCGAGGGGGUCCAUUCCCCUGUCAAACAUCUCUUACCAUCAGGAAAUUCUUUAAAUGUUUCGUCGGAAUCUCCCGGGAAUCCAAAUCCAUCGUUUCAGGUCCUAUCCUCUGGAGCAGCAGGAAAAAAGCUCUGCCUGCGUUCCAGCCUGCCAAUAUCCCCCAGAACUGGACACAUCUUGCUGCAGGAUCCACCCCUUUACCAUGAGAGCGCAGGGUGGCCGGGCUGCUCCCAUCCCUGGUGCCUUCUGCCUGGUGCCUGCAACUUGAUCUCUGGCUAUUAGCAGAUGGUGUGUUUUCUCAGCAGACUGCUAAAAGCUUCCUGAUGUCUGCAGUUAUUGUUGUUGUUUAGUCAUUUAGUCGCCUCCGCCUCUUCGUGAUCCCCUGGACCAGAGCACGCCAGGCACUCCUGUCUUCCACUGCCUCCCGCAGUUUGGUCAAACUCAUGCUGGUAGCUUCGAGAACACUGUCCCACGAUCUCGUCCUCUGUCGUCCCCUUCUCCUUGUGCCCUCCAUCUUUCCCAACAUCAGGGUCUUCUCCAGGGAGUCUUCUCUUCUCACGAGGUGGCCAAAGUAUUGGAGUCUCAGCUUCAGGAUCUGUCCUUCCGGUGAGCACUCAGGGCUGAUUUCCUUCAGAAUGGAGAGGUUGGAUCUUCUUGCAGUCCAUGGGACUCUCAAGAGUCUUCUCCAGCACCAGAUGUCUGCAGAGCAGACUGCAAUGGAAAGAAGGAGAGGAGAGUUGUCAGGCUGGGUUAACCCCCUGCCCCAGGGCCAUAGCUCAGUGGCAGAUCAUCUGCUUUACACGCAGAAUGUCCCCGGUUCAAGCCCUAGUAGCUCCAGGUAGAGCUGUUGCCGGCCAUCGAUAGCCCUCUCUCCUUCAGGAAUUUGUGGGAUCCUUCUAAAGCCAUCUAGGUUGGUAGCAUCACUGCCUCCUGUUGGAAGGAGUUCUGCAGUUUCUUCUUUGGCGAUCACUCAUAAUAAUAAUAAUAAUAAUAAUAAUAAUAAUAAUUUAUUAUUUAUACCCCACCCAUCUGGCUGGGCUUCCCCAGCCACUCUGGGCAGCUUCCAACAGAAUAUUAAAAUACAGUAAUGCAGCAAACAUUAAAAGCCUCCCUAAACAGGGCUGCCUUCAGAUGUCUUCUAAAAGUCUGGAAGUUGUUGUUCUCUUUGACAUCUGCUGGGAGGGCGUUCCACAGGGCGGGUGCCACUACUGAGAAGGCCCUCUGCCUGGUUCCCAGUAACUUGGCUUCUCACAGGGAGGGAACCGCCAGAAGGCCCUCGGAGCUGGACCUGAGUAAGAUUGUCUUCCAUAAGCACGGUCUUAACAGUGAGUCCGAAAGUGACUGUGGAGGCCAGUUCUGGAUCCACACGUCCUUCCACAGUGGGGACAAUAGGUUUCCAGGCAGCAGUUAGUUGAUCACGUUGUGGAUUUGCCAAGCAUGCCUUCCUCUUAGCAUGUUUCUCCCUUGCGUCCUGAGUUCGAGUGUCUUCAAAACCCAUGACACCUUCAAUAAACGCUGUUCUCCAACUGGAGCACUCGCAAGCCAGUGUUUCCCAGUUAUCAGUGCUCAUACUACAUUUUAAAAGAUUUGCCCUGAGAGCGUCUUUAAACCUCUUUUGUUCUCCACCGGUAUUUCACUUUCCAUUCUUAAGUUGGGAAUAGAGUAGUUGCUUUUGGAAGACGAUCAUCAGGCAUCUGCACAGCACGACCAGUCCAACAAAGCUGAUGUUCAAGAAUCAUUGCUUCAACACUGGUGAUCUUUGCUUCUUCCAGUACACUGGUAUUAGUUCACCUGUCUUCCCAAGUGAUGUGUAAGAUUUUUCGGAGGCACCGUUGAUGGAAUAUUUCGAGGAGCUGGAGAUGGCAUUUAUAAGUGGUCCAUGUUUCACAAGCGUACAGUAAGGUUGGUAGUACAAUAGCUUUGCAAACAAGCAUUUUGGUUUCCCUGUGAAUGUAUUGGUCCUCAAACAUUCUGCGUUUCAAUCGGGAGAAAGCUGCGCUUGCAGAUUUAACAAAGCACUGUGUGAAUAAAUCAUUUCUUUCUCUGGCCUGAAUCUUCCAACAUUCAUCUUCCUUGGGCGUCCAAUAGUCCUUUCCCAGCCCUUUGAGUAGAAAAGCCGCUUUUCCUCCCAGUGUCCAAAUAUUAAAGGGACAGGAGCUCUCCAUUUAAAAGCAGCUGGCAACCUUGCUAUUGCUAGUUAUGCAACCUUAGGAAUUUUACAGGAAUCUUUAACACACAUUCUUUUCUGCAGAUCUUGGUGGUGGUGGGUGGGAAUAAACAGUUCUCCUUUUCUUCUUCUUCAUUUCCCAAACCCCAGUGAACCUCUAGCCCACGAGGAAGUCUUUACACUGCACUUUCUACUCAGCAUUCAGCCCCAGAUAGUUGAAUGGGACUUACUCCCAGGUAAAUGUAGGCAUCUAGCUUCAAGCAGGAGAAUUCCUCUCCCCAUUCACUGGCCUCCAUCUUUUGCAAAGUUCCACUCUUCAGUCGGUUUGGCUAGGAGGCGGGGCUGCUGCUUUUUAGACCCGCCUCCUCUCCAAAUGGGAGCUUUAUAAAAAGAGGAAAUUGAAGCAAAGUCUUUCUUGAAGAAGCAAAAAGAGGGAAAGGGAAGGAAGGGGAAAACAAGCUUUUCAAAAGGACACAGUGGCCUAGAAAAGAAGAGGCUACCAAGAUUUGACCAGGGACCCAGGACAAAGCUCAGGUAGGAUGUGUGACACUUGGAUAGCAAGAUGUGAAGAUGUCUUGCAUGCAAACUUGUGGUUAAAAUGUGUUCUUUUGGAGGCAGCUUGUGUGUUACCUAAGCACUGCCUCUGGGAGUCAGAUCUGGGACUUGGGUUGAGACAAUAUUUGCUCUCUGAGACAAGAAGUGUGUGUUGCAACCCAUCUUUCCCUGUUUGCCUCUUAAGACCUGGUAGACAGAGGUGCUUUGCCUCUAAUAAUAUAAUAAUAAUAAUAAUUUAUUAUUUAUACCCCGCCCAUCUGGCUGGGUCCCCCCAGCCACUCUGGGCGGCUUCCAGCAAAACACUAAAAUACAAUAACCUAUUAAACAUUAAAAGCUUCCCUAAAGAGGGCUGCCUUCAGAUGUCUUCUAAAAGUCUGGUAGUUGUUGUUCUCUUUGACAUCUGGUGGGAGGGCGUUCCACGGGGCGGGUGCUACUACCGAGAAGGCCCUCUGCCUGCUUCCCUGUAACUUGGCUUCUCGCAGGGAGGGAACCACUAGAAGGCCCUUGGCGCUGGACCUCAGUGUCCAGGCAGAACGAUGGGGGUGGAGACGCUCCUUCAGGUGUACUGGGCCGAGGCCAUUUAGGUCUUUCAAGGUCAGCACCAACAUUUUGAAUUGUGCUCGGAAACGUACUGGGAGCCAAUCUAGGUCUUUCAGGAGCGGUGUUAUGUGGUCUCGGCGGCCGCUCCCUAUCAGCAGUCUAGCUGCCGCAUUCUGGAUUAGUUGUAGUUUCCAGGUCACCUUCAAAGGUAGCCCCGCAUAGAGCGCAUGCCAGUAGUCCAAGCGGGAGAUAACCAGAGCAUGCACCAUUCUGGUGAGACAGUCUGUGGGCAGGGAGGGUCUCAUCCUGUGUCCCAGACGGAGCUGAUAAACAGCUGCCCUGGACACAGAAUUGACCUGCGCCUCCAAAAUGAAUCUCAGGCUGCGCACCUGGUCCUUCAGGGGCACAGUUACCCCAUUCAGAACCAGGGAGUCUUAAUAAUCAUGGCAAAAGGUCUGUGGCAAGCAAAUUCAGAGGGCAACUUCUUAAAAAGUGCUGUAUGGGUUGUAAGAAUCCAGUGUUUUAGUGUGGCAGCAUCUGCACUUUGGAACUCCUUUCCUAUUGAUAUCACUAUACUGUUUUCGGCACCUGCCAAAAACAUUUUUGUUAAAUAUGCCAGGUGUUUAGAAAGUUGAUGUGAGUUUUCAUCUCUUUUUAGCGUGUUGUUGUUAUAAUUUUUCAAAUGUCUUAAAUUAUUACUUAGUGGUAACUAUAUUGUUUUAUUCCUUUUAGUAAACAGUUUGUUUGUUUUUACCAUCAAGAGGUGUAUAAAUUUUAUGAAAUAAUGGUGGUGAUAAUGAUGUUUUGAACAAUACAGUGGUACCUCAGGUUACAUACACUUCAGGUUACAGACGCUUCAGGUUACAUACGCUUCAGGUUACAGACUCCGCUAACCCAGAAAUAGUGCUUCAGGUUAAGAACUUUGCUUCAGGAUGAGAACAGAAAUUGUGCUCCGGCGGCCUGACAGCAGCAGGAGGCCCCAUUAGCUAAAGUGGUGCUUCAGGUUAAGAACAGUUUCAGGUUAAGUACGGACCUCCAGAACAAAUUAAGUACUUAACCUGAGGUACCACUGUACCUCCAAUUUCUCCUUCUGUGUUUGUAACUGGUGCUUGCUUUAAAUAUUCAACGAUGGUGAGCCGAUGGGCGGAGCUAAUUGCUGUUAAUGAUGGUCUGAAUCUGGAGCGGGUUUUGCAAACUUGCUUCUGAGAUGGGAACUUUGGGAUAUGCUUGGAUUAAGAACUGGCCUGAAUUUGCCUCAGAUAACUGAGGGGCUUUACCUGCCCAAGUUGGCAAGCUCAUGGGCAGAUUUGUAGCUUUUUAUUCACCCGGAGUUAAGAGCAAGUUGGCCUAGGGUUGCCAUACGUCCUCUUUUUCCAGGACAUGUCCUCUUUUUCAGGGAUAAGUUUUCUGUCCUGGCAGGUUUUUUGAAUUUGCUAAAAUGUCCUUGUUUUUUUUCCUUUGGUACUAAGGGAGCACUAGGGAACUGGCGUUCUGGGAGUUUUAAAAUUGGACAAGAGCUAAUUCAGACAUGCGUGUUUGGUUAUUCCUUUACUUAUUUUCAACAGCUGUCUCCUCCUUUCCCAUAAAAGAAAAAAAUAAAUCAAGGCAGCAAACAAUAAAAUGCAAGCAAUAAUAAAUAAUAAUAAUAAUUUAUUUAUAUCCCGCCCUCCCCAGCCGAAGCCGGGCUCAGAGCAGCUAACAAGAAUAAAACACAGAAUUCUAAAAUCAAUUCAUUUUAAAAUCAACAAGUGGGCGAAAACAACAAUAAAACAUGAAGCCUGUUAGGUUGUGGGUGAACAUAUCAGACGACACAGCAAUUCUUCAAACAGCUCUUGUUUAUUCACAGGCCAGAACAGAACUGAACUGAAGGGUUCAGCCAGCCUGCUUAUAUAGAGCUCCACUACAAGGCAACAGUAGGGACGCGGGUGGCACUGUGGGUUAAACCACAGAGCCUAGGACUUGCCAAUCAGAAGGUCGGCGGUUCGAAUCCCCGUGACUGGGUGAGCUCCUGUUGCUCGGUCCCUGCUCCUGCCAACCUAGCAGUUCAAAAGCACAAAAGUGCAAGUAGAUAAAUAGGUACCACUCCAGCGGGAAGGUAAACGGCGUUUCUGUGUGCUGCUCUGGUUCGCCAGAAGCGGCUUAGUCAUGCUGGCCACAUGACCCGGAAGCUGUAUGCCAGCUCCCUCGGCCAAUAAAGUGCCGCAACCCCAGAGUCGGUCACGACUAGACCUAAUGGUCAGGGGUCCCUUUACCUUUACAAGGCAACAGUAACAAUCUUUCUGUAACUAUCCAAUCAAUGAACGUCACUUUCAACUCCUUAUUUGCAUAUGUGGACCUGAGUGAAAACUAUCUACAGUAUCCCCCUGCUGGCCCAGGGUGAGAACUUCAGUACAUAACCAAGCCAAUAUGCUGGAGAGAGAACCUGUUCAUCAAAAGUAGGGCUGAGAUCUCGGGAUGCAUGGUUUGUGACUGACACCUCCAUCUGGACACCUUUCUUAAGCAGGCCAGCAGAAGAGCUCAUUUUUUGCCUUUAUCUCCCACCUUAUUCACCCCCCUCCUCAGUUAAUCCCUACAGCAACCCUGCGAGGUAGGUGAAGAGACUGGGACUGACUCCAAGGUCAUCCAGUGAGCUUCAGGACCGAGUGGGGAUUUGAACGCUGAUCUUCCAGGUCCUAAUCCAACACUCUAACCACUAUACCACACUUCCGCCCUAGAGUUCUUCUGCUAUAGGGCAGCUCUAAAAAUUAAGCAGGUAAACAAAUACAGUGGUACCUUGGUUCUCAAAUGCCUUGGUACUCAAACGUUUUGGUUCUCAAACACUGAAAAUCUGGAAGUAAGUACAGUGGUACCUCGGGUUACAUACGCUUCAAGUUACAUACACUUCAGGUUACAGACACCGCUAACCCAGAAAUAAUACCUCAGGUUAAGAACUUUGCUUCAGAAUGAGAACAGAAAUUGUGCUCCAGCGGCACGGCUGCAGCAGGAGGCCCCAUUAGCUAAAGUGGUGCUUCAGGUUAAGAACAGUUUCAGGUUAAGAACGGACCUCCGGAUUGAAUUAAGUACUUAACCCGAGGUACCACUGUAAUGUUUUUCGGAAGCCAAUUGUCCGAUGUGGCUGUCGGCUAUUGUUUCUGGGGCGCCUGCACCAAUCAGAAGCUGCGCCUUGGUUUUCGAACAUUUCGGAAGUCAAAUGGACUUCCGGAACGGAUAAAGUUUGGCGCUUUUGUUUUUGCUUUUUAUUUUGCAUUUUGGUUUUCGAGGCUUUUUCAAUUACUUUGUUUUUGUGACUGUGUGGAACCCGGUUCCGCUACUGAUUGAUUGUGUGACUGUAGAAAUGGAUAAAAGCCCCCCAUUCAAACAAUGACUAUCAUCAGUGCAGGUAAGGGGAAAAAAAUAGUUUUAAUUUUUAUCAUCUACAGUGGUACCUCAGGUUAAGUAUUUAAUUCGUUCCGGAGGUCCGUUCUUAACCUGAAACUGUUCUUAACUUGAAGCACCACUUUAGCUAAUGGGGCCUCCUGCUGCUGCCGCGCCGCCGGAGCACAAUUUCUGUUCUCAUCCUGAAGCAAAGUUCUUAACCUGAAGCACUAUUUCUGGGUUAGCGGAGUCUGUAACCUGAAGCAUAUGUAACCUGAGGUACCACUGUACAAUACUGUCUUAUUUACAGUGCAAUGAUUAUUACUUUCAUUUUAUGGAUCAAUGGUCUCGAUACUAAAAUCCAUGUUAAAUUGCUGUUUUAGGGGUUGUUUUUAAAAGUCUGGAACGGAUUAAUCCCUUCUGCAUUACUUUCUAUGGGAAAGCGCACCUUGGUUUUGGAACAUUUUGGUUUUGAAACGGACUUCCGGAUUAAGUUUGAGAACCAAGGUACCACUGUAAAGGGAAAGCCAAUUGUCCAUUAGAGAAGGAUCCGAAAUAUUUUCCUUGAAGCUUGAAUUUGUUUAAUUCUGGAUUGUUGUAUUUGAUGUUUUAAUGUGUUGUAAACUGCACUGAGAUUUUUUUCUUUAAAAUACAAAACAGUAUAUAAAAUUAACAACAACAGCAUCUCUCAUUGAAGGGGAAAAGGCACCUAGACAUUCUGUUGUGCUGACCGUAACCCAGGUUUAAGGUGUUAUUUGGCGAUUAGCUUUUCUAUCUCAGUUUCUAACACUGAUUUGCGUCUAGUAUCCAUUAAUAGCCCUCUUCUCUAUACAGCCUUAAUGACCAGGGCAUCUCCACCCCUGGAGAACAGCACACUAAUUUGAAAGAAGAUAUAAUUAUUGAGGAUCGCCCCUCCUUUUUCCUUCCGUUCAAGACAGACAGACUUGCCCCAGGGCAAAGAGGGAGGAUAGCACCUGCCCUCUCUAUGGUGUCCAGGGCAAAUCUUUAAAUACACAACCGCCGAGGCUUAACCCUAUCUGGAAGAAAAUACCCACUGAUUUGGCAGCUCACCCUCUAUGUGUGUGUGGGGGGGGAGCUGUAGUUACAUGGCGAUGAUAGAAGUAGUCUUUGCACGUUUUCAAAAUAAGUUCUCUUACAUGCGCUGUCCAUUCCCCAAACAAACGACAGCGCCACAUUUCUCAGACUUGGGCAAGCUUUCUUACAAACCAUAUAACACCGGUCUUGAAAAACCUACACUGGCUCCCAGUACGUUUCUGAGCACAAUUCAAAGUAUUGGUGCUGACAUUGAAAGCCCUAAAUGGCCACGGUCCAGUAUACCUGAAGGAGCGUCUCCACCCCCACUGUUCUGCCCGGACACUGAGGUCCAGCGCCGAGGGCCUUCUGGCGGUUCCCUCACUACGAGAAGCCAAGUUACAGGGAACCAGGCAGAGGGCCUUCUUGGUGGUGGCGCCCGCCCUGUGGAAUGCCCUCCCACCAGAUGUCAAAGAGAACAACAACUACCAGACUUUUAGAAAACAUCUGAAGGCAGCCCUGUUUAGGGAAGCUUUUAAUGUUUAAUAGGUUAUUGUAUUUUGGUGUUCUGUUGGAAGCCGCCCAGAGUGGCUGGGGAAACCCAGCCAGAUGGGCAGGGUAUAAAUAAAUUAUUAUUAUUAUUAUUAUUAUUAUUAUUAUACCUUGGCCAUGAGAGCUAGAAACUUGAUUUCUCUCCCCCAGGCCUCCCCCAGUACAGAUAAACCAGCUGUCUCUCUCGGGGUGCAAAAUUCAGAGUCCGGAUCAUCAUAAGAAGAAAACUAGCUCAGCCGAGCCCCUCUGGCUUGCUGCUACCACCUGAAACCCAAACAGGGUCUCUGAGUUGCCCUGGUGCUAGAUGCAGUUAAAGGAGAAUAAUUCCAUUCUGUGCAGGGGUUUUUUUCCCCUGAGGGGUCUUUCUCCUUACCUCUAUCAGCUGACUCAGAGCGGUCCGGGAGUAGCAUAACAGCAAGGAGGGCGACCCGCUGAACGGACAAAGCGUCGGUCUCAUGGGGUGGUCCAGCGCCAUCUUUUCCCCUGUGUGUGUCUCGCUCCUCUUGUCUCUCUGCAAAGCGGAGCCUGCGAAGGGCGGCUGAUGGAUGGUCCAACUAGCUGGCUGCUAGCUGCCUUGUCAAUUGCCUGCUCGCCACCAGCCACCCCCCUAACAUCUGCCAGCGAUGGCUCUGCACCCUCCAGCAAUCUGCGGCCGCUUCCCUCGCAGCCACAAAGGCAGCCCUGGGGAGGCAUUAAUUAAUUCAUUAGGCUGGGUUCGUUUACACUCAGCAGCCUUGGUCCGGGGAGCAGCCAGGGUGGAUGGGUGCGAUCUCCCAGGUUGGCAGUGGGAUGAUAUUGCUGGCUGCUUUUGCCCGGCUCCCCGGAGACCCGGCUUAUUAACUUAUCCAAGGCCUGUUUUCUCUCCGGCGGAGGAACCGGGUCUGAAUCGCCUGGUUUCCUCCUCCUGAUUGCACAGAUGGGUAAAUGAGAAGGGCACCUGUAUGGGCUGUGCAAGCUGCGGAACGGCCGCUCGCCUAUGACGAGCAGCGAUGACCUCCAGGCGACUACACGCAGAAGCUGAUUUAUGCUGGAAGAGGGUUGCUUAUCUCUCCCAUCACCAACACCACCCAAUUUCCCUCUUUUGAAAAAGAGUAGGGAAUUAUUAUUAUUAUUAUUAUUAUUAUUAUUAUUUAUUAUUUAUUAUUUAUACCCCGCCCAUCUGGCUGGGUUUCCCCAGGGAAGAGAACUCUGGGGUGGUGGUGGGGUGACCAGUCGUGGUUGGAUGCUGAGUUUUGAUUUGCGUUGAGGAGCAGAUCAAAAUGUAAAGGUAAAGGUAAAGGGACCCCUGACCAUUAGGUCCAGUCGUGACCGACUCUGGGGUUGCGGCGCUCAUCUCGCUUUACUGGCCAAGGGAGCCGGAAUACAGCUUCUGGGUCAUGUGGCCAGCAUGACUAAGCCGCUUGUGGUGAACCAGAGCAGCGCACGGAAACGCCGUUUACCUUCCCGCCGGAGUGGUACCUAUUUAUCUACUUACACUUUGACGUGCUUUCGAACUGCUAGGUUGGCAGGAGCAGGGACCGAGCAACGGGAGCUCACCCCGUCGCGGGGAUUCAAACCGCCGACCUCCUGAUUGGCAAGUCCUAGGCUCUGUGGUUUAACACACAGCGCCACCCGUGUCCCUAGAGCAAAAUGUACUCCUCCAUAAAUGCUAUUGCACCCUCAGUAAUAUCCUCUGCCUUGCAUUCUUGCAGGGCAAGCCACAAACUCAGUUUAGGUAACAAUGUGGAUGCCCAACAGAUCCCUCGCAAUUAAGUUCCACGUUUCAAAAUGUCAAGUUUGAGUGUGCGAUUGUGUAACCAUCCAAACUUCCUGCCCCCUGCCAGUCGGAUUGUAAGCUCUUUGGGGGCGAGGACCCUUCCUAUCCUUGUUGCAGAACAGUGUCUGUUUUUCCCAUCCUGGAUGCUGAACCCAGUGUCUGCUUUCUGCUUUCUGGCUUAGAGCUGUCAGCUGUGAUGUAUGUAUCCUUGCUUCUUAAUUCUCUCAAACGCUUGCUAGCUUAGGUUCGACAACAGCCGCUGCGGCCUUCUGCCAAGGCGUACAGAUCUUGGCUGCCGUUCAAGCAGUUUCCAUGAACACCAGGAAUGCGCUCGCAGUGCAUCCUGGGAGACAUAGAUGUGCCUCUCUAUUUUUUUUUCUUCCUUGGGAGAGCAAAUCCGAAGGGUUGGCCUGGGAGACUUCCGUCAACAGGGAAGCAUGUGAGCCUGAGAAUUCUUCUGAAGGGCUGGGACUUUGGGGAAGGGCCAGACAGGGGAGCAAAGGCCAUUUGUGUUUCACAGAGGAAAACGAUGCGCAGCUCAGCUGAGGUCCUUGCCCUGUGGUCGUGCCUUGCUGGUAUCGCCUGACCCCACCUUCUAGCAGAAUGAGCCUCUGUCUUCUCUGCGGGUGAGUUGCGGGCGACUGAACAAAACCCGAAACUCAUUAUUGGGGGGGAAGUGUGUGGAACAGGUCUCGGUGUUUCGAUUUCUGGGAAUGGAGUUGAGAGAUGACCUAACCUGGGGAGAAAACAGCAAAGACCUGAUGAAGAGAGCACAGCAGAGGUUAUAUUUUCUGAGAAUCCUCUGGAAAAACAAUCUCUCAAAGGACCUGAGGACUGCUGAGUGUGUGUUAAUUUAUGGUCUGUGUGUGUGGUUUGGGAGCUGCACGGUCAGGGGAAAAACAAUGCUGUCCAGGGUUGUAAAGACUGCAGAGAGAAUAAUUGGGUGCACUCUUCCCACCUUGGAUCAACUCUAUGCUUCCAGGUGUCAUAAGAAAGCUGCAGAUAUAGUGCAGGAUAGUGCGCACCCCGGAAAUGAUCUCUUUCAGCUUCUGCCUUCUGGAAGAAGGUAAAGGUAGAGGUACCCCUGACCAUUAGGUCCAGUCGCAGACGACUCUGGUAUUGCACCGCUCAUCUCGCUUUAUUGGCUGAGGGAGCCGGCAUACAGCUUCCAGGUCAUGUGGCCAGCAUGACUAAGCCGCUUCUGGCGAACCAGAGCAGUGCACGGAAAUGCUGUUUACCUUCCCGCCACAGUGGUACCUAUUUAUCUACUUGCACUUUGAUGUGCUUUCGAACUGCUAGGUUGGCAGGAGCAGGGACCGAGCAACAGGAGCUCACCCUGUUGCAGGGAUUCGAACCACCGACCUUCUGAUCGGCAAGCCCUAGGCUCUGUGGUUUAGACCACAGUGCCACUCAAGUCCCUCUGGAAGAAGAUACGGGGUUAUAAAGACCAGGACUAGCCGCCUGAGAAACAGUUUCUAUCCAAAUGCGAUUUUGGUUUUAAACGCAGUGUAAGGUAGUCUCUAUGUGAGCAUAUUGUAUUUACUUAUGGGGUAUCAGAGUUUUUAGGGGGUUUACCAGGCUGGGAGAGCAGGCUUGUUGGUUUUUGAAUGUCUGAUGUAGAUUUUUUCAAUUUCGUUGUUCUGUAUGGGACAAUGACAAUAAAGAUCGUAUCGUAACGUUCUCUAUAAAUUUCUCCCCUGCCCGUCGCUGUCCAAAAAGUGUCAGGGAAAGAACAGAGUUUGCAAAGAGAAAGAGAGGGGUCAGUCUUGCGCUAUGCACAAUCUGCUGAGAUGCAACUUUAGGAGGAUGUGGCUGUGAGCUUUUGAUUUACUCUUGUCAAAGGUACAGAAAUUUCUCGACUUGAUACUGUGUUAGCAAAGGCCUGGAUGUUUUCCUGUGUGGUCAAAUCCACACUGUACAAGUACAUUUAGAACAUAUUUUAAAGCGCAUGGCUCCUUCAUCCCACCCAGGAUCUUGGGAAUUGUAGUUUUUUAAGGGUGCUGGGAGUGGUAGUUUUGCAGGGGGUAAAGCGAUUCCCCCCCCCAAAAAAAAGAUUUCUGGGGAUUGUAAUGCGCCUUAAAUGUUUAGUGCAGAUAUGGCCAUCUUAGGGCAGAAAGUUGGGAUAGGAAGAAAGUGAGAAAUUACUGCUGGGUUUGAUCAUUUAAUUUUAAAAGCCUUUUUUUUAUCCCCAGGAGAUUACUGCAUGAAAGACAACAACAGAGAAAGGCAGGGAGUGGAGGCAAGGGAUGCAAUGCCUUGUUGUAUUUAGUUACAGGAGGGCAUGGAAACUGAGAGCUUGCCCGUGGAAGGCUUGAGGUUAAAGAUGGAUCUUUUGAGGAGGUGUUUGAGAGAAGUCGGAGGUGUGGGAUUGUUGCUGACUUAUUUAUUUGCAAUUGCAUCCUGCUCUUUAGCUGAAUAGACUCCCAGAUAGGCCUGCAUGCAGACAAGUAAAAAACGAGACAGUCCCUGCCCGCAGGCUUGCAGUCUAAGAGAUGCAGCAGCAAAGGAAAGCAGAACUGGGAGGGAUGAGGAAAAAAGCAAGCUCAGAUGCCAAGUCUUAAAACUUUAAAAACGGUAGGAAGAUGGUCUAAGCAGGGCAAAAAAGGGAGAAAGGGCAAAAUCCUUUGGCAAUAAGCUCGCCUGCCGUGUUUGGUGAUGAAAACACAUUUCGUGUGCAUUUUCUAAGGCGGCAUGGAAUGCUUUGCAUGGAAAAAACCCAAGUUCCAUGCCCAGGAGCUCCAGGUGGGGCUGGGAAUACCCCACCUGCCUUGCAGGGGGUUAGACUAGAUGACCCACUGGGUCCCUUCCAAUUUCGCAAUCCUAUGAAUCCCUAGAGUUUUGCACUUUAUUGGUGAAUCUAAGCUAGAUAGUCUGACUCUAGCUGUGUAUGCACCUUGCAUUUAAAGCACACACACCCCAAAAAUAUAUAUAUCCUGGGAACUGUAGUUUGCUAAGGGUGCUGGGGACGGCACCUCUGAAAGGGGUAAAUGAGAGUUACCCCUGGGGAAAGGGCUUUAAGUGUGUCUGUAAGCCUGAUUCCAACGCUCCGAUGUAGUUGUGCCAUUCGGCCACUAGAUGUCCCCAUUAUGGUUUUCUCAAGGAUGUGCUUCUCUGCAAAGAACAGAUGAUUUGGCCCCAAAGCAGGGAAGGAAAGUGGAAAUUGUGAGGUUGUGGACCCUCCUUGAAUGGACACAUUGAUGUUCAGCUGGGUGCUCACCUGUCACUGUAGACUGCAGUUGCAUCCUGCAUUGAGCUGGAUUGGAUGACCUCUGAUAAUAAUAAUAAUAAUAAUAAUAAUAAUAAUAAUAAUAAUAGAUAAAAUAAAUAAAUUAUUUGUACCCCGCCCAUCUGGCUGGGUUUUCCCAGCCACUCUGGGCAUCUUCCAACAAAGAUUAAGAAUACAUUAAAAUGUCACACAUUAUAAACUUCUAAAUGUCAGGUAGUUGUUUAUCGCUUUGACAUCUGGUAGGAGGGCAUUCCACAGGGCGGGUGCCACUACCGAGAAGGCCCUCUACCUGGUAACCUGUAGCUUUGCUUCUCGCAGUGAGGGAAGAGCCAGAAGGCCCUCAGAGAUGGACCUCAGCAUCCGGGCAGAACGAUGGAGGUGGAGGCGCUCCUUCAGGAAUACAGGGCCAUUUAGGGCUUUAAAGGUCAACACCAACACUUUGAACUGUGCUCGGAAACGUACUGGGAGCCAAUGCAGGUCUUUCAGGACCAGUGUUAUGUGGUCUCGGCAGCCGCUCCCAGUCACCAGUCUAGCUGCCGCAUUCUGGAUUAGUUGCAGUUUCCGGAUCACCUUCAAAGGUAGCCCCACGUAGAGCGCGUUGCAGUAGUCCAAACGGGAGAUAACUAGAGCAUGCACCACUCUGGCGAGACAGUCUGCAGAUAGGUAGGGUCUCAUGUUGCGUACCAUACAGAGCUGAUAAACAGCUGCCCUGGACACAGAAUUGACCUGCGCCUCCAUGGACAGCUGUGAGUCCAAAAUGACUCCCAGGCUGCGCACCUGGUCCUUCAGGGUCACAGUUGCCCCAUUCAGGACCAGGGAGUCCUCCACACUGCUCCUUCUGUUUUCCAAGUUCUUGUUUCCGACACUGGCUUUCUAACAGGGAUUUCGCCAGCCUCGGACACCCACGUGUUGUUGGACUACAACUCCCAUAGUUCACGGUCAGUUUAACCAAUGGACAGGGAUGAUGGGAGUUGUAGUCCGACAACCGCUAUGCCGGUGGUACAGCAAUUAAACCGCUAGCAGUGUGUCUGGAGGUCCGGGGCUCCCUCUCGGCCUCACUGAUGGGGGGUCCAAAGGAAAGCAGAGGAAGACGUUUGGCCCCAGCUUGGCUGCAGGAGGGACUCCAUUUUGGAUUUGGGUAGGGUUUACUCCAGAGCCUUUUCUUCCCCCGAAGAUGUCCGGCAAGGCAGUGGAGGUUUAGGAUCAGAGUUUUCCUUCUUCUAGAGCGGCUCCUUUCCCAGGUGGACAAACCCCAUCUGCCCCUCACUUCUCUCUAUGGCAUAUGCAGAGACCACCUUGUUGACCGUUGGACCUACGAUUUGUCUCGUCUGCUCAGUCUGCCUGAUCCUGUCUUUGCACGCAUGGGAAGCCCCUAAUUCACUGAGGGCUUGAGACCCAUUGGCUGUGCUCACCUGGUUUAACCAGGGCCAGAUUUAGGUUUGAUGAGGCCCUGAGCUACUGAAGGUAAAAAGGUAAAGGGACCCCUAUCCAUUAGGUCCAGUCGCGGACAACUCUGGGGUUGCGGCGCUCAUCUCGCUUUACUGGCUGAGGGAGCCGGCGUACAGCUUCCGGGUCAUCUGGCCAGCAUGACUAAGCCACAUCUGGCGAACCAGAGCAGCACACGGAAACGCCGCUUACCUUCCUGCCGGAGCGGUACCUAUUUAUCUACUUGCAUUUUUGACGUGCUUUCGAACUGCUAGGUUGGCAGGAGCCAGGACUGAGCAAUGGGAGCUCACCCCAUCGCGGGGAUUCGAACCGCCGACCUUCUGAUCGGCAAGUCCUAGGCUCUGUGGUUUAACCCACAGCACCACCCGCGUCCCAACUGAAGGUAAUGGGGCCCUUUAUAUGUCCAGUUGUCCUGUGUCAACAACAAAUUGUCGUUUUUUUCCUGUUGAAUAUACGCUAGAUGGUCAUUUAUGGACCUAAUAGGUAUCUCAAGCCAUUUGCCCAUGCAUAAUGUAGGCACCCCAUAAAGUGGUACCUCGGGUUACAGACGCUUCAGGUUACAGACGCCGCUAACCCAGAAAUAUUACCUCAGGUUAAGAACUUUGCUUCAGGAUGAGAACAGAAAUUGCGCGCUGGUGGCGCGGUGGCAGCGGGAGGCCCCAUUAGCUAAAGUGGUACCUCAGGUUAAGAACAGUUUCAGGUUAAGAACGGACCUCCGGAACGAAUUAAGUUCUUAACCUGAGGUACCACUGUAUAUAGAAAUGAGCAUACCAGUGAUAUUUUAGGGAGCAGGCUAGCAGGCGGGGCCCAUGACUUACAUCAGGCUCCCUCAGCCUCGGCCCUCCAGAUGUUUUUGGCCCACAACUCCCAUGAUCCCUAGCUAGCAGGACCAGUGGUCAGGGAUGAUGGGAAUGGUAGUCUCAAAACAUCUGGAGGGCUGAGUUUGAGGAAGCCUGACUUACAUCCUAGGAGCCUACACAACACAAAACACUGUUGCUGUAUGUAGGAUUUUAUAUUAUUGGUUUUUUUCUUAUAUUUUGGAAAUGUACAUCGUUGUUUUUUUCUUUAAUUUUUUUGGGGGGGCCCCAAGAGAGUGGGGCCCUAAGCUAUAGCUUCUUUAGCUUAUACGUAAAUCCGGCACGGGGAUUAACCAACCAGUUGAAGCCGUUUCCCAGGAUUAUGGCCGCUGUCGCAUGCAGACAGCUUCUAGGAGCCCCAGGUGAGAGCUAAGCGCAGGAUGGGGACCACCGGUGAACAAACUACUCCAGAAGGAGCAUGACGUGUCCCCUAUCCAGGUACUAAAGGUAAAGGUAAAGGGACUCCUGACCAUUAGGUCCAGUCGUGGCUGACUCUGGGGUUGCGGCGCUCAUCUCGCUUUAUUGGCCGAGGGAGCCGGCGUACAGCUUCUGGGUCAUGUGGCCAGCAUGACGAAGCCGCUUCUGGCAAACCAGAGCAGCGCACGGAAACGCCGUUUACCUUCCCGCUGGAGCGGUACCUGUUUAUCUAGUUGCACUUUGACGUGCUUUCGGACUGCUACGUUGGCAGGAGCAGGUUGGCAGGUUGGACUGCUAGGUUGGCAACGGGAGCUCACCCCGUCGCAGGGAUUCGAACCGCCGACCUUCUGAUCGGUAAGUCCUAGGCUCUGUGGUUUAACCCACAGCGCCACCCGCGUCCCUUAUCCAGGUACUACCCCUCCUCUAAAACCCCACACACCCUGCGGUUGGUGUUCUCCAUUUUCAGCCGUGAGAAGCUACCAUUAGAACAGGCAGUUGCGCACCGAGCAGCUAAGGUUUCCAUAACUUCUCAUUGUUACUCCCUGUCAUGAGUUAAAUAGCUAUUCCUGGUCACUGACCGAAAAAUGGCCACCUCAGCAGUUCCUAAGACAUGCCACUCAUCAGUUCUGUGCAUCUAGGAGGAAGUUAGAAGACAGUCAUUGCAGCCUGGAAACUUUAAGGCUGCUUUGAGCUGUGUCACAUUCACCAAAGUGUCCUACACAGGGCAGUUUUAGAGCUCUGGGGAGAAUGCCAGAGAUCUGUGGUUUGCUGAUAGACGUGGUGAUGUGCACCAGGAUUUUGGAUACCCAAUUGAACUGCAAAAAUGGGAGGAAUUAUGGAAAAGCAAUUUAAAAUUUACAGCCUGUUAUCUAAUUCAUUUUCCCAGUACAGUGGUACCUCGGUACUAUUGUAGGUACUGUACUAUUUCUGGGUUAGCGGAGCCUGUAACCUGAAGCGUCUGUAACCCAAGGUACCACUGUACAAUAAAACACCAUACAUUAAAAACUUCCCUAAACUUCCCUUCGGAUGUCUUCUAAAAGUCAGAUAGUUUAUUUCCUUGACACUUGGUGGGAGGAUGUUCCACAGGGCAGGCGCCACCACCAAGAAGGCCCUGUAACUUGGCUUCUCGCAGGGAGGGAACUGCCAGAAGGCCCUCGGCACUGGACCUCAGUGUCCGGGCAGAACGAUGGGGGUGGAGACGCUCCUUCAGGUAUCCUGGGCCGAGGCCGUUUAGGGCUUUAAAGAUCAGCACUAACACUUUGAAUUGUGCUUGGAAACGUACUGGGAGUCAAUGCAGAUCUCUCAGGAUUGGUGUUAUGUGGUCUUGGUGGCCGCUCCCAGUCACCAGUCUAGCUGCCGCAUUCUGGAUUAGCUGUAGUUUGCGGGUCACCUUCAGAGGUAGCCCCACGUAGAGCGCAUUGGAGUAGUCCAAGCGGGAGAUAACCAGAGCAUGCGCCACUCUGGCAAGACAGUCUGCAGGCAGGUAGGGUCUCAUCCUGCGUACCAGAUGGAGCUGGUAGAAAGCUGCCCUGGACACAGAACUGACCUGUGCCUCCACGGACAGCUGUGAGUCUAAAAUGACUCCCAGGCUGCGCAUCUGGUCCUUCAGGGGCACAGUUACCCCAUUCAGGACCAGGGAGUCCUCCACACCCGCCCGCCUCCUGUCCCCCAAAAACAGUCCUUCUGUCUUGUCAGGAUUCAACCUCAAUCUGUUAGCUGCCAUGCUCUUAUAUGUCCUUGGAGGGCUGCUGGAGGUUCCCGAGCCCUAGAAUAAAUUGUGUGCAUCGUCUAUCCCUCCUCCGUCUCCCACCUAAGCUCCGGUUCUGACUGGCUGGUCCAGGAAUGUUCUGUCCCAGGUCGCUCGGGUUGGUCCGUCGAGCGAAGGAGGAUCGGCUUGGCAUCUCCUCGCCUACGAAGAGCAAAGAGCGCCUGAGAACACAAAGAGGCUUUUGUAAGGACUCCUUUAGCGCUUCCCUGAAGCAAAGGGAGGCCGUGGGAUGCUUUUGCUGAGCUGCAUUCUUGCCAGAGAGCAAACGCCUGGUGGCUGCAGCACGUGAGGAGAGGGUUUUGCGUUCUUUGGCUAACUGGUUUGGCUUACAGUUUUACUUUUAAAAAAUAAUAAUUAACAAAUUCAACAUAACAAAUCAACAAUACAAAUCAUCUUCAUUAUUUUUCCCCUCCCACCUCCCCAACAUACCCUCCCUCCCCCCCCCCCCCAGGAUUUCCCUCAGCUCCUCUCUCUGAUUUCUUAUCCCAUAUUGUUCUCUGCAUAUUGCAAAAUUGUAUGCAUCCUUAUUGGUGCUGGAGGAGACUUUUGAGAGUCCCAUGGACUGCAAGAAGAUCAAACCUCUCCAUUCUUAAGGAAAUCAGCCCUGAGUGCUCACUGGAAGGACAGAUCCUGAAGCUGAGGCUCCAGUACUUUGGCCACCUCAUGAGAAGAGAAGACUCCCUGGAAAAGACCCUGAUGCUGGGAAAGAUGGAGGGCACAAGGAGAAGGGGACGACAGAGGACGAGAUGGUGGGACAGUGUUCUCGAAGCUACCAGCAUGAGUUUGACCAAACUGCGGGAGGCAGUGGAAGACAGGAGUGCCUGGCGUGCUCUGGUCCAUGGGGUCACGAAGAGUCGGACACGACUAAACGACUAAACAACAACAACAUACAUCCUUAUAUUAUCUAUCCACCAUAUUAAUCCAAUAAAUUUGUGUAUGUUUAUUCAAAACCUGCCAAGGAGUCCAGUUCAUUUUGUUGUCUUGUUAAAUAGGCUGUAGAAAGUUCCCAUUCUUCUUUAAAGUCACAGUUGUCUUUAUCUCGCAAUUUACGUGUCAGUUUCGCCAGUUCUCCAUAGUUCGUUAAUUUCUCUUGCCGCUGUUCUUUUGUCGGGGGUUCCUCAUUCUUCCAUCCUUGCGCUAUCAAGACUCUCGCCGCAGUCGUUGCUUACAUAAACAAAUUCUUUAUUUUUCUUGGCAGGUCUUCUCCAACAAUCCUUAACAAAAAUGCUUCUGUUUUUUUUUUUACAAAUGUCAUCUUAAACAUUUGGCCUACAGUUUUACAGAACAAGGUUUGCCCUCAGGGUGCUCUGGCAAAGCGGGUUUGUGGAGCUGGAAUGGAUUUGUGUGGGGCCAUAAUUGGCUUGCAAAAAAUCAAAAUCUGAGAUCAAAGGAACCCCUAGUUCUUCAACACUCUCUCCUUCAGCAGUUUCCCGCAACGGAAAGCAUUGCUGCCCCUAACUGUGGAGACAGAGAACAGCCGUCCGUCCAGGCUAGUAGCUCUUGAUCAUGGGUAGGCAAACUAAGACCCGAGGGCCGGAUCUGGCCCAAUCGCCUUCUCAAUCUGGCCCGCGGACGGUCCGGGAAUCAUCAUGUUUUUACAUGAGAAACCCAGCCAGAUGGACGGGGUACAAAUAAUAAAUUAUUAUUAUUAUUAUAAAUAUGUGCUUUUAUUUAAAAUGCAUCUCUGGGUUAUUUGUGGGGCAUAGGAAUUUGUUCCUAUUCCCCCCCCCCCAAAAAUAUAUAUAUAUAGUCCGGCCCUCCACAAGGUCUGAGGGACAGUGGACUGGCCCCCUGCUGAAAAAGUUUGCUGACCCCUGGACUUGAUAGUCCGCUCUUCCACGAAUUUGGCUACAGUGGUACCUUGGUUCUCAAACGCCUUGGUACUCAAACAACUUAGAACCCAAACACUGCAAACCCGGAAGUGUUCCGGUUUGCAGACUUUUUUUGGAAGCCGAACGUGCUCCAUUUUGAGUGUUACGCUUCCGUUUUGAGUGUUACGCUGAGGUCUGUCUGCUUUUGCUAUUUAUUUUGCAUUUCUGUUUUUGUGGCUCUUUUGUUUUUUGUUUUUGUGACUGUGUAGAGCCCAGUUCAGCUACUGGUGGAUUGACUGUGUGACUGCAGUACAUUGUUUAUUGCUUUCAUUUUAUGGACCGAUGGUCUCAUUACAUAUAAAAUGCAUGUUUGCAGUUUGAAAACCAGUUUGAAAACCACUGGAUCUGUAAAAUGAAAGCAAUAAACAAUGUACUGCUGUCACACAAUCAAUCCACCAGUAGCUGAACUGGGUUCCACACAGUCACAAAAACGAAACAAAAAAGAGCCGCAAAAACAGAAACGCAAAAUAAAUUGCGAAAACAGACAGACUUCAGCGUAACACUCAAAACAGAAGUAUCCGAUCUCAAAUCGGAAGCAUAACACUCAAAAUGGAGCAUUUUCGGCUUCGAAAAAAGUUCGCAAACUGAAACGCUUACUUCCGGGUUUGCAGUGUUUGGGUUCCAAGGCGUUUGAGUACCAAGGCGUUUGAGAACCAAGGAACCACUGUACCAAUUUCUGAAAACUGCAGAAGGAGACUGUGCAUUUGUGUUGGGAUUCUGUUUGUGUGUUUCCCUCUCUGGACGACUUUCUGAGAACAGAAUGCUGACUAGAUGGGCCGCUGGCCCGAUUCUCUGGCCAGAGUUGACAAAAACUCUCUUCUCGAUAAGUUUCAAUUCAGCGUUUUUCGGACUGGCAUUUUUUAAAAUGCCAGCCUCUCUCUUUUCAAAGCUCCUUUGUUUGAGAUGCACUGCUCUGUAAAUUCCUCAGCCGCUUUGGCUUGGCAGUUUAGCCACCGCCUAGAUCAUGGGUAGGCAAACUAAGGCCCGGGGGCCGGAUGCGGCCCAAUCGCCUUCUCAAUCCAGCCCGCGGAUGGUCCAGGAAUCAGCGUGUUUUUACAGGAGUAGAAUGUGUCCUUUUAUUUCAAAUGCAUCUCUGGGUUAUUUGUGGGGCCUGCCUGGUGUUUUUUACAUGAGUAGAAUGUGUGCUUUUAUUUAAAAUGCAUCUCUGGGUUAUUUGUGGGGCAUAGGAAUUCGUUCAUCCCCCCCAAAAAAUAUAGUCCAGCCCCCGACAAGUUCUGAGGGACAGUGGACCGGCUCCCUUUCUGUUUUACAAUUUAGAGUACAGUGGUACCUUGGGUUACAUACAUCAGGUUACAUACACUUCACGUUACAGACUCCGCUAACCCAGAAAUAGUACCUCGGGUUAAGAACUUUGCUUUAGGAUGAGAACAGAAAUCGUGCUCCGGCGGUGCGGUGGCAGCGGGAGGCCCCAUUAGCUAAAGUGGUGCUUCAGGUUAAGAACAGUUUCAGGUUAAGAAUAGACCUCCAGAACAAAUUAAGUUCUUAACCCGAGGUACCGCUGUAUUCAUUUAAACAACGUUAAAAUAUAUAUGAUCUCCCUUCCUCUUUCCAUGGUUUGUUUUACAUAACAUAAAUCCCUGCAUAUUUUACAUAAACUAAACUAAACUUCUUUACACUGAAUUUAUCUCAGUGCUGUCAAUGUUUUCAAAUAUACACAACCCCACCCCCAUAUAUUCAAUAAACAUGUUCCAAUCUUCUUCUUUUAUAUAAAAAAAAAGUUUGCUGACCCCUGGCCUAAAUCUUCCUCCCAGGCUCCCGAUCUUUUAAAACUAAAUCCUUGCCCUUCGCCAGGCUGCAGGCAGUAAGGCUUGUUUGUAAACAGGCGGGACGAAGGAGGAAACGAAUUGUGCGGCUGGCUUGAAACCUUCUGCCCAGGAUGGUUUUGUAAUCGUACCUCUGGGCUGCGGCGGCUGUGUGUUGUGUGUGUCAUCCAGGAAGCAGGAUCUGCAGCUGAACAGAAAAGGAAAUUUGGCAGUGGGAGGCAGGCGGGAGUGGCAUUGCAGGUUCCUAAACAGCCAGGCAUGAAAAGCUGCCCAGAACUGCUCAGAGGUGCCGCCGGCAACGAACCACGCAAGCUAUGUUGCUUUCAAUAUAAGGCAAGUUGUUUUUCCGUCUUCUUUUUUCAAAUCGUAGAGUUGGGGCCCAGGGGAUAUCUAGUCCAACCCCCUUUUGACCAGCUGGGAUUUUUCAGUAGCGACUGAGACCCCUCACUGCCUCAGCCUGUGAAAUCGGGCCAUCUGUGAAUUAGACUGCCCUCUCUUCUUGAAGGCAAGGAGCCCGAGUUGAAUUCAAGCCUGGCUUCUUCUGAAGUAACAGGACUGUAGAGCAUGCGCAGACUGCUUUCUGAUGAACAGGCAGCCUGUAGAUUGCGAGAAAUAGGAGUCACCUAGGAUGUGGACGCAAUGGAGGCUGGUUUGCCCAGCUGGUUCCUUUUCUUAAAAACUUUUACAAUGCACUAUUUCAAAUCAAAGGCGGUUUUCCUGUUAUUUUUAAGCGUGGGAUGAUGCAGUCUAGGUUGGCCGAAUUGGCUUAAAUGUGUGUCCCAGUUUAACCAGUGCUUGCGAGGGGAAGAAGGAUACUUACUUGGGAGUAUACCUCCUCCAAUUGGAUUCAGGUGGCUUGCUCCUGAGUAGACUCACAGAGAGGAUUGUAUUGUGGAGGAGUCUGGCUGUAUGGCUAUUCCAGAGGGAGUGAUGCAUUAAGAAGGAAAAGCUGACUGUCGCUUGCUUCCUUCUUGUAAAUGGGCAUCUCGUUGGCUACUGCAAUAACAGGAUGCUGAAAUAGAGGGACCACUGGCCUCAUCCACCAAGACUGUGGCGCUGUGGUCUAAACCACCCAGCCUCUUGGGCUUGCUGAUUGGAAGGUCAGCGGUUCAAAUCCAUGCGAUGGGGUGAACUCCCGUUGCUUGGUCCCAGUUCCUGCCAACCUAGCAGUUCGAAAGCACAUCAGUUCAAGUAGAUAAAUAGGUACCACUGUGGUGGGAAGGUAAACGGUGUUUCCGUGUGGUCUGGUUUCCGUCACGGUGUCCCGUUGCGCCAGAAACGGUUUAGUCUUGCUGGCCACAUGACCCAGAAAGCUGUCAGUGAACAAACGCCGGCUCCCUCAGCCUGAAAGCGAGAUGAGUGCCGCAACCCCAUAGUCUCCUUUGGCUGGACUUAACCGUGCAGGGGUCCUUUACUUCUUCUUUUUUACCACCAAGACCUUAUUGAUGUUCUUGGCAGGACAUGAAGGCAACAAAAUUCCUGGAAUUCAGUGGACUUUGAGCAUGGAGAUGGAACAUACUCUCUCCUCUGUGAUUUCUGUCUCAUCCACUUUUAUAGCAUUCCAAGCUAGUAGCCGUCACCAACGGCACCUUGUGGCAGCGAGUUCCGCACGUUCUGCAUUGCGCAGAGGAGUCCUUGACUUUUGUCUGCCCAUCAGCUUUGCUGAGUUUCUAGGAUUCUGGGAGAAAAGGACACGCGCUCCAUCUAUUGCUAUUGGAUUUUGUUCUUUUUGAAGCAUGUGAUAUUUCGCCCUACCUUGUGCCAGGCAUCUGGACGGGGAUAGGGGGUUGAAAUUCAAUUCCGUUUGCACCGUAACGUGAAACUACAGGUGCCCUCCCUCUCCAUUUUGCAGGGCAGCUCUUUGGCCAGGAAAUGUGUGCCAAAAUGGGUAUGUUAUGGGAGGGCACGGUAAAAUAAUAUGCAGAAAUGAAUUGUAGAAGGGGGAAUUGCUAGCACAAAUGUGUGCGCUUGGAAAAUGCUGACGCGUUUAAAAACCUGCAAGCUGCUGCAGGAGUGUGGAACACUAAAUUUAAGACUGGAAAAAAUGGGGGGGGACCUAAAAAAAAUGGAAAUUGACAGAUUUCCCCCCCUCCCAAGCCUGUGGAUGCAUCUACACCAUACAUUUCAAACUCCCCCUCCAAAAAAAGAAUCACGGGUGCUGGGAAUUAUAGCUCUGUGGGGGUAAACUACAGUUCCCAAGAUUAUUGGGAGUGUGUGAGAAAUGUGCUUUGAAUAUAUGGCAUGUAUGCAGCCUACAUUUGCACCUGAUGUGUGGUAAAGUAGUAGUAGUAGUUGUUGUUAUUUAUUAUUAUUAUUACAAUUAAGUUAUUAACAUCUAAAGCACCAUUUCAAGGCCAUCUGAUGCUGUGGGUUAAACCACACAGCCUAGGACUUGCCGAUCAGAAGGUCGGCGGUUUGAAUCCCUGCGACGGGGUGAGCUCCCGUUGCUCGGUCCCUGCUCCUGCCAACCUAGCAGUUCGAAAGCACGUCAAAAGUGCAAGGAGAUAAAUAGGUACCUCUCUGGCAGGAAGGUAAACGGCGUUUCUGUGCGCUGCUCUGGUUCGCCAGAAGCAGCUUAGUCCUGCUGGCCACUUGACCCGGAAGCUGUACUCCGGCUCCCUCGGCCAAUAAAGCGAGAUGAGCGCUGCAACCCCAGAGUCGUCCGUGACUGGACCUAAUGGUCAGGGCUCCCUUUACCCUUACCUUUACCUUUACACAUGGGAUAAUGCAGAGUUGGUGAAGCAAAGGACAUGUAUUUGCAGUGUGGGAAUUUGGUUGUACAGUAUGUCUGGGUUUCUGCCUGUGAGACCUACAUCAAGAUACGUGCAGAAAAUCUCACAAGCUGGCCUUGACAACCUUUUGCAAGGAUCCCUUGUGGGCGCCACCUUACACCCUGGUUUUGACGCUUCUUUUACGCCUUGCUCACUGGAGCACCAAAUGGAUUUCCCCCAUUUCCUCUGAGGCAUCGGGGAUGGUGGCAUUCGAGGAACUGAGCAGCGUGGCAUUGCAUUAGUAAGGUUCUCUUUUUGAGAUGAUUCAGUUGGGUGGCUUUUCCUCUGAUUCUCUGCUGUGGGGUCGCCAUAUCUGGAGUCGGAAAGCAAUUCCUGACAGGUCAGGUGGAACCGUUGUUGUCUGUUUUUCCUUGGAAUAAUAAUAAUAAUUUAUUAUUUAUACCCCGCCCAUCUGGCUGGGUUUCCCCAGCCACUCUGGGCGGCUCCUAAUGGAAUAAUAAAAACACAAUAGAACACCAAACAUUAGAAACUUCCCUAAACAGGGCUGCCUUCAGAUGUCUUCUAAAAGUCAGAUUGUGGUUUAUUUCCUUGACAUCUGAAGGGAGGGCGUUCUACAGGGUGGGCGUUCUACAGGGUGGGCACCACCACCGAGAAGGCCCUCUGCCUGGUUCUCUGUAACCUCACUUCUCAUAGGGAGAGAACCACCAGAAGGCCCUCAGCACUGGAUCUCAGUGUCCAGGCAGAACGAUGGGGGUGGAGACAUUCCUUCAGGUACCGUAUUUUUCGCCCUAUAGGACGCACCGUCCCAUAAGGCGCACCCAGUUUUAUGGGGGGGAAAUAAAGGGGGAAAAAAUUAUUUCCCCCCCAGGCGCGGGGCUGGGGCGGGGGAAGCCCGAGCUUCCCCCGACCCCAGCCCCCAAACAGGCAGCUCUCUGCAAGCCAUGCGAGCCCAGCGCUGGCUCCUGCUGCUUGCGGAGUGGUCCGCGAAGCCUGAACGCGCUGAGCUCAGCGCACGCGGGCUUCAGCAUGCAGGCAACUCUCCGCAAGCAGCGGGAGCGCUCCCGCUGCUUGCGGAGAGGUCCGCGAAGCCUGCAUUCACCCCACAGGACACACACACAUUUCCCCUUCAUUUUUGGAGGGGAAAAAGUGCGUCCUAUAGGGCGAAAAAUACGGUAUACUGGGCCGAGGCUGUUUAGGGCUUUAAAGGUCAGCACCAACACUUUGAAUUGUGCUCGGAAACGUACUAGGAGCCAAUGUAGGUCUUUCAAGACUGGUGUUAUAUGGUCUCGGCGGCCGCUCCCAGUCACCAGCCUAGCUGCCGCGUUCUGGAUUAGUUGUAGUUUCCGGGUCACCUUCAAAGGCAGCCCCAUGUAAAGCGCAUUGCAGUAGUCUCUCAUUCAGUUGGAGGCAGCAUUCCUCUGGACUGCACUUUCUGAGAAUCACAAAUAGGAAGUGUGCUUGGUGGCGUUUGGGUUCAGCUGGUGGGCACCGACGCUUUCUGUUCAGAAAAGAGCAGCCCAAACGAUCAUGGGGAUGGAGCCGUUUCCCCUGUGAAAGAGGUUGCAGCUUUUUUGGGGGGGGAUUGGAGUCAGAGGGAAUAUACUAGAAGUUUAUAGAAUUAUGCAUGGCACAAAGAAAGUGGAUACAGUGGUACCUCGGGUUAAGUACUUAAUUCGUUCCGGAGGUCCGUACUUAACCUGAAACUGUUCUUAACCUGAAGCACCACUUUAGCUAAUGGGGCCUCCUGCUGCUGCGGCGGCGCCGGAACACAAUUUCUGUUCUCAUCAUGAAGCAAAGUACUUAACCUGAAGCACUAUUUCUGGGUUAGCGGAGUCUGUAACCUGAAGCGUAUGAAACCUGAGGUACCACUGUAUAGAGAAACGCUUUUCUCCCUCUUAUAAUACUAGGACUUGUGGACAGUGAAGCUGAGCGUUGGAAGAUUCAGCACAGAGAACAGAAAGUCGUUCUUAAUGCAGUGCUGUCGAAUUAUGGAACUCCUUGCCACUGGAAACAGUGAUGGCCUGGAUGGCAUUAAAAGAGGUUUAGACAAAUUAAUGGAGGAGGAGAGCGCUAUCGAUCGCUUCUAUUGUGCCACCCAGCUUGGAGGCAGUAAUGUUUCUGCUGGAAACCUGUGCCAGGACUGAAACUCUCUGUGUCUUGCAUUUUGUUCCCUACGAUGUGAAUCGUGCCGGAGCGGCGAAACUCCCAUUCAGAACCGGGAGACAGCGGGGCGCCCUCCCCGGGCUUGAACUCUGAGGUUUUCCUGGCAACGGAAAGGGGCAGUUUUUGUCUGUGCUGAAACUUGCCUUUUUCUUCCCUUUUACCUCUUUCGUUUCUUUCCUUGGGCUUGAAUGGAAGCUUUCCUACCGCGGUCGGCUAGGCCAAGGAAUCCAGCCUUAACUCUUGCAGCGUAAACAGAUGCCAGGAGAGUUAGUCAUGGGGAGGGACUGGCGUCCCUGGAAGGCUGGACCAGGUGAGAGGCUUAAGCCGGAAGGCUGCGAGAAAGGCUUGCUCAUUCGCCAGAGACUUGAGGAUUCACUUUGGGGUUAUAAGUGGGGACCAGCCUAUACGUGUAGGUGGAGGGGUGUGUGUGCGUGUGUGGAAGACUUCCAGAGGAGUGUACCAAGUCAGUCUGCAUGGGGAUGGAAGAACGACUUCUUAAUGCUUAUAUAAAACUUCCUGCAAGUGGAAAAAUAAUAUCUGGGAUCCUAUAUUGAAGAUUGCAAGCCAUAUGAUAGGAGUAUAUGAAGGUUUCUACAGGUGAAACUCGAAAAAUUAGAAUAGCGUGGAAAAGUUCAUUUAUUUCAGCAACUCUAGGAUUCUGUCUCAGGGCGGUUCGCAGCAUAAAAAUACAAGACAGAAAUACAAAAUGUGUAAUAAAAACGAGAGCUGGAAGGAACCCUGAAAGUCAUCUAGUCCAUGGGUAGGCAAGCUAAGGCCCGGGGGCCAGAUCCAGCCCAAUCUCCUUCUCAAUCCGGCCCACGGAUGGUCCGGGAAUCAGCUUGUUUUUACAUAAGUAGAAUGUGUCCUAUUAUUUAAAAUGCAUCUCUGGGUUAUUUGUAGGACAUAGGAAUUCGUUCUUUAUUAUUUUUUUUAAAAAGAGUCCAGCCCCCCACAAGGUCUGAGGGACAGUGGACCGGCCCCCUGCUAAAAAAGUUUGCUGACCCCAUUCUAGUCCAACCCAUUGCAAUGCAGGAACCGCAGCUAAAUACACAAACAGAGACACGGCUACACCCCUGUCUGCUCCAUUCACCAGCCCCCUAUGUUUUCCCCUACAUUAACCCACUUUGCAACCUGCCUUUCCCCCCCUUUCCUUCCCCCUUCAUACAAAUCCUGGAUUCUGAAGAUGCACUCCAGAUGCUCUAAUGGGUGUUGCGUGACGACAGCCUUACAUGUCUAUGCAUAUAGGAAGAUAUCAUCUGGAACUGUCUAGAGUGGUGUUCAAGGCUAGUUCUGAUUCAAGAGGUACCCAGUGGCAGAUCUGUCUUCUGCCAUGAACUUGCUUGUUGGCCUGAGGCUGUGAGGUUGUGGCUUCCCCCAGCCUUGUGCCUACCAUUGGAGAUGGAGGAAGAAUGCCCAUCUACCUUGCAAGGUUGUUGUAAAGGUUGCAAUUUGAAGGUCACUGGUAUUGGCUCCAGAAUCCCAAGCGAUACCCAUUUGGUUCCAUCAGGCCUUAAAAACUCAUUUAUUGUAAGCUGCUUUUAGUUGAGAUGCAGAGGUGAAUUUCUUGAGGGCCCCCCCCCACAAAAAACCCAAUGUUAAAGAAAUAAAGAUCUGGACCAUAGACGGGUCUCACCAACUCCAGCAACAUGGUUAACGUCUGGCAUGUUUCCUGAUUUUAGCCAACAGUUGUUACAAGAGCCAACUUAAUAUUCCUUCCUGUUAUGGGUCUAAUAUAGAAUAAGAAAAAUGUUCUGGUUUUCGGGUGUGUAAAUGGGGUCAGGGGGGAAUCUUGCUGGCAAAAUGUCAGGGGAAACCGGGAUGUAUGGCAGUGCGAUGGAAAAAGCAGCGAAAACAGCUCCCAAAGUAAAAGUAAAAAGGGGGGUGGUCUCCCCCAAAAAGCUCAACACUUUGCAGGUCUCAUGAAUUUUUCUUUUCGAAAUAUGACAAUUGACGAUCAUUCCCCUGAAACUUGACUCACAAGGUCCACCCCCCCCAAAAAAAUUGUCACAUACUGGACUGGGGGUGACUUUCUGCUGUCAAGUCUGAACAGUGACUGUUGAAAUAUUCAACUUUCAUUGACCUGGUGGCCUCCAGAUUUUGGGUCCCCACUCCCCCCCAGCCCCCAGCCAGCAUGCUCAAUGGUCAGGGCUAAUGGGAUUUGUGGUCCAUCACAGUUGAGAGAGUGCCAGAUCCCUUACAUUAAGAGAUUUUUCAGGGCCCUUUCUCCACCAGCCAUGGCAGGCAAACAUACUUACUUCGUGCUAAGCUCACUGCCCAGAAUAUUGGCUCCUCCAGCUCCACCAUCCCAAGGUCUCAUUCUUCCUCAAAAGACUUUGUUCUUUCUCCCUUUCUGUCCUGUAGAUGCAGAUUAUCCUUCCAUCAUUUCCCUUUCUUUUUUCUUUUAGCUUUUAAGGCAUCGUACCUCAAUUCGCUUUCUCACCUCUUCCCUCCCAGUUCCGUUUUCCUUUUGUGCUGCGUCUAUUGGAUGGUGAGCCUGCCGGCAGGGACUGUCAGUGACCCUGUUUAGCUCCCAGACAGCAUGACCCAACAGUUGGGGGUGAUGAGAGCUGUAUUCCAGCAACGUCUGACUGGGACCGGCUAGCGGAAGGCUGAAAGAAUGGAACAAGUGAAUGAAUGAAAUGACAGCCGCUGUGAAAGUUCCCCAUUUUGCGAAAGGCCGGUGUACGCGUGGGGCUGCUUCUUAUGAAUGGACUUGAUGCACAUUUUUUCCUGUUACAUCACACCUGGCUUUGUUUGGUUUCCUGUGUUUGAAACUCAAACCAGGCUUCAAUAAGGCUUCAAACAGGCUUCAAUACCUGUUGAGUUUUUUGUUUUAUCUUUCCUGGAAGAGAAGUCUCUUGUGCCUUAACAAUGGGAGAUGCUUUUUUUUUCCCAGCAGGAAAAGGGAGAGGGGGAAAAUAGCCAACCUAGCAUCACCAACCUGGUGCCCCUCUGGUCGUUCAAGGUCACCAGUAUAAGCAAAUGUCUGUCUUAUUCAAGAGACAUAUUCUGUUGUUGUUUUAGUCGUUUAGUCGUGUCCGACUCUUCGUGGACACACCAGGCACUCCCGUCGUCCACUGCCUCCCGCAGUUUGGUCAAACUCAUCCUGGUAGCUUCAAGAACACUGUCCAACCAUCUCGUCCUCUGUCGUCCCCUUCUCCUUGUUUCCUCCAUCUUUCCCAACAUCAGGGUCUUUUCCAGGGAGUCUUCUCUUCUAAUGAGGUGGCCAAAGUCUUGGAGCCUCAGCUUCAGGAUCUGUCCUUCCAGUGAGCACUCUGGGCUGAUUUCCUUAAGAAUGCAGAGGUUUGAUCUUCUUGUAGUCCAUGGGACUCUCAAGAGUCUCCUCCAGCAUCAUAAUUCAAAAGCAUCCAUUCUUUGGCGAUCAGCCUUCUUUAUGGUCCAGCUCUCACUUCCAUACAUCACUACUGGGAAAACCAUAGCUUUAACUAUACGGACCUUUGUUGGUAAGGUGAUGUCUCUGCUUUUUAAGAUGCUUUCUAGGUUUGUCAUUGCUUUUCUCCCAAGAAGCAGGCAUCUUUUAAUUUUGUGGCUGCUGUCACCAUCUGCAGUGAUCAUGGAGCCCAAGAAAGUAAAAUCUCUCACUGCCUCCAUUUCUUCCCCUUCUUUUUGCCAGGAGGUGAUGGGCCCAGUAGCCAUUAUCUUCGUUGUUUUUUUAUGUUGAGCGUCAGACCGUAUUUUGCGCUCUAUAGAACCUUUAUUCUCUAGAAUGAUGGAACUCACAAGUGGAUGAGACUUUUCUUUUUCUAUAUCUUGGUUAUUUUUAAAGGGAAUCUUUGUUAUGAGUCAAUAUUUCUUUAUUUUAUUCCCCCUCCUUCUUUCUUUUGAGUGCUUUAAUGAUUAAAAACUUUAUAACAGAAGUAUACAAUAGAUAUUAUAGGCAAAAUGAGAAAUAAAAAUAAACCGUUAUUCCUUUUUUAACUUAAUACUUCCUUUGUACAUCCAUUUGUGAUUAAAUUUGUCAAGACUUCUGAUCUUCCCCUUGCAUCCCUGAUUUAAACACGCGCUUAAACUUUACUUUCUCCAUAUUAUUUGAGUUACUAUAAAUUUUGUUUUGUACCGUUAUCCUAUUAACCCACCACAGCUCAAUCAAGAACUUCCAACUGAUUGAUCUUUUGACAGUGUUGUUUUUACAUGAACUCUAUAAAUACCCCGCUCUCUGGAGAAUUUUUCAACAACAAAAAAUGGUUACGAGUCAAUAUUUAAUUAUCCCUGCUGCUUUGUACAUUUGUGCUUCCAGGUGGUGGUGAUUUCUGGUUUAAAAGACUGAAUCUUUGUUUUCUGUUUCUUUUUGUAAUGUUUGCACGCUUCUUCUGUUAACAAGUCAACAAGACCAAAAAAGAAUGGAAGAAGAAACAGCAGCAGAUAUCAGCAGAUCUGUCGGUUUGACUUGCAUUCCAGAAAUAGGAGGAGUCGGGGAACAUAAGCAAUUUUCACUCCCGUUUCUGUUUCUGUUGCAAUUCUCCGACACCCUUUCGGUGCAGGGCAGGUGAAACUGCAGCUGCUGUUGUUGUUGUUUAGUCGUGUCCAACUCUUCGUGACGCCCUGGACCAGAGCACGCCAGGCACUCCUGUCUUCCACUGCUUCCCGCAGUUUGGUCAAACUCAUGUUGGUAGCUUCGAGAACACUGUCCAACCAUCUCGUCCUCUGUUGUCCCCUUCUCCUUGUGCCCUCCAUCUUUCCCAACAUCAGGGUCUUUUCCAGGGAGUCUUCUCUUCUCCUGAGGUGGCCAAAGUAUUGGAGCCUCAGCUUCAGGAUAUGUCCUUCCUGUGAGCACUCAGGGCUGAUUUCCUUCAGAAUGGAGAGGUUUGAUCUUCUUGCAGUCCAUGGAACUCUCAAGAGUCUCCUCCAGCACCAUAAUUCAAAAGCAUCAAUUCUUUGGCGAUCAGCCUUCUUUAUGGUCCAGCUCUCACUUCCAUACAUCACUACUGGGAAAACCAUAGCUUUAACUAUACAGACCUUUGCUGGCAAGGUGAUGUCUCUGCUUUUUAAGAUGCUGUCUAGGUUUGUCAUUGCUUUUCUCCCAAGAAGCAGGCGUCUUUUAAUUUUGUGGCUGCUGUCACCAUCUGCAGUGAUCAUGGAGCCCAAGAAAGUAAAAUCUCACACUGCCUCCAUUUCUUCCCUUCUAUUUGCCAGGAAGUGACGGGACCAGUUGCCAUGAUCUUCGUUUUUUUGAUGUUGAGCUUCAUACCGUAUUUUGCGCUCUCCUCUUUCACCCUCAUUAAAAGGUUCUUUUAUUCCUCCUCACUUUCUGCCAUCAAGGUUGUGUCAUCUGCAUAUCUGAGGUUGUUGAUAUUUCUACCGGCAAUCUUAAUUCCGGCUCGGGGUUCAUCCAGCCCAGCCUUUCGCAUGAUGUCGUACUCCUUUCCCAAUGUUGAACCAAUCAGUGGUUCCAUAUCCAGUUCUAACUGUAGCUUCUUGUCCCACAUAAAGAUAUCUCAGGAGACCGAUGAGGUGAUCAGGCACUCCCAUUUCCUUAAGAACUUGCCAUAGUGGUCGACACAGUCAAAGGCUUUUGCACAUAGAAACUGCAGCUACUGAGGACUAAUUUGGGAGCCCACUAAGUAGAAGCAAGCAGGGAGGGGGAAAAUCAUGGCACUGUAGUUCAUUUCUUUUACUGGUACCCUGAAUAUGCAAAAAUAUCUCUCCUCCCAUCCUGUUAGAUUUGCCUUCGCUCAUCGCAAAGGACUUCCCGAUAUCCUUUCGGUGGCAAACCGUGGGGGAGAAUGAAAGUUAAUUUAUCAACUGACCAUCAUAAGCUGCGGCUUCCUGUUUUCCACAUUAAUCAUACCACUUCUGGAGAAAAAGCUUUCUAAAAAUGGCACUGAAUCAGCGGUAUUUCUUCAGCUGGGUUUUGCAAUGAGUUUCCCCAGUAGCCUUCUCCCCUACAGAUUUUGUCAAGCUAUGACUGCCACCAGCUGUCAGUAAACACGGUCAAAGGGUCAACAUUACCCAGAGGGCACCAAAUUGGGGGAGCUAGGCUUAUAACACUGAAAUAGGAAAAUAUUCAUUUCUGCAAAAGCGUUGCCAGUCCUUAUUGUUGUUCUUUUUUAAAAAGGGGGUUUAGGUUGUAUGCUUGGGCUCCCUUCCAAUCCCUGUAUCCAGCAAGUGUUAAAAUCUAAGCAGGGAUAGAAAUCCCUGGAAUAGCCAGGUUAGCUUCCUGGUGAGGCGAUGGGCUAUUAAGGUAACAAAGGAAGUGGUUCUGUGCCAGAUGAAAAAUGCGUAGGUCCCCCUCUCUCAACUUGUUGGGCAGUUAUCUUUCCACAAGGGCCGACAGUGAUGCCGAAAUCCAGCAUCACCUUCGCCAGGCAUAGGCAAACUUGGCCCGCCAGAUGUUUUGGGACUACAGUUCCCAUCAUCCCUGACCACUGGUCCUGUUAGCUAGGGAUCAUGGGAGUUGUAGUCCCAAAACAUCUGGAUGGCCAAGUUUGCUUAUGCCUGGCCUGAGCUCUGUGAGUGCAGCUUUCUCCCGAUUGAAGUUCAGAGUGUUUGAGGACCAGGACAUUCGCAGGGAAACCAAAAUGCUUGUUUACAAAGCUAUUGUACUACCAACCUUACUGUAUGCUUGUGAAAUGUGGACCACUUAUAAACGCCACCUCCAACUCCUUGAUAGAUUCCAUCAACUGUGUCUCUGAAAAAUGGAGGUUUCUGCAACGCGCAAUGAAGAUUUGUGAAUGUUACACAAUGUUAACUUAAGUGUCCGAUGCAGAUUAUGUUGAGUUCUUUUAUUGCUCCGAACCCUGCUGGAAUCUUGUAUACAGUGGUACCUUGGGUUACAUAUGCUUCAGGUUGCAGACUCCAGAAAUAGUACCUCGGGUUAAGAACUUUGCUUCAGGAUGUGAACAGAAAUUGUUCUCCGGCGGCAGCUGGAGACCCCAUUAGCUAAAGUGGUGCUUCAGGUUAAGAACAGUUUCAGGUUAAGAACGGACCUCCGGAACGAAUUAAGUACUUAACCUGAGGUACCACUGUAUAUGCCAAUAAAGAUUUGCAAAUUUGAUUUGUUCAACGUGGUUCAGGCUACUUGGGUUGGGAUGGGGCUUCAUAAACAGCAAGCUGGGUGGCUGGUUUUUAUUCUCAUUUUGCAGCUCCGGUCUCAUUUGGAGUCUUUUGUGUUCUCCCCUAUUUCCUGAUCCCUGGCAGGACAUGAGCAUCACAGACGUCGCUGCCUCACUGCUUAGGACGGAGGAUUCCUUCUCUGCCUGCCUUGCUCGGAUCAACAGCGUUGUCCUCCAGCCCCUGCUGCAGUCAGGUGAGCGCAGAGGGCAAACUUGUGUAGCGUGGGCAUCCGGGCCUUGAAAUUUCACACUCUGUGCCAGGGAUGAAGGAAGGCUCUUUGGCACCCGGUGCGGUGUGUUGAGGGGCGGGGCAAACCGCCCAGCAGCGCAUGCGCAGCGCCACUACGUACGGCGCAUGUGUGUGCGCUGCUAUGUAUGCCGUACGGACGGCAGGGUGGUCCUCUGCUUGUGGCUGCAGCAGGGGGCAAAUAUAAUUAUAGUAAAAAUACAGUGGUACCUCUGGAUGCGAACAGGAUCCAUUCCGGAGCCCCGUUCGCAUCCUGAAAAGAACACAACCUGCGUCUGCAAGUCGCGAUUCGCCGCUCCUGCGCAUGCACGUGACGUUAUUUUGAGCGUCUGCACAUGCACAAGCGGCGAAACCUGGAAGUAACCCGUUCCGUUACUUCCGGGUCGCCGCGGAGUGCAACCCGAAAAUGCUUAACCCGAAGCAACAUUAACCUGAGGUAUAACUGUAAUAAUAAUAAUAAUAAUAAUAAUAAUAAUAAUUUAUUGUUUAUACCCCGCCCAUCUGGCUGGGUUUCCCCAGCCCCUCUGGGCGGCUUCCAACUGAAUAUUAAAAACAGUACAGCAUCAGACAUUAAAAACUUCCCUAAAGAGGGCUGCCUUCAGAUGUCUUUUAAAAGUAAAAUAGUUCUUUAUUGCCUUGACAUCUGGUGGGAGGGCGUUCCACAGGGCAGGCGCCACCACAUCAGGUGCCUCCCAUCAGAUGUCAAGGAAAUAAACAACUAUCUGACUUUUAGAAGACAUCUGAAGGCAGCCCUGUUCAGGGAAGUUUUUAGUGUUUGAUCUUUUAUCGCUUUUAUCAUAAUAAUUAUUAAUAAUAAUCUUUUGGGAGCCGCCCAGAGUGGCUGGGGAAACUCAGCCAGGUGGGUGGGGUAUAAAUAAAUAAUUAUUAUUAUUAUUUAUUAUUAUUUAAAGUUAAGGGAACUCAGUUUUCCCAAGUUCCUGCUCAAAAAACCCCCCUGAGGCUGGGAAAAGCUGGUUAAUGGGCUAAAUCCUGACUUGGCCAUUUCAAGAGUAAAAAGCUAAAGGGUAAAGGGACCCCUGACCAUUACGUCCAGUCGCAGACAACUCUGGGAUUGCGGUGCUCAUCUCGCUUUAUUGGCCGAGGGCGCUGGCGUUUUUCCGCAGACAGCUUCUGGGUCAUGUGGCCAGCGUGACUAAGCCGCUUCUGGUGAACCAGAGCAGCGCACGGAAAUGCUGUUUGCUUUCCCGCCAAAGUGGUACCUAUUUAUCUACUUGCAUUUUGACGUGCUUUUGAACUGCUAGGUUGGCAGGAGCUGGGACCGAGCAACGGGAGCUCACCCUGUCGCGGGGAUUCGAACCGCCGACCUUCUGAUCGGCAAGUUCUAGGCUCUGUGGUUUAACCCACAGCGAGUAGACCUCUUGAAAUCCAUUGGAUUCAGCCAACACAGGGAUGACUGACUUGUGGACCUGCCAGAUCUUUUGUUGGAGACGAACUCCUCCCAUCUCUGGCCAGCAUCUUCCCAAAUUUUGGAGCAGUGAGCACUGAACUUGAGCAUUGGUACCUGCGUCAAAGAGCCCCUGUCAGCUCCCGGCGGAGGCUGCUUUUGCAUAACAGCUCAGUGGCAGAACACCUGGCUUGCAUGCAGAAGGCCUGACAGAGGCCCUUUCCUGAGACCCCAGAGAGCUGCUGGCAGUCAGUGUGGACAUUAUGGAGCAGGACGGAUCAAUGCUCAGACCUGGCAUUGGGAAGCAUCCAACGCAUGGGUAGGCAAACUAAGGCCCGGAGGCCGGAUCCGGCCCAAUCACCUUGUAAAUCCGGCCCACGGACGGGUCCAGGAAUCAGCGUGUUUUUACAUGAGUAGAAUGUGUCCUUUUAUUUAAAAUGCAUCUCUGGGUUAUUUGUGGUGCAUAUGUUUUUUAAAAAAUAUAUAUAUAUUUAUUAAUUUAAAAUUAAUACAUUUAUGAAAAACAGACGUACAUACAAGUAAACAAACAUGCAAUCAAACAAAUAACAGAAAAAUCAAACAAACCACCGCACUACAAGAUAUAAGAAAAUUAAUAUAAUCAUCAUCAUAUAUACUGGUUUUGAACACAAUUAUAAAAUUUAUAGAGAAGAAAUUUAAAACUCACUGUGCUUUUUCUAUCUAUUACUUUAUACUGCACAGUUACAUAUUUCUUAUAUAAUUACUUGUUACCUCCCUACAAACUUAUAUUUAUACAGGGAUCGGUCUAAUUCUGCCAAUAUGUUUCCUUUUAUUCCAUAGUUUUCUAAAUAUUCUUUAAAGAUUCUCCAAUCCUUAUAGACUUUUAGUUUCGGUUGGCCUCUUACUCUUCCUGUCGCUUUCGCUAGCUGCAGAUAUUCUAGCAUUAGGAUUUGCCAAUCUUCCUUGUUGGGUAUUGCAGCUGUGGGGCAUAGACAUUUGUUCAUUCCCCCCCCAAAAAAUAUAGUCUGGCCCCCCACAAGGUCUGAGGGACAGUGGAAAAGUUUGCUGACCCCUGAUUGAGAGUGACUAGUGGGGUGCCACAGGGUUCUGUCUUGGGCCCGGUCUUAUUCAACAUCUUUAUCAACGACUUGGAUGAUGGACUCAAGGGCAUCCUGAUCAAAUUUGCAGAUGACACCAAACUGGGAGGGUGGCUAACACCCCAGAGGACAGGAUCACACUUCAAAACGACCUUGACAGAUUAGAGAACUGGGCAAAAACAAACAAGAUGAAUUUUAACAGGGAGAAAUGUAAAGUAUUGCACUUGGGCAAAAAAAUGAGAGGCACAAAUACAAGAUGGGGGACACCUGGCUUGAGAGCAGUACAUGUGAAAAGGAUCUAGGAGUCUUGGUUGACCACAAACUUGACAUGAGCCAACAGUGUGACGCGGCAGCUAAAAAGCCAAUGCAAUUCUGGGCUGCAUCAAUAGGAGUAUAGCAUCUAGAUCAAGGGAAGUAAUAGUGCCACUGUAUUCUGCUCUGGUCAGACCUCACCUGGAGUACUGUGUCCAGUUCUGGGCACCACAGUUCAAGAAGGACACUGACAAACUGGAACGCGUCCAGAGGAGGGCAACCAAAAUGGUCAAAGGCCUGGAAACGAUGCCUUAUGAGGAACGGCUAAGGGAGCUGGGCAUGUUUAGCCUGGAGAAGAGGAGGUUAAGGGGUGAUAUGAUAGCCAUGUUCCAAUAUAUAAAAGGAUGUCACAUAGAGGAGGGAGAAAGGUUGUUUUCUGCUGCUCCAGAGAAGCGGACACGGAGCAAUGGAUCCAAACGACAAGAAAGAAGAUUCCACCUAAACAUUAGGAAGAACUUCCUGACAGUAAGAGCUGUUCGACAGUGGAAUUUGCUGCCAAGGAGUGUGGUGGAGUCUCCUUCUUUGGAGGUCUUUAGGCAGAGGCUUGACAACCAUAUGUCAGGAGUGCUCUGAUGGUGUUUCCUGCUUGGCAGGGGGUUGGACUCGAUGGCCCUUGUGGUCUCUUCCAACUCUAUGAUUCUAUGAUUUAACAUUUGCUCCUUGCCCUACCUUCUCUGCUUGCGCCGAAGGGUCUUUUGAGAACGCGAAGCUCUUGGACGAGCUGAACGACCGCUUCCAAGUCAUCUGGGACCUGACGGAGGAGAGCUACAGAACUCUGAAGCAAACCUUCGGCGUGUCAGAAUCCGUCAGCAUCCAAGACCUGUACCUGGCCCAGAAAGCCGACUUGUUCCUUGACGCUUACAUCCAGUGAGUACAACCGCAAACCCGUGGAGGCAGCGUGGCGUAGUGGUUAGAGCACAGCUUUCCAAACUUUUCCUGUUGGCGACGCACUUUUUAGACGUGCGUCAAUUUGCGACGCAGUAAUUCAGUUUGGCUAGCAAACCGGCCGGCUGCCCGCUCUCUUUCCAGACCUGGGAGGAGCACAAGGAGCGUUUGUGCGACUACACACUGCAGCCGACAUACUAAUGUGUCGUGACACAGAAUUUGGAAAGCUUUGCGUUAAGAGUGACGGCUUGGACCAGGGCCAGAUUUAGGUUUGAUGAGACCCUAAGCUGCUGAAGGUACUGGGGCCCUUUAUAUGUCCAGCUGUCGUUUGUCAACAACAAACUCGCUGUUUUUUGUGUUGAAUAUAUGCUAUAUGGUAAUUUAUGGACCUAGCAGGUAUCUAAAGCCAUUUGCACAUAACAAAAUAUGUAAGGUAAAGGUAAAGGGACCCCUGACCAUUAGGUCCAGUCGUGACCGACUCUGGGGUUGUGGCGGUCAUCUUGCCUUAUUGGCCGAGGGAGCCGGCAUACAGCUUCCGGGUCAUGUGGCCAGCAGGACUAAGCCGCUUCUGGCGAACCAGAGCAGCGCACAGAAAUGCCGUUUACCUUCCCGCCGGAGUGGUACCUAUUUAUCUACUUGCACUUUUGACGUGCUUUCAAACUGCUAGGUUGGCAGGAGCAGCGACUGAGCAAUGGGAGUUCACCCCGUUGCGGGGAUUUGAACUGCCGACCUUCUGAUCGGCAAGUUCUAGGCUCUGUGGUUUAACCCACAGCGCCAACCAUCUCCCUAACAAAAUAUGUAUUUUAUCAAAAUAACUUUUGUUAUUGCCAAAUGCCAAUGUGUUUGCAUUAUUAAGUUUGCUAUGAAUAAAAAAUCAUUUUAAGUAAGAGCUUAAUAAUUAUUUCACUACAGUGGUACCACGGGUUAAGUACUUAAUUCGUUCUGGAGGUCCGUUCUUAACCUGAAACUGUUCUUAACCUGAAGCACCACUUUAGCUAAUGGGGCCUCUCGCUGCUGCUGCCGCACGAUUUCUGUUCUCAUCCUGAAGCAAAGUUCUUAAGCCGAGGUACUAUUUCUGGGUUAGCGGAGUCUGUAACCUGAAGCGUCUGUAACCCAAGAUACCACUGUAUUAAUAUACUUCUUCUUCAUUGUAUUUCACCAUUAAUAUACUUCUUCAUUGCAUUUCAGUUCAAUAAUUACUUUGAUAAAAUACAUGUUUUGUUAUGUGCAAAUGGCUUUAGAUACCUGUUAGCUUGCCCUGACCUUCCCAUCAAACUUUCAUAAAAGAGCAUUGCAAAACGUCUGCAAAGUUCCUUCAACAACAACAAUCUUUAUUAUGGUCCAGAGACCCAACAAAUCAUCACAAAGCAAUACACAAUUCAUACAGCCUACCUCCAGGUUAAAGAAGCAUUUUGUUCAGAAUAUAGGGAUCAUUGGUUCUUGCAACCACUGAUAAAAACUUUGCCACUGCUAAUGUUCUAGCAUUUGUCUAGUCUUCCAAUAGGAAACUGAUAUAGAGAGCCUCUGAUUUUCCCGGGAAAGGUACCAGCAAGGGUAGUAUCAGUUCUGCCCUGGCUUGCUCAUAUUUUGCACAGUGAAACAAAAUAUGUUUUAUGGAAUCGAUGUCUUGGGGACAUGAGCAAAGUCUGUCCUGGUAGGGAACUCCUCUCAACCUGCCAUCCAACACUGCAGAAGGAAAGACAUUUAGUCUGGCUUUGGUGAAAAGCCUUCAAUAGUUUGGUACUGUCAGGUUUUUAAUGUAAGAUGUUAACUUAAAGACAUGCCCAUAUUGUACUCCUACUGCCAGCAAAGAUCCUUCAGUCCCGGGUAGCUCAGACACGCAGCCUAAUGCUUGUCCCGAUUUAUUUUAAACAGGUACUUCUCCACUUUUGCCAGUUGUGUCGUGACCCAAGUCUUUGACCAUGCUGCCAGGAAUAAAAGGUGAGUGUGGCUUGUAGCGUGCUUGAAGACCCUGCAGGAUCAGGCCAGUGGCCCACCUGGUCCAGCAUCCUGUUCUCACAGCGGUUAACCAGAUGCCCAUUAUGGGAAACCCACCAACAGGAUCUGAGCGCAAGAGUUGGAGGCCAUCACUGUGACAGGGAGUUCCGUAGUUUAACUCUGCACUGCAUGAAGAAGUAAUUUCUUUUUAUCUGUCCUGAAUAUUCCUACAUUCAGCCUGAUCGGAUGUCCACAAGUUCUAGGGUAAUGAGAGAGGGAGAAGGACCUUUCUCUCUCCACUUUAAAUGAGUUUAAAAGAGAAUUAGUCAAUUCUAAUUAGGGAAGCUUUUAAUGUUUGAUGCAUUGCUGUAUUUUAAUAUUUUGUUGGAAGCCGCUCAGAGUGGCUGGGGAAGCCCAGCCAGAUGAGCGAGGUAUAAGUAAUAUAUUAUUAUUAUUAUUAUUAUUAUUAUUAUUAUUAAUUAGAGAAGUCUAUUGAUGGCUACUAGCCAGGAUGGCUGUUCUCUGCCUCUGUAGUUGGAGGCAGUGGUGAUGAUGAUGAUGAUAAAUUUAUUAUUUAUAUCCCGCCCAUCUGGUUGGAAGUCCCCAGCCACUCUGGGCAGCUCCCAACAGAAUAUUAAAAACAUGAUAAAACAUCAAACAUUUAAAAAAAUCCCUAAACAGGGCUGCCUUCAGAGGUCUUCUAAAAGUUGGAUAGUUGUUUAUUUCCUUGACAUCUGAUGGAAGGGCGUUUCACAGGGCAGGCGCCACCACCGAGAAGGCCCUCUGCCUGGUUCCCUGUAACCUCACUUCUCGCAGGGAGGGAACCGCCAGAAGGCCCUUGGAGCUGGCCCUCAGUGUCCGGGCAGAAUGAUGGGGGUGGAGACGCUCCUUCAGGUCUACUGGGCCAAGGCCGUUUAGGGCUUCAAAGGUCAGCACCAACAUUUUGAAUUGUGCUCGGAAACGUACUGGGAGCCAAUGUAGGUCUUUCAGGACUGGUGUUAUGUGGUCUUGGUGGCCACUCCCAGUCCCCAGUCUAGCUGCCGCAUUCUGGAUUAAUUAUAGUUUCCAAGUCACCUUCAAAGGUAGCCCCAUGUAGAGCGCAUGGCAGUAGUCCAAGCGGGAGAUAACCAGAGCAUGCACCACUCUGGCGAGACAGGCUGUGGGCAGGGAGGGUCUCAUCCUGCGUACCAGAUGGAGAUGGUAGACAAUGAUGCUUAUGAAGACCAGUUGCUAGAAACCACAGGAGAGGAGAGGUCUUGUGUUCAAAUCCUGCUUGCUGGUUUCCCAUAGACAUUUGGUUGGCCACUGUGAGAAUAGGAUGCUGGACCACUGGCCUGAUCUAUUCUUAUGUUUUUACAAAAGCAUUCUAUAUGAAGGAGCCUUAGGAUUCCCCUAUCACACACAGAGAGCAAAUUUGCUGUAAUAGAAUCCACACCAAGGCAUGACUUGUGGUCGCAUUAAUUUAUCCUCUGGCCUCCUGCUUGUGGGAAUGUUCAGGGAUGCAGGAGAAGGAUAUAUUGUUUGAUUAUAGCCUUUCCAACUUGUGUUAACAAGUUCACAAUUUAGCAGAGUAACAUUCCCCAUUUUAAACUCACAGCGGAUGCAUUUGCUCAGGCUCGCUAAAGCCUUUAUAAUAACUGUUCUGGUUGUUGUUGUUUAGUCGUUCAGUCAUGUCCGACUCUUCGUGACUCCAUGGACUAGAGCACACCAGGCACUCCUGUCUUCCACUGCCUCCCGCAGUUUGGUCAGACUCAUGCUGGUAGUUUUGAGAACACUGUCCAACCAUCUCGUCCUCUGUCAUCCCCUUCUCCUUGUGCCCUCCAUCUUUCCCAACAUCAGGGUCUUUUCCAGGGAGUCUUCUCUUCUCAUGAGGUGGCCAAAGGAUUGGAGCCUCAGCUUCAGGAUCUGUUCUUCCAGUGAGCACUCAGGGCUGGUUUCCUUCAGAAUGGAUAGGUUUGAUCUUGCAGUCCAUGGGACUCUCAAGAGUCUCCUCCAGCACCACAAUCCAAAAGCAUCCAUUCUUUGGCGAUCAGCCUUCUGUAUGGUCCAGCUCUCACUUCCAUACAUCACUACUGAAAAAACUACAGCUUUAACUAUACGGGCCUUUGUUGGCAAGGUGAUGUCUCUGCUUUUUAAGAUGCUGUCUAGGUUUGUCAUUGCUUUUUUUCCAAGAAGCAGACAUCUUAUUCCCUCAUAAAAGAUAAGACACGACACGGUCUUCUAUAAAAGCAUAAAAAGGUUUACUCACACAUCAUUCUGUUCACAGUUGGAUCCCAGAAGGCAGACUUAGCUUAGAAAAGUAUCAUACACCUGGAAACUAUCUCAUAAAGAGACAGUCCCUUUGUCCUCCCUUGGCUGGAGGCCAAGAGAGUAUCUUUGGCUAAGCAGAUGUUGCUUCUUCGAUGCAUGUAGUCAAAGAGAGAGAGAUGGUUGCCGUGCCCUGUGCUUUUGUCGCAUGUAGAAGUUGUCCCAGCCCAGAAGGAAACAGGAAGUUCACCUGCUGGCUGGGCAAACAUUCCUCCCCAUGGGUAAACAUGUUCACUCUAGGAAUGCUGUACUUCACUGCUCUUGUGUUUCACAUCCCACACCACUCACAGCUUGUUUCUGUCUUGCCAACUCUGAAUCAUUGCAGCGAUUUCUGGAAGAGCCACAAGCCGUCACUGCAGCAGUUCCUCAGCGACUUCUCCCCGGGGACGUCAAUCGCUGUCGCUCUCCACACUGUGCUUCACAAGCCCUUCUGGGAGCACCUCCAGAAGUACAGCCUGGUCUUCUCGCAGCUCAAGGAAGCUCCUGGCCAGGUAACGGAUCCCGUACACCUUCCAGUAGGCAGCGUUGCAUAGUGAUUAGAGCGCUGGGACCUAGGAUUCAGGGGACCUGGGUUCGCACCCCCAACUUGGCCCUGAAGCUCACUGGGUGAGCUUGGCUCGGUCACCACCUCUCAGCCUUACCCACCUCACAGAAUCAGCGUUGUGGUUUGGGGGAUUAAUUGAGGAGGGGGAGAACUGGGUCGCAUCACCUUGAGCUCCUUGGAGGAAAUGCAAUAAUAAAUAAAUAAAGGAUAUAUAAAAAUAAUUUAAAAUAAGCUGUUAGACUUGUCUGCGCAGAUUAUUUUAUUUUAUUUUGGUGACGUAACCCGAGGUACCACUGUAUUUGUAAAUAAACUGCCAAAUGGUUUACAUAACGUACAUUUUUUGGACAGAAACCAGAAGUUAAAAACGAUGUGGCCUAAGAAAAAUCAUAAUAUGAAUAAUACAAGGAGUUAGAAAUAGCAGUAAAAAACUAAAUUGUAUUUAGCUUAUGCAUCUGGGGUAGGCUUGCCAAAACAGAAAAGGUUUCAGUAUGUGCUGGGAAAUAGUAUAGUGACGGUGCCUAAUGUCAAUGGGCAGGGAGUUCCACAGGCUAAAAGAUUGAUUCCUUGUAAGUGUGGAAUGGACAUUAUGUGUUCAGAUAGGUUGCAAUUUUAUGCAUGGAGCUAAAAGUGGAGGACUGGUGGUAGGAUGUCUCCUAACAAUUCUCAGCAUGCUUCCUGAGCUAGAUUCCCAAGGAUUUUUGUGCGGUAGGAGUUAUAUGCUACUUUGCAAACAAAACGACAAUAAUAUAAUACAAUAUAAUAAAGAAAUAACAUCCACUUUUCCGGUGGUGUAGAUCUGCCUUUUGGUGAUUGAAAAAGAAAAAAAAGGAAAGAUUUCUGAAGAGCUAUGUUGUUGUUGUUUUAUCCCCACCUCACAGAACCUGGUUAAAGAAGUGAACGAAGCUGCCGAAGGGUUUGCAAAGCUUCACUUGUUCAUUUGCCAAGCUUUGGAUGAAGCCAACCUCACCCGGAACCUCUGGAAGUCCCUGGGCCACAAGUUCACGGUGCGUCACAGAGGGGAAACGGUUGGGAGAGGUCUUAGGGCUCCCCUGGAGGGACGCGGGUGGCGCUGUGGGUUAAACUUGCCGAUCAGAAGGUCGGCGGUUCGAAUCCCCGCGACGGGGUGAGCUCCCGUUGCUCGGUCCCUGCUCCUGCCAACCUAGCAGUUUGAAAGCACGUCAAAGUGCAAGUAGAUAAAUAGGUACCGCUCUGGCGAGAAGGUAAAUGGCGUUUCCGUGCGCUGCUCUGGUUCGCCAGAAGCGGCUUAGUCAUGCUGGCCACAUGACCCGGAAGCUGUACGCCGGCUCCCUCGGCCAGUAAAGCAAGAUGAGCGCUGCAACCCCAGAGUCGGCCAUGACUGGACCUAAUGGUCAGGGAUCCCUUUACCUUUACCUUACUAAUAUUUAUAAAUAGCAGAAUGUAGGCACCCUAUAUAUAUAAAUGAGCAAACCAGUGAUAUUUUAGGGAGCAGGCUAGUAGGUGGCGCCCAUGACUUACACCAUAGGAGCCUACACAACACACAAACACUGUUGCUGUGUGUAGGUUUUAUUUGUUUUGUAUCUUAUAUUUUGGAAAUGUACAUCCAGUUUUUUCUUACUUUCAAUUUUUGGGGGCCCCCAGGAGAGUGGGGCCCUAAGCUAUAGCUUGUUUAGCUUAUACGCAAAUCCGGCACUGCCUUGGCUAAGUGCAGGAUCGUAGAAUUGGAGAGUUGGAAGGGUCAUCCAGCCAAACCCUCUGCAAUGAAGGAAUAUUUUGCCCAACGUGGGGCUUGAACCCUGAGAUUAAGAGGAUCAUGCUAUCCCAUCAACAUGUUUUGAUGUUAUGUUGAGCUGGACCAUUAGUUUUAUUUUCAUUUUUUAAAUAAUAUUCUUAUACAUUUAAACCAUUUCCCAUUUUUACACAUCUGAGAUUACUCAAAUCCCCAGACUUCCCUUAACCCACCCCUGAUUUCCAAUUUUUCCUAUUCUUUCUAUUACAUCUAAUUACGUUUUUCUCAUUCAUUUUAUAUUCUUUUUUAACUUUUAAAAAAUUAUAAGUGUUAUAACAAUCCUGCUAACAUUUUUAAAUACCUAUGGUAUUCUAUAAUUUCCAAACACUCUUUAUUGAAUUUUUCCUCAUCUUGUUGCCUCAUCUUCACUGUCACCUUUGCCGUUUUUGACAUAGUCCAUCAUCUUGGACUAUUUUGAUUGGGACUUUCUCUUCCUUUCGCUUCUGGGCAAGAAGCAUUAUUGCGGCUGUCGUCGCAUACAUAAACAGUCUUUUAAAAUCCUUUGUUAUUUCAUCUCCUAUUAUUCCUAGUAAAAAAAGCUUCUGGGGUUUUUUUGAUUAAAGUUAUCUUAAACAUUUUUUUCCAAUUCCUUAUAUAUCAUUUCCCAGAAUUCCUUUACUAUUUCACAUGUCCGCCACUAGUCCUACACUUUUGACAUAUGACGGGAGUGUCAGGAGCUCGUUCUACACUUGAGUAGGACCCUGGCAGAGACACAUUCCCGACUGGCAUGUUCUCUCCCUCCUGGUCGAUCGUUCGGGAGCUUCAAAAGUUUUCUUCAGCCCGAACAUCACAGCGACUGAUGCCAACAGACAUCGGCACACUUAGGGAUCCGCAGAGUCUUCGCAGCUCGCGUAACAGACCUCAGCAACUCAGCAUUUUGGCUAAUCUACUUUAUUUACAUAUAAACACACACGGAGCACUGCAACAUGGCUCCCUCUCUCUCUAGCAUCAGACAGCAAAGAGAAAGAACAAAGGACAAUAGUCCCACUUCACAGAACACAGUAACACAAACAUCCUGUCUCCGUCACUUCUCACUCUGUAGAGUCAAAACAUAUACCGUCAUGUGAUAGACAACAUUCCCAUGACUGCAGCCAUGGAGCAGGAAUUCUAACAGGGAGGGCGUUCCACAGGGUGGGUGCCACUACCGAGAAGGCCCUCUGCCUGGUUCCCUGAAACUUCUCACAAUGAGAGGACCGCCAAAAGGCCCUCAGAGCUGGACCUCCGUGUCCGGGCUCGACGAUGGGGGUGGAGACGCUCCUUCAAGUAUACUGUGCAAUGAUGAAAUAACUCUGUUCUUCCAGGAUGUUCUUUGCGUUCCUGAGAGGAGGCUGCUGGAAGACAGCCGGAAUCUUGCCCUCUAUCCCAGCACAGGAAGAUCUGACCGGGUUCUGCUCUUCAAUGACGUCCUUGUGCUGAUUCAAGUAAGGAGUCCAGGUGCACUUUGACCUGUGCCAAAAAUUGCUGCCGUGUGGAGUGUUCCCCAUUCAGGAUUCAAGCCGCUCCAUCCCAUUACCUUCUCCUCCCUCUGUUUUCCCAUUCCCUCCCAGUCAGAAUUCUGAAGCCACUGGUCAUCGCCAGUGUUUUGGUGCCCUCCUUCUCCUUAACGUUGCUUUUCCUAAAGCUUUUUUGCCCUCCUUCAAACCUGAGCGAGAUCCUUUCUGCGCUUAUGUGGCGCUGUUUCCUCUCUGUAAGGAUUCGCACCCGCAACUUGAACGUUGGAAAUGGAGGGAACGAUGGCCCUAACCCAGGCAUGGGGAAUCUUUGGGCCUCCAGAUGUUCAUGAACUACAGCUCCCAUCAUCCCUGGCCAUUGACCAUGUUUGUUGGUGCUGAUGAGAGUUAUAGUUCAGCAACUACUACUCCUUUUUUUUGAAAUUUUUUUAUUGUUUUUUUCACAAAUAUUUAAGCACACAAACAGAUAAACAAACACAUAAACAAAUAAACAAACAUAAAUCGUAGCCUUUUUGAGCCUUAAUCUAAUUAACAUUGUUAAGUGACUUCCUUGUAUCCCCAUGGUUGGGUUUCAAUGGAUAUCAUUUUAACGGUUUUCCAAUUCAGUAUUCUUAUAAAAUUUACUUAAUCGCUUAACAUCUUUCUUUCUAACCAGUUCAGUAUUCAACAUAUUGAAUCAUCACGUAUUGCCUAUUUAAAUCCUAAGCCUAUCUGGUAUUUGCAAGUUUCCUCCCCCCCAAUUAAUUUAACUUAACAUAUUUAACUAAAUAGUUGUUGAAUUUUGUCCAUUCUUCCUGCUACACCUCCUCCUCCUGGUCACGGACUCUUCCAGUCAGGUCAGCUAGCUCUGAGAAUUCCAUCAUUCUUCCACUGUUGGUACUUACUGCGUUUUAUAGUUCAGCAACCUCUACAGGGCCAAAGAUCCUUCACAAUGGGAUUCUUCUUUUGCAUUCACCGCGUUCUGCUGUACUGUUUUCAGGGCAUCUAGGUGGAAUUCCAGUUUCUCACUGAAUUGGAAGAUCAUCUGCUCCAACUCCCUGCAAUGCAGGAAUCUCAGCUUAAAAGCAUCCCUGAUAGACAGUCAUCCAUCUUCUGGUUAAAAACCUCCAAGGAACCUCUCGAGGGAGACCGUUCCACCAAUUGUGAGGUUAUCUUGAGUAUCCAGAUGAGCUCCUGGAACAAAUCGCCCAUGGUUCAACACACACCAGCUUUUCCUCGCAUUAUUUUUUUUAAAAAAAUUUAUAAAGCGCCCUUGACGUUGCUGAGGGCGUGUUGAAGAACUGAUGCUUUAAAUCUCUUUGGCCUUUCGCCUCAUCGAGACCAACGCUGUGCAACAUUUUGCUCUUGCAGUUCCCCCCCUUAUUAUUUAUUUCUUUAUUUAUAUUUUUGACAAAGGAAUAAUCAUACAUAAAUAAGAAUAAAAAUGUGCACCCCGCCACAGAGACCGUUCCACUGUAACUAUCCAACCUCCCAAAAUUUCAACACCUAUUGCGAUGGUUUGACCGCUUUCCGUUUUAACAGUAUAAAUUCCACAUCUCCUCAAAAUCAUUUCUUAAUGGCACAUGUUGAUUUAUCAUUAGUAGCUAUAUCCCACACCUCUUUAUGCCAUUCUUCCAUUUUAUAUACUGCUUGCCCCUUCUGCUUCCUAGCUAUCAUAAUUUGUGCAGCUGUCAAUAAAUUUGUGGGGGACAUGGGUGGCACUGUGGGUUAAACCACAGAGCCUAGGACUUGCCAAUCAGAAGGUCGGCGGUUCGAAUCCCCGCAACGGGGUGAGCUCCCGUUGCUCGGUCUCUGCUCUUGCCAACCUAGCAGUUCAAAAGUAGAUAAAUAGGUACCGCUCCAGCGGGAAGGUAAACGGCGUUUCUGUGCGCUGCUCUGGUUCGCCAGAAGCGGCUUAGUCAUGCUGGCUACGUGACCCAGAAGCUGUACGCCGGCUCCCUCGGCCAGUAAAGCGAGAUGAGUGCCGCAACCCCAGAAUCGGUCACGACUGGACCUAAUGGUCAGGGGUCCCUUUACCCCCCCCCAAUAAAUUUGUGAGGAAGUCGUCAAUUUCCCCCCACCUCCGCAAUGAAAAAUAUUUCAACAUUUUCUUUCUUUUUUAUAUACAUUUUUAUUGAUUUUUAACAUGUCUUUUCCAACAGUCAUUUAACAUACUUUAUUAUCUUAUACAGUAUUUUGGACUUCCAUCAACAACUUCUGAAGAUUUUCCAUUCUUAAUCACUUAUUCUGCCUUUCUUAUUACUUUUAAUUAUCAUUAACUAAUAAUUAUUUUCAUAGUCUUCCUUGCAAUAUUUCACAUAGUCCUCCUUACAGAACUUCUUGCAGUCCUACUAGUGUAAUCUGUUUUUUACAAUUACUUUUCAAAUAGUUCAGAUAUUUACUCCAGUCCUCUAAAAAUCUCUGGUCCCGCAGGUUUCGAAUCCUUCCUGUUAAUUUAUCUAAUUCUGCAUUUCAACGUUUUCUAGGGGAACACCUUCCAGAGUUUUGACCUGAAGCUCACCUGGGUGGACGCGACUUUCAAGGAAACAGGAAAGUAAGUGGACUUCCUCCGUGUUAAGUUGUGGGUGAACAUAUCAGACGACACAGCGAUUCUUCAAACAGCUCAUGUUUAUUCACAGGCCAGGACAGAACUGAACUGAAGGGUUCAGUCAGCCUGCUUAUAUAGAGCUCCAGUACAACGCAACUGUAACAACUUUCUGUAACUAUCCAAUCACUGAACAUCGCUUUCAAUCCCUUAUUUGCAUAACUAGCUACAGUAUCCCCCUGCUGGCCCAGGGUGAGAACUUCAGUACAUAACACCCCAAGCCACAAUGGCUCUGCCUUCGUUCUCAGAGGCAGAAAUGCUUCCGAAUUGCAGUUGCCGGGAAUCGCAGGUGAACAGAGUGCUCUCGCACUCGUGUCCAGCUUGCAGGCUUCCCAAAGGCAUGUGGUUGGCCGGAUUCUGUACUAGGUGGGCCAUGGGCCUGAUCCAGAAGGCUCUUCUUGUGUUCUGCUGGUGACAAAUUGUUUACAGUGGACGCUUGGGUUGUGAAUGUGAUCCGUGCGGGAGGCACGUUCACAACACUCAGCGCCGCAUCUGCGCACGCGCUGGUCACAAUUUGGCGCUUCUGCACAUGUGCAAAGCGUGAUUUAGUGCUUUGCAUGCGCAAGUGCCGAAACCCGGAAGUAACAUGUUCCGGUACUUCCGGGUUCAGCACUGUGCGCAACCCGAAAACGUGCAACCUGAAGUGUCUGUAACCCGAGGUAUGACUGUAUUUCCAAACAUGUUAUUUGAUUUAAAUCCCAUCAAUUCAAAUCACGACUUAAAUCGCAAUUUAAAUCACUAGUCAGUAAGACUUGAUUUAAAUAAUUUUUUCACAGAAAGACUCAUUUUUGCUGGUAUAAUCUUAAUCUUUGCAACCAGAUGACGGUUUCAUUUUUGAAAUAAUAGAUUUUCAGAGUAGUUUUUACAGUUGUAUCAAAAAUUACUGUUUUGGUUAUACUACUAGAAAUACAUAGACAGGUAAUUGUGAAAUUAUUGUUUAUAUUUGGACAACUUUUCUGCUGUACUUUAUUGGAAGGAGAAAAAGAAUCAUUUCCUUAAUAACAAUUUAAACAAUUUAUUUAACUAAAACAAUAACAUUAUAACAUAUGUAUCCAUGUUUGCCAAACAUGGUUAAACAAUUAAAAAAAACACACCUUAGACUGAGUUUUAGCACACAUGGAAAACUUUAAACAAAUCCUUAUUUCCUGAUGAAUAGCCUUUGCACUAUAAUGUAACUUAAAUACAAAGCUUUGGAAAGAUUUUUCCUUCCGCUCUCUGUUUUGCUUGCUGUUUCUCAAGGCACACCCUCCGCAUCAACACCCCAGAAGGCAUGUUCUUCCUCUUGGCCAAAGAACCAGAGUCACGGGUAUGUAGCUGUGUGGGACUCGCUGUCCGGGGUAGAUGCUGGUGGUUAAAAGUUGGAUCUGUCUGGGAUGCGAGGGAGAAAUUUGGCUCUAAAGGACAACCGACCUAAUUUGCACCUAAUUACAUGAACUGAACGGACGCAGGUGGUGCUGUGGGUUAAACCACAGAGCCUAGGACUUGCCGAUCAGAAGGUCGCGGUUCGAAUCCCCAUGAUGGAGUGAGCUCCCGUUGCUUGGUCCCUGCUCCUGCCCACCUAGCAGUUCGAAAACACGUCAAAGUGCAAGUAAAUAAAUAGGUACCGCUCCGUUGGGAAGGUAAACGGCAUUUCCGUGCGCUGCUCUGGUUCGCCAGAAGCGGCUUAGUCAUGCUGGCCACACGACCCGGAAGCUGUACGUCGGCUCCCUCAGCCAGUAAAGCUAGAUGAGCGCCGCAACCCCAGAGUCGGUCACGACUGGACCUAAUGGUCAGGGGUCCCUUUACCUUUUUACAUGAACUGAAGCACAAUCGUCCUUUGAGAUUCACACUUCUCCAAAUUUGGCAAUGCAGUUCUCCUGCCAAGGAAUGUGUACAGAAAUGCAUGGGAUGCGGGUGGCACUAUCAGAAGGUCGGUGGUUUGAAUCCCCAUGACGGGGUGAGCUCUCGUUGCUCAGUCCCUGCUCCUGCCAACCUAGCAGUUCGAAAGCACGUCAAAGUGCAAGUAGGUAAAUAGGUCCCACUGCGGCAGAAAGGUAAACAGCGUUUCCAUACGCUCUGGUUUCCAUCACGGUGUCCUGUUGCGCCAGAAGUGGUUUAGUCAUGCUGGCCACAUGACCUGGAAAGCUGUCUGCAGACAAACACUGGCUCCCUUGGCCUGAAAGCGAGAUGAGCGCUGCAACCCCAUAGUUGCCUUUGAAUGGACUUCACCGUCCAGGGGUCCUUUACCUUUACAGUGGUACCUCUGGAUGUGAAUGGGAUCUGUUCCGGAGCCCCGUUCACAUCCUGAGCAGAACACAACAUGAGCGGGUCGCAAUUCACUGCUUCCGCGCAUGUGCGUGAUGUCAUUUUGAGCAUCUGCACAUGCGCGAGCGGCGGAACCUGGAAGUAACCCAUUCUGUUACUUCCGGGUUGCUGCGGGAAGCAACCUGAAAAGAUUUAACCCGAAGCUACUUUAACCCAAGGUAUGACUGUAUAUCUAGGAUGCGGGUGGCGCUGUGGGUUAAACCACAGAGCCUAGGACUUGCAGAUCAGAAGGUCAGCGGUUCAAAUCCUUGUGACAGGGUGAGCUCCCGUUGCUCGGUCCCUGCUCCUGCCCACCUAGCAGUUGGAAAGCACGUCAAAGUGCAAGUAGAUAAAUAGGUACUGCUCUGGCAGGAAGGUAAACGGCGUUUCCGUGCGCUGCUCUGGUUUGCCAGAAGUGGCUUAGUCAUGCACGCCACAUGACCCGGAAGCUGUACGCCGGCUCCCUCGGCCAAUAAAGCAAGAUGAGUGCCGCAACCCCAGAGUUAGCCACGACUGGACCUAACGGUCAGGGGUCCCUUUACCUUUUACUUUAACACAAGGUAUGACUGUAUAUAACGAGAACGAGGGGUUUGCAUUGGCAAUUGGGCAAACUUUGGGGUGCGUUUUGACAGGCAAACAGGCCUGGAGCUGCGAAGAGCUGGACGGGCACUUUUGUGCACCUCCCAGCGAUGAGUUGAUGCACACUUUGCAGCUGAAGCUCCCUCCUCUAUCUCUGCUUCCUUGCUUAAUCCCCUCAUCCUCCCUGCUCUCCUCCUCUUUCCAUCCCGCAGGCCGUGUGGCAGUGGAAGCUGAACCAGGCCGUGCGCCAGGCGUUGAGCGGGAAGCGAGACUUCCCUCUGUGGGGCGAGGCCGGCCGAGGGAGAGACCCGCCGGUCUGCCGCUUCUCCAGCUUCACUUUCCGGGAGGAAGGAAGGUUGAAGGGCGCGACCUACGAGGGAGAGUGGCGCCUGAGUAAACCGCAUGGCAAGUAAGUCCAUAGCCCCCAUUUGUGUUCUCUCUCUCUCCCUCCGAUCCCCACUUCCACUUUUAACUUGUAAAAAAAGGGUGGAGAGAGAGAAGCCAGCUAAAUGGGCGGAAUUGGACCUGCGGGCCGAUAGUUGCUGACCCUGCUCCAAUACACAGAGAUUGCUUCCCUGGACUGAGUCAAACCUUGGGCUUUCCUCUGGCCAUAAUGGGUUUAUCUUCUUUACAGGGGGACGCUGACAUGGCCAGAUGGUCGGAAUUAUGUCGGGGACUUCCAGGAAGGCAUGGAACAUGGGUAAGGAUGCUCCCGGGCUCACCUGUCAGGUGUGCAAGGGGGAGACCUUUGGUCCACCCUGAAUUGCACACCUCGAUGGUGUGUAAAUGGUACUGCUCUAUUUUGCCUUGGUCGGACCCCACCUGGAGCCCUGUGUCCAGUUCUGGGUGCCACAAUUUAAGAAGGAGGUUGACAAGCUGGAAGGUGUGCAGAGGAGGGAGAUGAAGAUUAUUGAGGGUCUGGAAACUAAGCAGAACAGUUGAGGGCCAUCUGGUUUGCUUGCCCUGGAAAGGAGAGACUGCGAAGAGAUAGGAUUGACAUCUUCAAAUAUCGAAAGGGCUGUUACAUAGAGGAUGGAGCAAGCUUGUUUUCUCUGGAGGGUAGGACUCGAAAAAAUGGCCUCAAGUUACAUGAAAGGAGAUUCCAACCAGGGUGGAUUUGAUUUAAAUCAAAUUGAUUUAAAACACUAGUCAGUAAGACUAAUGAUUUAAAUCAUUAUUUUUUACAUAAAGGUUGAACCUUGCUGGCAUCUUCUUAAUAUUUACAACCAGGUGAAGGUUUCGUUUUUGGAAUAAUUUUCAGAGUAUUUUUUACAGUUUUAUCAAACAUUACUGAUUUGGUUAUACUAUCAGAAAUACAUAGAUAAUUGUGAAAUUGGUGUUUAUAUUUGGACCACUUUUCUGCUGUAUUUUAUUGGAAGGAGGAAAAUAAUCACUUCCUUAAUAGCAAUUUAAACAAUUUAUUUAACUAAAACAAUAACGUUAUAGCAUAUGUAUAUGUUUGUUAACCAAUGUGGUUAAACAAUUUAAAAACAAAACUUAGACUGAGUUGUAGCACACAUGAAAAACUUAAAAGAAAUCCUUAUUUCUUGAUGAAUAGCCUUUGGACUAUAAUGUAACAUAAACAGAAAACUAUCUUUAGAAAGAUUUUUCCUCCAAAAGCAUUUUGUUUUAAAAAUCCGAUUUAAAUCAAAGAAAUCUAAUUUAAAUUUUAAAAAAUCUUUGAUUUUUAUCCACCCGGAUUCCAACUAAACAUCAGGAAGAACUUUUCUGAGGGUGAGAGCUGUUCAGUGGUGGAACGGUCUCCUUUGAAAGAUGGUGGACUCUCCUUCCUUCGAGGUUUUAAAAUAGAGGUCGGAUGGAAAUAUCUCAGGGGUUCUUGAGCUGUCAUUCCUGUAUUGUAGGGGGGUUAGACUAGAUGAGCAUUGGGGGUCCCUUCCGGCCCCACAGUUCUGUGGUUCUAUGAUCAUCUUGUUCCUGGCUGCAGGUUUGGCAUCUGCCUCAUCCCUCGCGCCUCCGAGGACCGCUAUGACUGCUACAAGUGUCACUGGCGAGAAGGCAAGAUGAGCGGUUAUGGGAUUUGCGAGUGAGUAAGCCUUGCAAAGGUUAUGGGGUUCACGGGUGGUGCUGUGGGUUAAACCACAGAGUCUAGGACUUGCCGAUCAGAAGGUCGGCGGUUCGAAUCCCCUUGACGGGUGAGCUCCUGUUGCUCGGUCCCUGCUCCUGCCAGCCUAGCAGUUGGAAAGCACGUCAAAGUGCAAGUAGAUAAAUAGGUAAUGCUCCGACGGGAAGGUAAACGGCGUUUCCAUGCGCUGCUCUGGUUCGCCAGAAGCGGUUUAGUCAUGCUGGCCACAUGACCCGGAAGCUGUACGCCGGCUCCCUCAGCCAAUAAAGCGAGAUGAGUGCCACAACCCCAGAGUCGGCCACGACUGGACCUAAUGGUCAGGGGUCCCUUUACCCUUUGCCUUUUUUAAGCCUUGCAAAAGAGGUUGUUUCCACCUUCUCCAUGCUCACACCUGCAAGUGGAUAGGCUGUUUCCAACUUUACAAUUCCAUGAUUUUAUACUGCAUAAUCAUCACAAUCCUUAAGCAUCUUAUAGAAACUAUAUGUGCAAAUUCUCAGUGGAAUCAAACGUUAAGAACGAGUUGACCCCCUCCCAAUUUUUCAAAAUAAAACCAGCAGUUUCAAAAAUGCACACUAUGAAUUGAAAUUUACGUAUUAAAAUCCAUGUCCCAUUUAAAUGUCUGGGUAGGCUUGCUUAAGCUUUUAGCAGGCACCAGAAGCAGUUACAACUCUAGAAUCAAUUGGCGGGGAGUUCCAAAGUUGCCAAAUAGCAUCCAAAAUAGAUGUUGCGUGCAUUUUUCCCAGGUAUGGCGACGAGAUGGUCUACAAAGGAUAUUUCAAGGACAACGUUCGCCAAGGGUUUGGCAUCUUGGAGAACGCUUCGGACGCUGAGCAGCCGUUCAAGUACUCCGGGCACUGGGAAAAUGACAAGAAACACGGCUAUGGCGUCUGGGACGACAAAGAGAGGUAAGUCACCCAUUAAUUUGGAGCCUUUCUCUUUAAGCCGCCCGCUGUACAGUGGUACCUUGGUUUCAGAACAGCUUAUGUUUGUGAACAACUUUGAAAUAGAACGCUGCAAACCCGGAAGUAGGUGUUCUGGUUUGUGAACUUUGCCUUGGAACAGGCAUAGGCAAACCCCGGGCCUCCAGAUGUUUGGGACUACAAUUCCCAUCAUCCCUGACCAUUGGUCCUGUUAGCUAGGAAUGAUGGGAAUUGUAGUUCCAAAACAUCUGGAGGGCUGGAGUUUGCCCUAUGCCUGCCUUGGAAGCGGAACAUGUUCCGCUUUCUGUUGAGUGUGUUCCGUUUUUAAAUUGAGUCCCUCGCUGCUAAUCAGAGGCUUUAUGUUGAGACCGUCGGCUGCACCCAUGCAACGCAGAGGUGAUAUUUGGAGCUUUAGUUUUUGCAUUUUAUUUUAUUUUUUGCGUUUUUAUUUGUGCAGCUUUUUCAUUUUUUUGACUGUGACUUGUUCUUCGUUUUAUGGGACUGACGUGUCACUGUGGCUUGUGACUUCGUUUUUGUGGCUCUGGCUUGUGACUUCGUUUUUGUGACUUGUUUUUGUGACUGUGCGGAACCCAGUUCAGCUACUGAUUGACUGAUUGAUUGUGUGACUGAAGAAAUAAGCCCCUCAUCCAAACAGUGACUAUCAUCAGUGCACGUAAGAAUUGUUUUUAAUUUUUUUUUUAUCAUCUACCAAUGCUGUCUUAUUUAUUUUAUAGUACAGUACGUUGAGUAUUGCAUUUCAUUUUCAUUGUUUUGAGUGUUACGCUGAGGUCUGUCUGUUUUUGCUAUUUAUUUUGUGUUUUUGCUUUUGUGGCUCUUUUGUUUUUUGUUUUCGUGGAUUGAUUGUGUGGCUGCAGUACAUUGUUUAUUGCUUUCAUUUUAUGGAUCAGUGGUCCUGUUAGAGAGUAAAAUUCAUGUUAAGUUGCUGUUUUAGGGGUUGUUUUCAAAAGUCUGGAACGGAUUAAUCCCUUUUGCAUUACUUUCUAUGGGAAAGCACGCCUUGGUUUUAGAACGCUUUGGUUUUGGAACGGACUAAGUUUGGGAACCAAGGUACCACUGUAAUGAGGUCUGCAGAAAGAGAAUAUGGUCGGAAUGAUUUAUUUGGCUUUCAUCCUGAUAUUAUGGCAGUGGCAUAUCCCGAUUCUACAAUUCUGUGAUUCCUCUCGUUCUAUUUCAGAGGGGAGAGGUACAUUGGGAUGUGGCAGGAAGACCAGAGACAUGGACCGGGGCUUGUGCUCAUGCAGUCGGGUGUCUGCUAUCAGAGAACUUUCCACAUGGAUAAAAUGGUGGUAAGGAUCACCGGGAAAUAAAAUGUUUGAACUCUCAUGCAGGCUUGUCAGGUAGCCUUCAUCAAGUGCUUUCUUUAAAAAAAAUAAAAUUCAAUUUUAUACAUUUCGAUAAUUUUACACUCAUUUUGACAUUUCAAAACUCGACUUCCUUCCCCCUGUUUCUGCGGUUCCUUAAAUUUAUUUUUCAUAGUUUCUGCAUAUCCAAAUUAGCUUAAUUUGCUCAUAUAUUCAUCCACUUUAAAUAUAUACUCUUUUAUAAAACUGCAGGUUAUUACAAUAAUCCUGCCAAUGUUCUUAUCUGUUUAUAGUUUAUUUGUAAAUAUUCCAUUCUUUUAUAAAAAAAAGUUUGUUAUCUUGAUUUCUUAUUUUUCUGGUAAGUUUUGCCAUUUCUACAUAUUCCGUAAGUUUUUGUAUCCAUUCUUCUUUCACUGGGACUUAUUCUUCUUUCCAUUUUUGCCGCUGUGGUCUCACACAUUAUUGCCGCUGUGGUCUCACACAUGAAUAAAUUUCUAUACAGUUUGGGUGGUUCUGUCCCUAUAAUUCCCAAAAGGAAAGCUUCUGGUUUUUUUUUUUACAAAUGUUAAUUUAAACACAUUUUCCAAUUCAUUAUAUAUCAUUUCCCAGCAAGCUUUAACCUUACUACAAGACCACCACGUAUGAUAAAAAGAACCUUCUUUACAUUUCCUAUACUUACAGUGGUACCUCGGGUUACAGACGCUUCAGGUUACAGACUCCGCUAACCCAGAAAUAGUAUCUCGGGUUAAGAACUUUGCUUCAGGAUGAGAACAGAAAUUGUGGCGCGGCGGCAGCAGGAGGCCCCAUUAGCUAAAGUGGUACCUCAGGUUAAGAACAGUUUCAGGUUAAGAACGGACCUCUGGAACAAAUUAGGUACUUAACCCGAGGUACCACUGCAUUUGAUUUGGAUUUUUGCCAAUUUACUCAAGUGCUGUGCCAAAGCAAGUCUUAAAAACAUCCCUGCAAGGUGGUCCAGUAUCAUAUUGCAAGGAUGGAGGCUGAGAGACAAGGACCUGGGAGAAAUUUGAAGCAGCAGAACCUCACUCUUCUCCCUACUUUUUAUUUUAAAAAGGGAAGAAAAGUUUCUAGCCCAUAUGAGUGCAAAUAGACGCUUGCAGAGGCGGAGGAGUGUCUGGACUCAAGAGUUCCAUCAGAAUAACUUCUGCAAAAUAAAACCUGUGGGAAAGUCAUUUGAGUUGGUCAAGUUUGCACAAUGUUGUAUGAGUUUCGUAAUUCCAUCUUCCUUUUUUAAGUAUGAACAGUUAGGAGGCAUGUUUUGCUAAUUUACCUCCCCUUCUCUCCUACGAUCUACAGGGACCUGGGACGCUCCUCCUGGAAGACGACUCAAUCUUUGUGGGAAACUUCACCAGAGACUUGACAUUUGUCGGCAAAGUGAGUUGUGGGCUCAGCUUUUCGAUUGCUCUGGGUUUAAAAAGCUGCGAACUGGGCUUGACUGACCACAUUUGGGUCGGGAAAGAGUGUGCUGUUUGGAAAAUAUUCCUAAAGCCAUGCUUUUAAGAUGCUGGCAGGGCCGGAUUUAGAUUUGAUGUGGCCCUCUGCUACUGAAGGUAAUGGAGCCCUUUCGAUGUCCAGCUGUCCUUUGUCAACAACAAAUUGUUGCUGUUUUUUUGUGCUGAAUAUAUGCUAUAUGGUAAUUUAUGGACCUCAUAGGUAUCUAGAGCCAUUUUAUUUGUUUUUUAUCUUAUAUUUUGGAAAUGUACAUCCAGCUGUUUUUUUUUCUUUAAUUUUUUGGGGGGCCCCAAGAGAGUGGGGCCCUAAGCUAUACUUUGUUUAGCUUAUACGUAAAUCCGGCACUGCUCUCUGGUCAUCAUGAGAACCUCGUAACAUGAAGAACUUCGUGUUUGCUUCUUUUUCCUUUUCCCUCCUCAACCUUUUCCCCUUUGCUGCUGUGUCACUUCCUUUGGGUAUGUAAGCGCCAUAGGAGGAACUAUGUUGCUCUUGGACAUGGGUAGGCAAACUAAGGCCCGAGGGCCGGAUCCGGCCCAAUUGCCUUCUAAAUCCGGCCCACGGACGGUCCGGGAAUCAGCAUGUUUUUACAUGAGUAGAAUGUGUCCUUUUCUUUAAAAUGCAUCUCUGGGUUAAUUGUGGGGCAUAGGAAUUCAUUCAUCCCCCCCCCAAAGAAAAUAUAGUCCGGCCCCCAACAAGGUCUGAGGGACAGUGGACCGGCCCCCUGCUGAAAAAAUUGCUGACCCCUGUUAGAAUUCCUGCUCCAUGAUUGCAGUCAUGGGAUUGUUGUCUAUCACAUGACGGUGUAUGUUUUGACUCCACAGAGUGAGAAGUGACGGAGACAGGAUGUUUGUGUUACUGUGUUCUGUGAAGUGGGACUAUUGUCCUUGUUCUUUUCCUCUUUGCUGUCUGAUGCUAGAGAGAGAGGGGGAGCCAUGUUGCAGUGCUCUGUGUGUGUUUAUAUGUAAAUAAAGUAGAUUAGCCAAAAUGCUGAGUUGCUGAGGUCUGUUACGCAACUGCGAAGACUCUGCAGAUCCCUAAGUGUGCUAGUGUCGGUUGGCAUCGGUUGCUAUGAUGUUUGGGCUGAAGAAAGCUUUUGAAGCUCCUGAACGAACGACCAGGAGGGAGAGAACAUGCCAGUCGGGCAUGUGUCUCUGCCAGGGUCCUACUCGAGUGUAGGACGAGCUCUUGACAACCCCUGCUCUUGGACUUACUCUGCCUGGAGAACAGUGGGGGCAUUAAUGAAUAUUUGGAGUUGUGUGUAAAGGUAAAGGGACCCCUGACCAUUAGGUCCAGUCGCAGACGACUCAGGGGUUGCAGCGCUCAUCUCGCUUUACUGGAUGAGGGAGCCGGCGUACAGCUUCCAGGUCAUGUGGCCAGCAUGACUAAGCCACUUCUGGCGAACCAGAGCAGCGCACAGAAACGCCGUUUACCUUCCCGCCGGAGUGGUACCUAUUUAUCUACUUGCACUCUGGUGUGCUUUCCAACUGCUAGGUUGGCAGGAGCAGGGACCGAGCAACGGGAGCUCACCCUUUCACGGGGAUUCGAACCGCCGACCUUUUGAUCGGCAAGUCCUAAGCUGUGUGGUUUAACCCGCAGCGCCACCCGCGUCCCGGAGUUGUGUGUACCAUGGCCCAAUAGGGAUGAUUUCCCAUUCCCUCCGCAAAGCAGGAAUCUCAAUUUGCCAGAGGAAAUGGCAUCCGUCGGUUAACCCGCCUGCUCCUUGCCAAUGAUGCCAGGCUACCUGAAAUUCUGCUGCCGCUAUACAAUCCCAGGGUAUGAAUGGUUUUGAAUGAAUGAAUGAAAAAUUAACCCAGGCUUUUGGGGAUGGUUUUCAGGGCAAGCUGACCUUCCCAAACGGAUUCACUCUGGAGGGGACGUUCAGCAGCAAAUCGACCCAUGGGCUGCAAACUCAAGGAAUCCUGGACACGUCUGGCGAACAGGAUGACACCGCAGAGAAACUGUAAGUGGGAGUCGAGAGUGUGGUUUACUUCUGAAAAAAUGUUCUUUCAUAUGUGGUCGACUUGUAAAAGGGUAAAGGAGUAUUGGGAAAUAAUAUUAAUAAUAAUAAUAAUAAUAAUAAUACAGUGGUACCUCAGGUUACAUACGCUUCAGGUUACAUACGCUUCAGGUUACAGACUCCGCUAACCCAGAAAUAGUGCUUCAGGUUAAGAACUUUGCUUCAGGAUGAGAACAGAAAUUGUGCUCCGGUGGCGCGGCGGCAGUGGGAGACCCUAUUAGCUAAAGUGGUGCUUCAGGUUAAGAACAGUUUCAGGUUAAGUACGGACCUCCGGAACAAAUUAAGUACUUAACCUGAGGUACCACUGUAAAUAAUUUUAUUUAUACCCCGCCCUCCCCAGCCAAGACUGGGCUCAGGGCGGCUGACACCAGAUAUAAAACAAUUGAUUGAAAUACAACUUAAAAAACAAAGAUUAAAAUACAACAUUAAAAUGCAGCCUCAUUUCAGCAGAAACUCAAAAACUUUUUGGGGCAUGAAAACGUCAAGUCUUCACCAAGGCUAACUAUCCAGACUGGUCCUACGUGGGCCAGAAAAUAAUUUAUAAUGAAGUGAAAAUAAUGUUUAAAAGCACCUUUCCCCCAAAAGCCAGAGUCCUUUUUUUGGGUGGGUGGUGGAUAAUUCAGAUGGAAAUUCCCAGGUGUCAAGAAGGGUUAUUUAUGUAUGCCACUACGGCGGCCCGAGGCCAAAAAUGGAAAACGAGCGAGGUCCCAACCAAAGAAGAAUGGCAAUUUAAGCUGACGGAAUAUGCGCACCUUGCGGGCAUAACAUAUAGAAUAAAAGGACAAGAAGAACAUGUUUGGAGAAGAUUGGACAAUGUUUAUGGACUAUAUGGGGGGAUUUGUGUACACUUGAAAAUGUUGGCAGCUUAGGAUAAAUUCAACAGUGUAAAUAAGUUUUGACGGAAGUAAUAAUGGAAUAUUGAAUGGUUUCGUUUAUGUAAAAUCUGCAGGGAUUUAUGAUAUGUAAAAUGAACCACGGAAAGGGAAGAAGGGAAGUCACUGAUAUUUUAAGAUUGUAUAAAUGAAUAUUCUAAAUUGUAAAACAGAAAAUGUAAUAAAAAUUAUAUUUUGAUUAUUUUGCUAGAGCAGCCCCAGACGUUGAAUCGCAGACAGAAAAAUUAAUAAAAAUUAUAUAGACAGAUUGAUUAAUAAAAAGAGAGUUUGGUUAACCUCUUAAGUACCAGUGCUUUGGCCUAAAGCGGGGGAAACUUUCUUCCUGCAUUUCAUAGGCUUGUUGAGUCAGGAGGAAACCUCAAGGGUUCUUACUGUUGUUAGCCACGCUGAGCCCGGCUUUGGCUGGGGAGGGCAGGAUAUAAAUAAAACAUUAUUAUUAUUAUUAUUAUUAUUAUUAUUAUUAUUCUCCAGUCCAACCCCCUUCCACACAGGAAUUGCAGCGGAUCUUGGGCCAGCGGUUCCCUCUUAGCCUAACCUCCCUCACAAGGUUGUUUUUGUGAGGGUGAAAAUGGAGGCGAGUGGGAACCAUGGUUAUUACGGUUAUUUCUUGUUUUACCACCAUACAAACACGUUUGUGCUUUUGCUGCCCCCUUGAGCUCUUCGGAGGGAAGGCGAGGAAUAAAUAUAAUUAAAAGCAGACAACUUAACGUGGGGCUGGAGAAGCGUUGCCUGGAGUGAAGGAUCAUUUGUGGUGAUUUGAUCUUAAUUUACCGUAUUUUUCGCUCCAUAGGGCACACCUGACCAUAGGGUCACCUAGUUUUCAGAGGGGGAAAUCAAGGAAAAAAAUAUGAAUUUUCCCCCACCCAGCUCUGGGAGCAGCAGACAGGCUGCGCGCAGCCUGUGAGCUUCUCCCAGACCUUCUCCCUGCUAUUGCAAAGACCAGGACGCGGCGCCUUUCUGCUGUCCCCCGAGCUUGUGGGGCUGGCAGUGGGGGGAAGCGCUGCUUUCCCCCACCGCCAGCCUCAAAGACCAGACUCUCCUGGCUUCAGCGAAAGGAACCUGAAGCCUCCGGAACGCAGCGGGAACUCGCGCUGCGCUCCGAAGGCUUCAGGCGACUGUCCCUGAAGCCUGGAGAGCGAGAGGGGUCAGUGUGCAACGACCCCUCUAGCUCUCCAGGCUUCAGCGAAAGCAACACGAAGCCUCCGGAGCGCGGAGGGAGCGCUCCCUCUGCGCUUUGGAGGCUUCGUGUUGCUACCACUGAAGCUAAGGAGCCUGCAUUCGCUCCAUAGGACGCACACACAUUUCCCCUUAAUUUUUGGAGGGGAAAAAGUGCGUCCUAUAGAGCGAAAAAUACGGUAUUUCUUGCAUUUACACUACACUUUUCUCUCUCCCCGCAAAGGAGCUUAAAAUGGCACACACGACCCUUUCCCUCCUCAUUCAGUCCCCACGACAACAGCAACCCUGACAGGGAGACAGGGAGAAGGCGGCGACUGGUCCAAGGUGGAGACUCGAACCCGAGUCUCCCAGGUCCCUAAUCCGGCCUUUCACAACCUACGAUGCCGUUGGACUAUCCUAUCACACACACCCCCAGCCAGCUUGGCCAGUGGUCAGGGAUGAUGGGUCUUGUAGCUCAAUAACAUCUGAGAGAGGCUGCUCUAACCACUGCACCACGCUUCCUCUCUUGGCUCAUUCACAUAGGGAUGCUGCCUCCGUUACUCUGCAGCCAUCAAGGGACGGGGAGGUAGGGGUUUUUGUGAAUUUGAAUGCAUAGCAGGAGGUUGGACUAGAUUUAAAAUAUAUAUAUAUAUAAUAUUUUAUUUUUUACCAACCACCAAAACACAGUGAACCCCCCCCCAGCUGAUACAUUGGUUAUACAAUAUUCAAUAAUAUAAUAUUCAAUAAUAACAUAUUCAAAUUAACCAUAUGUACACUUCCAUAUACCUUAACACUCCUCCUUCCACAAGGUUUAUUUAACUAUUAACUACCCCAAAUUGUUCAAAUAAUUCAAUAUCUUCUCAAACCAAUCCUCCUCUUUCUUACUGACCUUAAACCCUUUCAUUCUGUGUAUCUUCACAGUUAGGUAUUCUAAAAUUAUAAUAUUAUUCAGUUUUUCCCUCCAUUGGUUCACCCCUAGCUCUUCUGCAUUUUCUCAAUCACUCACUAUAACCUGUCUGGCUGCAAUUACCAUUCCUCUUUUGUUUUUAAUUCGGUAACACGGGGGGUUGGACUAGAUGACCCUCGGUGUCCCUUCCGACUCUGUGAUUCUUGGAGACCUCGUCUGAGAAACUUUUCUCUCCUUGUUCAGACAACUGGGUCAGGAAGUAUUCCCGGUAGAGAAACGAUGGGAAGGCCUCUACAGUCCCUUCCUGGAGUUCAUCCGCUCAGGCGGUCAAGGGGAAACAGAGGAGGCUUUCAUGGGCUUCCACGUUCAGACGAGCAAAGAACUGAGGAAAUCCCAGGAGUACCUCUUCUGCCACAGGUGAGGAGAAGGGCUUGGGGCGAAAUCUGAACUCAGGUCACAUUUGAAAUGGGAGCCGAGACCAUAUAACCCCGGUCCAGACCUACAGUGGCUCCCAGUUCGUUUCCGAGCACAAUUCAAAGUGUUGAUGCUGACCUUUCAAGCCCUAAAUGGUCUCAGCCCAGAAUAAUAAUAAAUAAGAAUAAGAAUAAGAAUAAUUUGUUUAUUUAUACCCCACCCAUCUGGCUGGGUCUCCCCAGCCACUCUGGGCGGCUUCCAACAAAGUAUUAAAAUACAAUAGUCUGUUAAACACAGGGACGUGGGUGGUGCUGUGGGUUAAACCACAGAGCCUAGGACUUGCCGAUCGGAAGGUCAGCGGUUCGAAUCCCCGCGACGGGGUGAGCUCCCGUUGCUCGGUCCCUGCUCCUGCCAAACUAGCAGUUCAAAAGCACGUCAAAGUGCAAGUAGAUAAAUAGGUACCGCUCCGGUGGGAAGGUAAACGGCCUUUCCGUGCGCUGCUCUGGUUCACCAGAAGCGGCUUAGUCAUGCUGGCCACAUGACCCGGAAGCUGUACGCUGGCUCCCUUGGCUAAUAAAGCGAGAUGAGCGUCGCAACCCCAGAGUCGGCCACGACUGGACCUAAUGGUCAGGGGUCCCUUUACCUUUACCUUUAGUCUGUUAAACAUUAAAAGCUUCCCUAAAGAGGGCUGACUUCAGAUGUCUUAUAGAAGUCUGGUAGUUAUUCUUCCCUUUGACAUCUGGUGGGAGGGCGUUCCACAGGGCGGGUGCUGCCACCGAGAAGGCCCUCUGCCUGGUUCCCUGUAACGUGGCUUCUCACAGGGAGGGAACCGCCAGAAUGCCCUCGGAGCUGGACCUCAGUGUCCAGGCAGAACCUGAAGGAGCUUCUCCACCCCCAUUGUUCUGCCCGGACAUUGAGGUCCAGCUCCGAGGGCCUUCUGGCGGUUCUCUCCCUGUGAGAAGCCGUUACAGGGAACCAGGCAGAGGGCCUUCUCGGUGGUGGCGCCUGCCCUGUGGAAUGUCCUCCCGUCAGAUGUCAAGGAAAUAAACAACACUCUGACUUGUAGAAGACAUCUCAAAGGAGCCCUGUUUAGGGAAGUUUUCAAUGUUUGAUGUUUGCUGAGUUUUUAUCAUGUGGGAAGCCACCCAGGGUGGCAGUCAAUAUAAAUGGGAGGGGUAUACAUCAUCAUCAUCAUCAUCAUCAUCAUCAUUUAUUUAUUUAUUUAUUUAUUUAUAAUACCUAAUUUCCAGCAAAUCCCUCUUUAGGCUACUAGAUUCUUAUUUAUUUAAUGUUAUUUCUUAUUUUCUUGUUUAUAAACAGUACAAAUUUACUCAGCCAAUUUAAAUUACCAAAUAAUAAUAAUUACACACACACACACCCCUUUUUCUGUGGUUGCUUAUGUUACAUCUUUUAUCACUGCAUAUCCAAUUUAAAUCCAUUUGUUGUUUAUCCUAUAUAUUCAAUUUAAAUUGUUUCCCGGCUCAUUUUUAAUUCAAUCCUGCCAGUGUUUUAAGCUGUUGGCAAUGGUUCUUCAAACAGGCCUUAAAUCUUCCCUAUUCUUAAUUUUUAAAAAGUCUCAUCUUGAUUUCUUAUUUGUCCGGUAACUUUCUCCAUUGCUGCAUCCUCUGGGCUACUCAAUUCUGAAGUCACAAAUAGUGAUUUACUGCUGAUUGUUAACAGCAGCAAAGCAGUGCACUGCACAAAAAUGAGAAAAUAAAAAAACCCUUCCCGAUAAUCGAUUGGUUAAAGAUAAACUAGCAAGCUAAGUUAAUGAUAAAACUUCUGCUGAGGAGGGAAUCUUCCUUGGAAUCUUGUUUCUUAGAUUGGAUAUGUGGCUGUAAAAUUUUAAUCUGAAAAACCAAAUAAAUAAUAAGAAUAAAUAAUUGGAGGCAAAUCGUGUUAGGAGACGUUUUGAGUGGUGCUGGACUACUGCGCUCUGUUAAUCUUUGUUCUCUCAGAGGAAAUGAAGAAGCUCCCAGGAAAGUUGACUACCUUGAAGAACUCAUUGAACACCAGGAGAAGGAUGACCUGCAAGAUUACCUGCACCAGGUAACUUGUUCCACACUGUUUGCAUAAUAGCUCUGUUGAUCAGAGUGUGAUCCUGAUAACGCCAAGCAAGGCCGUCUUUAGCAUAUGUGCUCCUGGGGUGCAAAGAUCUGCCCAGCGCCCCCAAAUUUAGUUUACCCCCCAAAUUAACUUUUAUUAUACCUUAUGUCAAAAUUGGGGACGCGGGUGGCGCUGUGGUCUAAACCGAUUGGAAGGUCGGCGGUUCAAAUCCCCGCGACGGGGUGAGCUCCCCUUGUUCGGUCCCAGCUCCUGCCAACCUAGCCUUGAAUCUUUUUUUUAAAAUUGGUUUUACAAUUUUAUAUUCAACAUAAUCAUCAUCAACACAAGAAGAUAUAUAUUAAUCUUAAUAUCCCCCACCCACACCCACCCUUGACUUCUCUCAACUUCCUCUUCUGGUUCUUUAAAUAUUUGCUUCUUCUGCUUAUUUUAUUUUACCUUAAUUCUGAAAUCUUUUAACUAAAUGUUCUUAUAUUCUUACCAUUUUUAUACCAAAUCUUUCCAAAUGACCUGUUGCACUUUAUUUUCCCAGUUAUCGCUCCUUAACUUUCACACUUGUUUUCUUAAUUGUGUUUGCUCAAACCCUGCUAGUGAGUCCACUUCUUUACAAUAUUUUUCUAUGUACAACAUAAACGGUUCCCAAUCUUUCUUAAAGUCUCUGUUUUCCUUAUCUGUAAGUUUACCAAUAAGCUUCUCCGUUUUGGUAUAUUCCAUAAGUUUUGCUUGCCACUCUUCUUUCGUGUCUUUUCAUCUUUCCAUUUUUGGGCUAGCAAGAUCCUAGCCGCUGUUGUAGCAUGCAUGAAAAACUUCUUCCAGUCUUUUGGCAAGUCCUGUCCUGUAAUACCUAACAAAAAGGCUUCUGGGGUUUUUUUUUAACAAACGUCUUAAACAUGUUUUUCAUUUCAUUGUACAGUCAUACCUCUUGCUACCUUUGGUUCAGGUUACGUCUUUUCAGGUUGCGUCCCGCGGCGACCCGGAAGUACCAGAAAGGGUUACUUCCGGGUUUCGCCGCUCGCGCAUGCGCAGACGCUCAAAGUGAUGUCAUGUGCAUGCGCAGAAGCAGCGAAUCGCGACCCGCAGGUGCAGGUUGCAUUCUGCUCAUGUUGCGAACGGAGCUCCGGAACGGAUCCCGUUCGCAACCAGAGGUACCACUGUAAAUCAAUUCCCAAUAGCUGAAUCUUGCCUUGAAUCUGAAGAGGCUAUGUUUUCCCGUCGCUUUCGCAGGCUCUGCAAUCUUCUCUGCACCCCCUGGGGAAAUUCCUGAAGGCUCUGACGUUGGCGUUCCAAGCCAGCUACUCUGGAAUCGGAGCAAAUAAGCAUCUUCUCAGCAUGGCGCAAGAGGAGGUCAAGCAUUACGCAAAGAAGAUUUGGGAAUUCUACCAGUACGUAUUUGCACGCUGCGGCGCCCCUCUGGGAUGGUCGUUUUUUGCUCCGAGAAACUCAAAGAGGAUCCACCUUGCAGGUGACCUCUUUCGUAGCUUACCUUGCAACAAAUUUUGCCAGGGGAUUCUUUUCAAGGAUGUGCUAGUGAAAUCCAAACCCCCAGGGCUUUUGUAUAUGUGGAGAGAGUCUCUUCCUUUAAAUUCCUAGGAGUUUAUCUCAGUGAAGACCUUACUUGGAAAAUUACUACAACCCAGGUGGUUAAGAAAGCCCAACAGAGACUCCAUCUCCUCAGAGUAUUGUGAAAGAACGAUGUCAAACAACAUUUGAUGAUCUCCUUCUACCGGUCCACAAUAGAAAGUGUCCUUUCCUACUGCAUCACGGUGUGGGACGCUGGUUUGACAUCAUCUGAUAGGAAGUGCCUACAGAGGGUGGUGAAUACAGCACAAGAUAUUAUGGGCUGUCCCAUGAAUCUGCUGAAUGAAAUAGCGGAAGAACGUUGCCUCAGGAGAGUGAGGAAAAUUCUCAGGGAUGAUUCACACUCCAGCCGGCACCUUCUUGAUCUCCUGUCCUCGGGCAGAAGAUAUAGAAGCAGGAUUAGUCGCACCAACAGGGUAAAGAACAGCUUCUAUCCCUGGGCUGUUAGGCUGCUGAAUGAAAAGAUAACAACAGGGCAACUGACUUUCGGGUUGGGUGUGUGUGUGUGUCAGUAAACGAAUUAAGACUAAGAGAGCUGAGUGGGGGGAUGUGCUCGUGUAAUCUCACUGUAUACAAGUUGUACAAGUGACAAUAAAGUAUUUCAGUUUCAAUAUGCAGAUAAGUAAUGAUGGGGCCCUGGAACAUGGUUGCCGUUUAGAGGGAGGGAUAAUGGUUCCUGUCACAGCCAAUGCAGGUGUUUAGCGAAGAUAGAAACAGGGUUCAGAAAGUAUUGGAAUCCUGGGGUUUCGCAGAAGCACAAGAAAUCUUUACUAGAAUAAUUCACAGGAAGCAAAUCCAAUGAGCAUCCUCAGUAGCCAGUAGGUGCUGAGUCUUGGGUGGCAGAGGGAGAGAGUAUGAAAUGGGGCACCCUUGGGAGAGCCUGGCUGGUGAACUGCAAUUCCCAGUAUUCUUGGGUGCAAACCAGACCAGACUUUAAAGUUUCUCACGGGUAGCUAAUGGUGGGAAUGUUGAGGAUAGUAGGAGAGGCUAUAUUGAUUAAAUAUUAUCCUUCCUCGCUCACGCUAGUGAGCUAGUGUUGUUGUUUAGUCGUUUAGUCGUGUCCGACUCUUCGUGACCCCAUGGACUAGAGCACGCCAGGCCCUCCUGUCUUCCACUGCCUCCCGCAGUUUGGUCAAACUCAUGCUGGUAGCUUCGAGAACACUAUCCAACCAUCUCGUCCUCUGUCAUCCCCUUCUCCUUGUGCCCUCCAUCUUUCCCAACAUCAGGGUCUUUUCCAGGGAGUCUUCUCUUCUCAUGAGGUGACCAAAGUAUUGGAGCCUCAGCUUCAGGAUCUGUCCUUGCAGUGAGCACUCAGGGCUGAUUUCCUUAAGAAUGGAGAGGUUUGAUCUUCUUGCAGUCCAUGGGACUCUCAAGAGUCUCCUCCAGCACCAUAAUUCAAAAGCAUCAAUUCUUUGGCGAUCAGCCUUCCUUAUGGUCCAGCUCUCACUUCCAUACAUCACUACUGGGGAAACCAUAGCUUUAACUAUACGGACCUUUGUUGGCAAGGUGAUGUCUCUGCUUUUUAAGAUGCUGUCUAGGUUUGUCAUUGCUUUUCUCCCAAGAAGCAGGCGUCUCUUAAUUUCGUGGCUGCUGUCACCAUCUGCAGUGAUCAUGGAGCCCAAGAAAGUAAAAUCUCUCACUGCCUCCAUUUCUUCCCCUUCUAUUUGCCAGGAGGUGAUGGGACCAGUGGCCAUGAUCUUCGUUUUUUUUGAUGUUGAGCUUCUGACCAUAUUUUGCGCUCUCCUCUUUCACCCUCAAUAAAAGGUUCUUUAAUUCCUCCUCACUUUCUGCCAUCAAGGUUGUGUCAUCUGCAUAUCUGAGGUUGUUGAUAUUUUUUCUGGCAAUCUUAAUUCCAGCUAGGGAAGUAAGCUAGUAGCAAAGCACAUUCCCUUGUACAUAGCAGGAAGCUAGCGGAUAGAUUUGUUAGAACCAUUUGAGUUCAGCAAUCCUGUCUGGCUUGUGAGCACCCACUGAUUUUAAGUGGCCCUAACUUCCUUUUAUUUGCUGUUUUUGCCAUUCAGGGGCUUGCUGCGUCUUGCGUUGGAGGUCAAAGGUCAACCGUCUGCUGGAGGCAUGGAGGAGAGGUAGUGGCACGAGAUGGUUUUCUUGCUUCUUGAAUGCAGGAAGCUGCUUCACACUGAUUCAGAUCCUUGGUCCAGCUAGUUCAGUAUUGUCGACACUGGCUGGCAGCAGCUCGCCAGGUUUUUCAGCCCUACUUGGAUGCCCUUGAGGAUACCCUUGAGCAUGCCCUACCCUUGACCCACAACCCUUAUAAUAUGGGCAUAGCCCCUGCCCUCCCAAUUAAUUAUCACCAUUGUGGGUUACAUCCUAGUCCUAUUUUAAAGUGCAUUGCAAUCUAUUUAUUUAUUUGCAAUUAGAUUCUACUUUGGGGAGCCGGGUGGCACUGUGGUCUAAACCACUGAGCCUCUUGGGCUUGCCGAUCAGAAGAUCGGCGGUUCAAAUCCCCGCAAUGGGGUGAGCUCCCGUUGCUCGGUCCCAGCUCCUGCCAACCUAGCAGUUCGAAAGCACGUCAAAGUGCAAGUAGAUAAAUAGGUACCGCUCCGGCGGGAAGGUAAACGUCGUUUCCGUGCGGUGCUCUGGUUUGCCAAAAGCGGCUUAGUCAUGCUGGCCACACGACCCAGAAAAACACUCUGCGGACAAACAUUGGUUCCCUCGGCCUGUUAAGCGAGAUGAGCGCCACACCCCAGAGUCGUUUGCGACUGGAAUUAACUGUCAGGGGUUCUUUACCUUUUUAGAUUCUACUUUAUUUUCCUUCUAGAGCUCCAUCAAAGCCCACGGUGUGCUUAGCAACAGGGGAUUCUGAUCAAAAACAGGUCCCUGCCCCUAUGAUCCUACAAGAAAAGACCCUCUCCAACUAACCUACCCUCAAUGGUUGGCUCCAUUCUGACCCAGCUACUUGAUUAGAAUGCAUUAAUCCAAUUUGAGGUUUCGUUUUCAAUCAAGCGGUGUCUAAAUUUUACAAAAUAGACACUCUGCAUUUUUUUAAAAAAAAUCCUUUUUACGCUGCUCUGUUUCCCAAGGCCGGUUUGCGAAAAGCAAGCACCAAGCACAAGGUCCUCUGUGAAUAAUAAUAAAUAAUAAUAAUAAUAAUUUUUUACUUAUACCCCACCCAUCCGGCUGGGUUUCCCCAGCCACUCUGGGCGGCUUUCAACAGAGUGUUAAAAUACAGUAGUCUGUUAAACAUUAAAAGCUUCCCUAAAGAGGGCUGCCUUCAGAUGUCUUCUAAAAGUCUGGUAGUUGUUCUUCUCCUUGACAUCUGGUGGGAGGGCGUUCCACAGGGCGGGGGCCACCACCGAGAAGGCCCUCUGCCUGGUUCCCUGUAACUUGGCUUCUCGCAGGGAGGGAACCGCCAGAAGGCCCUCAGCGCUGGACCUCAGUGUCCGGGCAGAACAAUGGAGGUGGAGACGCUCCUUCAGGUAUACUGGACCGAGGCCGUUUAGGGCUUUCAAGGUCAGCACCAACACUUUGAAUUGUGCUCAGAAAUGUACUGGGAGCCAGUGUAGGUCUUUCAAGACCGCUGUUAUGUGGUCUCAGCAGCCGCUCCCAGUCACCAGUCUAGCUGCCACAAUCUGGAUUGCAGCCCUUUGUACAAACUUCCCUUUCCGCUUCCUCUGCCUCAGUGACCUCAACGGACCGGCCCUCGUUCUGCCCCUCAUCCUGCCGUGUUUCUACCCAGAACUCUCGAUGCUCUACAUGCUUUACCACCAGAAAGAGGAUGACCUGUAUUGCCAAGGGAUUGUGGAUCUGAGCCUGUUUCCUGACGUUAAGCUGCUUGAAUUCCUGGAGGUCCAAAAGUGAGUGGUUGUGGAUGCUGUAGAAAUUCUCUCCCUCCCAUUCUAUAUCCUGCAUGCAAAGCAGAUGUUCUACCAUUGAGCUAAAGCCCUUUCCCGUCAUAUCUUUGGUCAUGCAGUCUAGCUCAGUAUUGUCCACCCAUUGAAAUUAUUAUUACAGUGGUACCUCGGGUUAAGUACUUAAUUCGUUCCGGAGGUCCAAUCUUAACCUGAAACUGUUCUUAACCUGAAGCACCACUUUAACUAAUGGGGCCUCCAGCUGCCACCGCGCCGCCGGAGCACGAUUUCUGCUCUCAUCCUGAAGCAAAGUUCUUAACCUGAAGCACUAUUUCUGGGUUAGCGGAGUCUGUAACCUGAAGCGUAUGUAACCUGAAGCGUAUGUAACCUGAGGUGGCCAGCUGUUUUUCUUCCUUUCUGAUAACCUACAGUGGUACCUUGGUUCUCAAACUUAAUCCGUUCCGGAAGUCCGUUCCAAAACCAAAGCGUUCCAAAACCAAGGCGCGCUUUCCCAUAGAAAAUAAUGCAAAAGGGAUUAAUCCGUUCCAGACUUUUAAAAGCAAACCCUAAAACAGCAGUUUAACAUGAAUUCUACUAUCUAACGAGACCAUGGAUCCAUAAAAUGAAAGCAAUACACAAUGUGCUGCGGUCACCCAGUCAAUCCAUCAGUAGCUGAGCUGGGUUCCACACAGUCACAUUUUUUUUAAAAAAAAGAGCCGCACAAACGAAAAUGCAAAAUACUGUAAAUAGCAAAAACAGACAGACCUCAGCGUCACACUCAAAUCAGAAGCGUAACACUCAAAACGGAGCACGUUUGGCUUCUGAAAAGGUUUGUAAACCGGAACACAUACUUCCUGGUUUCCAGUGUUUGGGUUCCAAGUUGUUUGAGUACCAAGGCGUUUGAGAACCAAGGUGCCACUGUAUUGUUAUUCAAUUGGAGCGCUCGCAGGCCAGUGUUUCCCAAUUGUUGGUGUUUAAAUUUGCCUUGAGACAGUCUUGAAACCUCUUUUGUUGACCACCAGCAUUACGCUUUCCAUUUUUAAGUUGGGAAUAGAGUAGUUGCUUUGGAAGACGAUACUCAGUCAUCUGCACAACAUGACCAGUCCAACGAAGUUGUUGUUGAAGAAUGCGCAUCUGCGGCUGGAAGCAGCAUUGCUUUUGAGUCCCAGUUGUUGGAAACUGCGAGAGAGGAGUUCUUAUGCUCAGGGUUACCCAUAAGGCAUCUAGCUGGCCACUGUGAAAACAGGAUUCUGGACUAGAUGGGCUAUUGGCUCAUACCAAAAGGCUUGUGUUUCGUUCUUAUCCUGUUUCCCACAAUGCCUUUGGGAAGCCCACAAGCAAGCCUUGCUGCUCCAGACGCAAACCCCUCUUCCACCCUUUGACCCCAGCCUCUUCUCAUUUCAGAUAUUUGUGGCCCCUCAAAGAUCUGACGCUCACAAGUAACCAGGUAAGUCUACUCUCAGUUCUCUUCUGGUUUGCGUAUGCAGUAAACUGGGACUGGACCGCUGCAGAUGACAGCGAGAGAAUGCCUUGAAAAAAUGUAGAAACAGAUCCCUCGUGUAAAACUCAUUUGAGUAGCACAGGCGUGGCUCAAUGGAGAGGGAGCUGCCUUGCAGGGAAAAGGAACCAGGGUCAAUUCUGUGGUCACACACACACAUAUACAGUGGUACCUUGGUUCUCAAACUUAAUCCAUUCCAGAAGUCCAUUCCGAAACCAAAGCGUCCCAGAACCAAGGCGAGCUUUCCCAUAGAAAGUAGUGCAAAAUGGAUUAAUCCGUUCCAGACUUUUAAAAACAACCCCUAAAACAGCAAACCCAACCAGAUGGACGGGGUACAAAUAAUAAAUCAAUUAUUAUUGUUGUUAUUAUCAUCAUCAUCAUCAUCAGUGCUUUUUUUCUGGGGGGACGCGGGGGGGCUCAUACCCCUAAACAUUUUGUGAAUCUACGUUUGGCUUCAUUGAGGGGCAGUUUUUCAAUAUGAGUAGGAAAAUGAGAGUACCCCUAAAAAAUUUUUUAGAAAAAAGCUCUGGUUGCUGUUGUUAUUGACAAAUUCAGUGAUAUUUGGAAUUCAAUUCUGUGGUUUCUUGAGCUGCAGCCAGUUAAUAUAGAUAACUUAGAGGGUCUGGUGGUACAAAGGAGCUUUCCAAUUUCCUUGUAAUACACAUCUUUUGCACGUAGUACAGGGACAGGCAAACUCGGCCCUCCAGAUGUUUUGAGACUACAACUCCCAUCAUCCCUGACCACUGGUCCUGUUAGCUAGGGGUGAUGGGAGUUGUAGUCCCAAAACACCUGGAGGGCCGAGUUUGCCUAUGCCUGACGUAGAAGGUCCCAAGCUCAGUCCUCAAUGGCAUCUCUGGGCAGGGCAGGGAGACAUUCUGUCUGAAGCAAUACUGAGCUAGUGGACCAAUGGUCUGGGCUCAGCAUAAGGAAGCUUCCUCACUUCCAAGCGUGGGAAGGGACCACAGCUCUGGAGCAGAACAUCUGCUUUUCAAGCACAAGGUCCCAGGUGCAAGUGGAUAAUAAAUAAAUGGGAACAACAAUAAUUCUAUAUAUAUGUAUGUGUGUGUGUAUUUUAGAGACGAUCACUGGUCAAAGACCGCUGCUUUCUUUCUGCUACUGAAUGUCUACAGAAGCUGAUGUAAGUUGCCACCCAUUUAUUUUUUAAGUGGAGAAACAGUUAACAGCAGAAAUUUGUUUUCUUUUUUCCUCUUUUUUUCCCUUGACAUUUUCUUUCUUCCAUUCUCUGACAAAGUAAUAAUCAUAAAUGAAUAGGAAUAAAAAUGUGUGCCCCAUCACCGAGACCAUUUUAUUGUAACUAUCCAACCUCCCAAAAUUUCAGAACCUCUUGCGAUGGUUUGACCCCUUUUCGUUUUAACAGCACACAUUCUGCAAACCCCCUCUAUAUCGCUUCAAAAUCAUUUCUCCUGCAUAUUCCCCGUCUUACUGUAAUGGCACAUGUUAAUUUAACGUCAAGAGCGAUAUCUCACACCUCUUUAUACCAUUCUUCCAUUUUAUAUUCUGCUUGCCCCUUCCACUUCCUAGCUAUCAUAAUUUGUGCAGCUGUCAAUAAAUUUGUGAGCAAGUCCUUCAUAGCCUGCAAACCUUCCACCCCAUCAUCAUAAAUUGAUAAUAAUGGUGGUGGUUGUUUAGUUGUUUAGUCGUGUCCGACUCUUCAUGACCCCAUGGACCAGAGCAGGCCAGGCACUCCUGUCUUCCACUGCCUCCCGCAGUUUGGUCAAACUCAUGCUGGUAGGUUCGAGAACACUGUCCAACCAUCUCGUCUUCUGUCGCCCCCUUCUCCUUGUGCCCUCCAUCUUUCCCAGCAUCAGGGUCUUUUCCAGGGAGUCUUCCCUUCUCAUGAGGUGGCCAAAGUAUUGGAGCCCCAGCUUCAGGAUCUGUCCUCCCAGUGAGCACUCAGGGCUGAUUUCCUUCAGAAUGGAGAGGUUUGAUCUUCUUGCAGUCCAUGGGACUCUCCAGAGUCUCCUCCAGCACCAGAAUUCAAAAGCAUCCAUUCUUCGGCAAUCAGCCUUCUUUAUGGUCCAGCUCUCACUUCCAUACAUCACUACUGGGAAAACCAGAGCUUUAACUAUACGGACCUUUGUUGGCAAGGUGAUGUCUCUGCUUUUUAAGAUGCUGUCCAGGUUUGUUAUUGCUUUUCUCCCAAGAAGCAGGCGUCUUUUAAUUUCGUGACUGCAAUAAUAAUAAUGGUACCUCUGGACUUUUGGUCAGCUUUAACCAAUUUUAUUUUUAUUUUUCCUCCUUCCAUGGUGUUGGAGGCAGCUUGCAUGUUCUGCACCUCCUUAUUCUCACAACAACCCUGUGAGAUGGGUUCGAUUGAGAAAUAGUAACUUCCUAUGAGCCUAGGUGGGCCAUGAACUUUGGUCUGACUCUCUUAACUCAGCCACCCCCAACCCUAUUGCCCUCCAGCCUGGCCAGCAUUACUGUGGGUUGACAGAGGUUCCCCAUUCCUCCAUAGGGACUAGCAACUUGCUCAUUCACCAAAAGGAAAGCAGAGAUUCCCAAGGCACUGGAUCAUAGGCCCUAUCCAAAUCGAGGAGGACUAAGGCCACACUCGCCUCCCCAAGGAUUUUCAUAUGCUUUCUGGUUUGAGUGUUUUAGGGCUUACGUUGAUGCUCACCAGGUCUUCCCCUUUUUGCAGCACUACUGUUGACCCGCGGGAAAAACUGGACAUCCUCCAAAAGACAUACGAGGAAAUUGAGAAGACAGUGAACCGGGUGCUGGAGAAGGAAUAUAGCCUGCCAAUGGACGACCUCUUGCCACUGCUGAUGUAUGUUGUGACGAGGGCAAGGUAAGGAAAACAGGUCUCCUUCUUGCUCAUCCUUUCCAAUGUGGUUGGAUCAGGUCCUCAGGAGGGUCCAUUUCCGUGUCUGCAGAUUGGAGUAUAAAUAGCUCCGGAACUGUUCCGUUGUUGCUGGUUUGUUUUGGAGCUUAGCAUCAUAAAUUUCUUCUGGUUUUUCCCAGCUGGGGGUGGGGGUGUUAUAAGAAAAAAACUGCUCCUUUUCCCUUAUGGGGUACCCAAGAGCCCAUAUAGAGUCCUUAUGUAGGUUCUCUAUUGGUAAGAGAAAAAUAACAGAGGCCAACCAGAGAAUAUUGAGAAGCAAAGCAGCUAGUAAGCCUGAUAUUUAAUAAUAAUAAUAAUAAUAAUAAUAAUAAUAAUAAUAAUAAUUUAUUAUUUGUACCCCGCCCAUCUGGCUGGGUUUCCCCAGCCACUCUGGGCGGCUUCCAUAGAAACCAAAAAUACAGUAAAAUAUCACAGAUUAAAAACUUCCCUGAACAGGGCUGCCUUAAGAUAUCUUCUAAAUGUCAGGUAGUUGUUUAUCGCUUUGACAUCUGAUGGGAGGGCGUUCCACAGGGCGGGCGCCACUACCGAGAAGGCCCUCUGCCUGGUUCCCUGUAGUUUUGCUUCUCGCAAUGAGGGAACCGCCAGAAGGCUCUCGGCGCUGGACCUCAGCGUCCGGGCAGAACAAUGAGGGUGGAGACGCUCCUUCAGGUAUACUGGACCGAGGCCGUUUAGGGCUUUAAAGGUCAACACCAGCACUUUGAAUUGUGCUCGGAAAUGUACUAAUCUGUUGCAAUAGGGUGCUCACCCCCCCCCACUGCCCCUAAGGCAGGAGGAAGGGAUCCAGAACAUUGGUGUGCAAGCUCUUAUAUAGACUUUUGAAAUUGCCUCCCCUGUAGCUCAAGAGGAUGGAUGGCGGCUAACAGAUUGAGAUUGAAUCCAGACAAGACAGAAGUACUGUUAAUGGGGAGACAGGGGGGAAGGUGUGGGGGACUCCCUGGUCCUGAAUGGGGUAAUUGUGCUCCUGAAGAACCAGGUAUGCAGCCUGGGAGUCAUUUUGGACUCACAGCCUUCCAUGGAGGCACAGGUCAGUUCUGUGUCCAGGCCAGCUGUUUACCAGCUCCAUCUGGUAUGCAGGCUAAGACCCUACCUGCCCAGAGACUGUCUCGCCAGAGUGGUGCAUGCUGUAGUUAUUUCCCGCUUGGACUACUGCAAUGCACUCCAUGUGGGGCUACCUUUGAAGGUGACCCGGAAACUACAACUAAUCCAGAAUGCGGCAGCCAGACUGGUGACUGGGAGCGGCCGCCAAGACCAUAUAACACUGGUCUUGAAAGACCUACAUAGGCUCCCAGUACGUUUCCGAGCACAAUUCAAAGGGUUGGUGCUGACCUUUAAAGCCCUAAACGGCCUCAGUCCUGUAUACCUGAAGGAGCAUCUCCACCCCAAUCGUUCAGUGCUGAGGGCCUUCUGGCGGUUCCUUCCUUGCAAGAAAUGAGGUUACAGGGAACCAGGCACAGGGUUUUCUCGGUGGUGGCACCCACCCUGUGGAACGCCCUCCCACCAGAUGUCAAUGAGAACAACAACUACCAGACUUUUAGAAGGCAUCUGAAGGCAGCCCUGUUUAGGGAAGCUUUUAAUGUUUGAUGCAUUACUGUAUUUUAAUAUUUUGUUGGAAGCCGCCCAGAGUGGCUGGGGAAACCCAGCCAGAUGGGCGGGGUAUAAAUAAUAAAUUAUUGUUGUUAUUAUUAUUAUUAUUACUACACUGGUCAACAACAAAUUUGUUGUCUGCGUUUUUUCAGCUGAUUUAGGACAAAUCUGAUGUGCUGAAUCCAAAAAUCACAUUGGUUUUGCUCAAUCAGGUCAAGUUUUUGAGCUAUGGCCACAUGUCAUUUUUUUACGUUUUUGUUCACAUGUACGCUUGUGUGGAGCAUUUUAGAAGAAGUUGGUGGGGGUAAAAUGCCAUGUCGAACAAUUGUUUUGAUUGGAAAUGAUUAUUUUAAUGACAAGAAGUAUUCAGGUCCGAUAGUUCUGGGUGAUUAUGUCGAAAAGGGAUCAGUUUGAAGUCAUAAAACCUCGAAAUCUUCCAUAAAUUGGUGCGGCAAAGCAUAAAGUUGGGGGAUCAAAACCCCUGGCUCACUCGAGUACACUGAAGGAGAACUAUGAAGGGGUGAAGUAUGUGCUGGAGAAAAUUGGUUAUGAUCAGCAUAAGUGGUUUAUUUGUGUUGACCUGAAGAUGGUGAACUUUUUGUUGGGACAACAGUCUGGCUUCACCAAGUACCCAUGUUUUCUGUGCAUGUGGGAUAGUAGGGACCGUGCUCAGCAUUACACGAAGAAGGACUGGCCUGUGCGGGAGGAAUUGGUGCCUUGCAGAAAAAGGAACGUCAUCAACGACCCUCUGGUGGACAGAGACAGAAUACUCUUCCCACUGCUGCACAUCAAGCUCGGCUUAAUCAAGCAGUUCACCAAGGCUCUGGACAAGGAUGGUGACUGCUUCACUUACUUGUGCCAGGCUUUUCCAGGAUUGACCAUGGAGAAGUUGAAAGCUGGCAUCUUUGACGGACCUCAGAUCCGUCAGCUCAUCAGAGAUCCAGAGUUCGGAAACUCAAUGAACGAAGUGGAACUGGAAGCGUGGAAGGCAUUUGUUCUGGUAGUGAAGAACUUUCUUGGCAACAAUAAGGCAGACAACUACGCAGAACUUGUCAACAACAUGCUGACUGCUUUCAGAAACCUGGGCUGCAACAUGAGCAUCAAGAUGCACUACCUAUUUUCACAUAUGGACCAGUUUCCGGAGAACCUGGGUUCAAUGAGUGACGAGCAGGGGGAGAGAUUCCAUCAGGACAUGAAAGAGAUGGAGACCAGGUAUCAGGGUCGCUGGGACGCAGUCAUGAUGGCUGACUACUGCUGGACUCUGAAGAGAGACCUCCCUGCUGCUGAGCGUUCCAGGAGUUCCAAGAAAUGGAAGUUCAAGCCCUGGAGUUUGAAAAAUGGUGAAACAACAUGCAAUUUACGUGUACUUACCUUUAUCAAUGCCCACCAUUCAGUUUACAGUAAACCUGACCUGAUGGAGAGAAACGGAUGCCAUUUCCUGAUUCAGCAAUGCAAAAAUACCCUAAAUCAGUUGUAGAAAUCUAGACAACAUUCAAAAAGUAAAAAAUUGUUGCCCAGUAUUAUUAUUAUUAUUAUUAUUCUGUACCCGCUGGAGUUUCUGGGUCAGCUUCAAGGGCAGCCCUGCAUAGAGCGAGCUACAAUAAUCAAUAAUCAUGGUUAAAACACACCCCUCCCCUCAAGAACUCUGGGAACUGUAACGUAUCAUUCAGAGCUACUAAUCUGACACUAUUAACAAAGUACAGUUUCUAUUAUUAUUAUUAUUAUUAUUAUUAUUAUUAUUAUUUGGGGGCAGGGUCCUUUAAAAGUAUGGUUUGUACCCGCAAAGCAUUUUCCUGAUUUGUUUCUUAGUAAGUGGGGCUUGCAUGUGGUACCUUUUAAAUUUGGCAGCAAAUGCAAGCCCUUCUGGGAUUGGUUACAAGAGCUGCCAAGUGGAGCUGGUUCUUGCUUAAAAGCGGGGCUUCCCGUCUCAGCACUAACCAGUGCUGACGGCAAGUCCCACUGAGAUCUGCUUGCAAGUUCCCAGCUCGCAGGUGCGCAGUCGAUCCCUGUUCAAAGUGGGCUUUCAGUUGAUCAGAUUUCAAGAUGUGCUUAAAGUGCAGAGAACUGAGUUCAAGUCAGGCUACAAAGCGUGCUAACAGUUUGAAGCUGCACAUUCAAAGGAAGAAUGAGAGAAAGGAAAAACAACAACUUCAGAGCUAACUUAGACUGCGCUCAAGUUUCUUUUGAACUUGGGUCACCUGAUGUCCUGGUGACAUCAGGUGAUUGACAGGAAAGUGGCCCCAUCCACUAUCCAAGUGGCGCACAAGUACUGCUGUUGCUCAGGAUUUGGCCUGCUGACUGGAGUCUGUAUACACACACAAAGACCCUUACCAAGAAUCCCUUCAAUGCAGCUGUUUUCUCUGGCGUAAGUGUCAUACCCCUGAAUUUAUGCUGACUAUACGCAACCAAAAGAGGCUGUUAAGGAGCAUCUCCACCCCCAUCAUUCUGCCCGGACGCUGAGGUCCAGCGCCGAGGGCCUUCUGGCGGUUCCCUCAUUGCGAGAAGCAAAGCUACAGGGAACCAGGCAGAGGGCCUUCUCGGUAGUGGCGCCCGCCCUGUGGAAUGCCCUCCCAUCAGAUGUCAAAGCGAUAAAUAACUACCUGACAUUUAGAAGGCAUCUUAAGGCAGCCCUGUUCAGGGAAGCUUUUAAUCUGUGAUAUUUUACUGUAUUUUUGGUUUCUAUGGAAGCCGCCCAGAGUGGCUGGGGAAACCCAGCCAGAUGGGCGGGGUACAAAUAAUAAAUUAUUAUUAUUAUUAUUAUUAUUAUUAUUAUUAUUAAGGCAAGCUAUAUAUACCUGCUAGAAUUAAACCAAGAUAAUGGGUUUGAACUCCACUACAGGUAUGGCACUGUGGGUUAAACCACAGAGCCUAGGACUUGCCAAUCAGAAGGUCGGUGGUUCAAAUCCCCGCUACGGGGUGAGGUCCCUGCUCCUGCCAACCUAGCAUUUCGAAAGCACGUCAAAGUGCAAGUAGAUAAAUAGGUACCGCUCCGAUGGGAAGGUAAACGGCGUUUCCGUGUGCUGCUCUGGUUCACCAGAAGCGGCUUAGUCCUGCUGGCCACAUGACCCGGAAGCUGUAUGCCAACUCCCUUGGCCAAUAAAGCGAGAUGAGCGCCGCAACCCGAGUCAGUCACUACUGGACGUAAUGGUCAGGGGUACCUUUACCCUUUUUUACAGGUAUUAAUUAGGUUAACAAUGCUGGGAUGUUUUAUCCUUGGCACAUUUAACCUAAUUAACAGUCUGCUUUUUGAUGUUGUUUUUAGGGGGUGAGGUUGGCUUUGACCUCACUAACUAAUACUUUCUGCCUGCAUCUAUACCACUGUACAGUAUGUACAAAUGAGGACGAUGCCUUUAUACAUCUGACAAAAUGGACUCUGGCCCAUGAAAGCUUUAAGAAGUCUUUAAGAUGUCAUAAGACUUCACUGUUCUAACAGAAUAAUCUUGCCUUCCCCUCCACAAUCCAGUAUACAACAUUUAGGAGCAGAAAUCCACCUGAUCAGAGAUCUGAUGGAUCCGACAAAUGAAGGAGGCAUGUACGACUUCCUGCUGACAGCACUCGAGGUAAGGACAAAAAUUAGACUGUGACGGUGGAUAAAACAGUCGAAUUAGAUUGAUGGAAAAUAGAUAACAUUAUUUCCUAAACUGGCCACCCAGGGGCUUCCACUAGUGAAACAUGAAUGCAAUGGUCCACUCCUAUAAUUGCUAGAAUCAUAGAAUACAUCUAGUCCAAUUUUUUGCUGAUUCUGGGGCUCAAACCCAUGACCUUCAGAUUAAGUCCCUUGUUCUGCCAACUGAGCUACCCCAGAGAGCAGGCAGGCGUUCAGAGAAGUAUACCACAGAACCAAGAGAGGUUUCAUAGCACUGAGAGUAUCUGCUAUGGGUGCCACGAAAGAUUUCUGGUGUAUCUAGGAUGAUCUUAAUCUUACAAAUGAGUGCCAGUCUCCAUCACAAGGUUUCUCUUCUUUCUUCCCAUCUCCAGUCGUGUUAUAAAUUCAUCCAGAAGGAAAUAAGACUCCGCCCAAGUUGGCAGGUCCUACACAAUUCCUGA